AUGCAUCCAUCCACCCAAAAUACUGCUGCAAAGGUAAGUCAAAAGUUGGACAAUUUCCACCCAAGGGAAUAGAGUUAAAAACUUGCAUAAAAUACUGCUUUUGUUUUUUAAAGAAAGGGUUUGUUGGCCUGGCAUGACUCAUCUGAUAGGACUGUCAGUCCAGUCUCACAGAGGGCACAAUAAGUGCAAAGCUGGGUUGAAGUGUUCCCAUCAUGGCUCUUCUGAAAGUUGUAUUGUACAGGAUUCAUUUUAAAGUGCUAGGGAUUAUGCAAAAUGCACAGAGUUCCCAAAUGGAAGGACCAGGAUUGGUGAUUAGAACUAUUAGACUGUGGGCCUUUGAGAUUGUGGAUAUUUUAAUAAAUUGAAAGUUAUGCUGAUGUAAACCUUUCAAGCACCAGCAUGGGUAGUAACCUUUUGCAGGGCAGAUGCUUGGACCACAACUCCCAUGAUACUUUGCCAGUACUAUGGCUGUAAGAGUAGUGUGGGAGAUGUAGUUCACAAUAUUUGGGAGUGCUGAAUACUGCCUACCCCUGCAGUAGACUAAACACAAACUAUAUUAUAUGAGUUUAUUAGUGAGUGUCAUUGCUGCAGAGUUCCUGUAAUGAGGCGCAGCUGGCUCUCCUCUCUGUACAGGCAGGCAUGUUAGGCAUGCUAAAACUUGGAAACAGCUGGAAGACCGCAGCCAUUUUGCCGGAGUCUAAAUUACUUGGAAACUUAGACCACGAUCUUCGACAAAAUGGCUUCCGUAAUCACUGCGUAAAACGUCACCUCUGCGCAGCUACUGACUGGGCUCCACUUUGAUUCUAACCAAUGAGAGGUUAGUAAUGAUCCGCUCAGGACACGCCUUCUGGAAGCCGUGUAACUUACCAAAAAAAAAAAAAAUGACGACCCAGACUUGUUGCUCAUCUGCCAAUCAAACACUGCUACCGUGACGUCACGGAGACUCCACCCCUGGCAACCAAGGGCUGUAUGGGCGGAAUGCAGCUCUGGAACUUGGCUCUUCCCGUUUUCGCCUCCGGCUUCACGCCCACUCAGCAUGCCACGCCCACUCAGCAUGCCACGCCCUCCGAGGGAUACGCGUCCAAUCCGGAGUGCAGUCCUUAGUGUCGGUUGGAGUUUCGGUGAAAGAAGGUGAAGGAGCUGCGGGCCCAGCACAUUGCCAGGUAGGAGGAGGGGCCGGAGAGGGGAACUUUAUAUACAGUGUAUGGGGAGUAAUGUGUGUUUAUUAUUAACUGCGAUUAUUUAUUAUCAAUCACACCCAGCACUUAUCUAUCUCACCUAGCACCACACUGCACUUAUUAUAUAUCUCACCUAGCACUUAUAUAUCUCACCUUGCACUGCACUUAUUAUAUAUCUCACCUAACACUGCACUUAUUAUAUAUCACCUAACACUGCACUUAUUAUAUAUCUCACCUAGCACUUAUAUAUAUCACCUAGCACUGCACUUACUAUAUAUCUCACCUAACACUGCACUUAUUAUAUAUCACCUAGCACUGCACUUAUUAUAUAUCUCACCUAGCACUUAUAUAUAUCACCUAGCACUGCACUUACUAUAUAUCUCACCUAGCACUGCACUUAUUAUAUAUCACCUAGCACUGCACUUAUUAUAUAUCUCACCUAGCACUUAUAUAUAUCACCUAGCACUGCACUUACUAUAUAUCUCACCUAGCACUGCACUUAUUAUAUAUCUCACCUAGCACAGCACUUAUCUCUCACCUAGCACUGCACUUAUUAUCUCUCACCUAGCACAGCACUUAUUAUCAAUCACACCUAGCACUGCACAUAUUAUCUAUCUCACCUAGCACUGCACUGAUAUAUCUCACCUAGCACUGCACUUAUUAACAAUCACACCUUGCACUGCACUUAUCUAUCACACCUAGCCCUGCACUUAUCUAUCUCACCUAGCACUGCACUUAUUAUAUAUCACACCUAACACUGCACUUAUCUCUCUCACCUAGCACUGCUCUUAUCUCUCACCUAGCACUGCUCUUAUCUCUCACCUAGCACUGCUCUUAUCUCUCACCUAGCACUGCUCUUAUCUCUCACCUAGCACUGCUCUUAUCUCUCACCUAGCACUGCUCUUAUCUCUCACCUCGCACUGCUCUUAUCUCUCACCUAGCACUGCUCUUAUCUCUCACCUAGCACUGCUCUUAUCUCUCACCUAGCACUGCUCUUAUCUCUCACCUAGCACUGCUCUUAUCUCUCACCUAGCACUGCUCUUAUCUCUCACCUAGCACUGCUCUUAUCUCUCACCUAGCACUGCUCUUAUCUCUCACCUAGCACUGCUCUUAUCUCUCACCUAGCACUGCUCUUAUCUCUCACCUAGCACUGCUCUUAUCUCUCACCUAGCACUGCUCUUAUUAUAUAUCACACCUAGCACUGCUCUUAUUAUAUAUCACACCUAGCACUGCUCUUAUUAUAUAUCACACCUAGCACUGCACUUAUUAUAUAUCACACCUAGCACUGCACUUAUUAUCUAUCUCACCUAGCACUGCACUUAUUAUCUAUCUCACCUAGCACCGCUCUUAUCAGUCACACCCAGCACUGCACUUAUUAUCAAUUACACCCAGCACUGCUCUUAUUAUAUAUCACACCUAGCACUGCUCUUAUCAGUCACACCUAGCACUGCUCUUAUCAAUCACACCUAGCACUGCUCUUAUUAUAUAUCACACUUAGCACUGCACUUAUCAGUCGCACCUAGCACUGCUCUUAUUAUCAAUCACACUUAGCACUGCACUUAUCAGUCGCACCUAGCACUGCAAUUAUCUCUCACCUAGCACUGCACUUAUUAUCGAUCUCACCUAGCACUGUUCUUAUCAUCCAUAGCUAGCACUGCACUUAUUACGGUAUCUACACGUAUCAUCCAUAGCUAGUGCUGCACACUUGUUAUGAUUACCAUCCAAAACUAGCGCUACUUAUUAUCAUCCAUAGUUAGCACUAUGACUAUUAUUAACACUUGCCCUGUACCUAUCAUCCACACGUAGCAAUGCCUUUGCUCUCCAUUGCAUGUAACACUGCACUUAACACCACACUUAUUAUUUACACCUAUCACUGCACUAAUCGUACACAGCUAGCGCUGCACUUAUAAGCAAUGCCUAGUGCUGUCCUUAUCAUCCCCAUCCAGCACUGCAUUUCUUAUCACUUCUGCUUAUUGCUGCUCUUUGCAUUGCCUGCGCCAAGAGCUGCUUGCUAGCUGCACCAGAACAUGUGUCCCAGCCUAGGGCAAUGUACUGGGUGUGAUGGCAUAGCUGGCAUGUACAGUGAUUCACAGGCAUUCUUGGUUUGUUUAGAAUGGGAUUUGUAACCAUUUUCUCUCACUGAUAAGGGGUGGACACGUUUUGUGCUGAUGGUAACAGAAAUGAGUGAAAUACAUGAUGGGCUAUGUGCAAAGAGCAGCCGGGUAAAAAUCUAAACUUGGAGCAAUCACAAUAGCAGCCUUUUGAAUGUUUAUACUGUAAGUCCACAUUUAGCGUUCUGUCAUGGAAUUGCUACCAACGUAGAUCAGAUUUUAGUUCUGUCUAUACUAGCCGGUUAAUUGUGUCGCUUCGUGUAAUAACGACUGUUUAUCGUUAUAAUUACUGGGAUAGAUCGUGUUAUUAAAAGUUGAGGGAAAUGAUUGUAUUUCUAUACAAUGCUUUGCCUGUACACGUUCACUAGUUUAUUUCUAAUAAUAAUAUUUUUUUUCUUUGUGUGUGGUAAUAUGUGCCACUAGUUUGUGACUCUUUAAUUGCCUUUGUUUAUUUUUGCCAUCAAAGUAAAGCACUGUAUACCCAGGGAGUGGCAGCAAGCAUAAAACAAUGUGAAUGUGUUCCUUGAACUCCGCAUAAACGGGUAAAGGGACUAGGGCAAUUGAAUUGAUAAUCCAUUUCACUAAUAGAUCAGCCCCAAUUUGACUUGUUUUGAGAAGUUUGAGAAAAAACAGUGGGGUUGUUUUUUAUUUAUUUAUUUUAUGAAAGACUGCCCCCUCCCCAAGAUUUUCUUUGGUUUCUACCCUGAAGUACGCAUCUUGUGCAAGAAAUUAAACCUGUAGUCUGAGGUGUUCUAAUAAACUCUUUAAAGGAACGCUAGAGUAUUAGGAACAAGCGUGUGUGUGUGUGUGUGUCUUCCCGCCAUUGGGGUGUGAAAGGAGAGUAUUACCUUUCAUCACUCACCGCGCCAAUCUCUUUGCUGCCUCCUUGGCUGAGAUCAUCAAUUUUGAUGAUUUCAACCAAUCCAUUGAUUCACUAAAGGGAGCAACAUCUGAUCUAUAGCCGACUUUCAGCAUUGCCACUAGACGUUUGUUGAACCUGCACUGCAAACAUUGCUAUUACAAAAGAACUGCCAUGAUUUUACAUCGCCGUCUUGAACAGACUGGGUGCCUUUAAUGUUCUUUCCUAAUCAGUUCUCAAAUUCAAGGCAGUAGGCUAUAGUAUUCGUUUUCAUAUGCCGCUUAAAUUACUUGGACAUUAUCACAUUAGUAAUUCUAUAUUUGAAUCGUCACCACCUAAUUUUUUUGUAAAACUUCAGAUUUGAUCUUUGACCUCUUGGUUAAUGUUCCCAAGAAAUAAUCAUUGAUCCUACAUACCAACACGUUCUAACUUGCCUGUUGUGGGCUGAAAUGUUGUGUGCUCUGCUAUUAAGUUGAUUGCAAUAUGAUGACAUUUUAUUAAAGCAACUAAAACACAUGAAGUGGGUAUGAUGCUUUAAUUCCGCAGUAAUGCUAUGACGUAUGUGGUUUCCUAGUAAGUUAUGGAAAAAUCCUUUCAUAAAUCAGUCACCCAAUAAUUAUACUGAACAUAAGAUCCCAACAUUUAACAUAGAAAAAUAAGAAAUAUCCCAUGCAGUACAUGUUUCUUCAUCAUAUUGCAUGAUAAAACUUACAAAGAAAGGUUAAAGGAUCUUAACAUGUAUAGCUUGGAGGAAAGACGAGACAGGGGGGAUAUGAUAGAAACAUUUAAAUACAUAAAGGGAAUCAACACCGUAAAGGAGGAGACUAUAUUUAAAAGAAGAAAAUCUACCACAACAAGAGGACAUAGUCUUAAAUUAGAGGGACAAAGGUUUAAAAAUAAUAUCAGGAAGUAUUACUUUUACUGAGAGGGUAGUGGAUGCAUGGAAUAGCCUUCCAGCUGAAGUGGUAGAGGUUAACACAGUAAAGGAGUUUAAGCAUGCGUGGGAUAGGCAUAAGUCUAUCCUAACUAUAAGAUAAGGCCAGGGACUAAUGAAAGUAUUUAGAAAAUUGUGCAGACUAGAUGGGCCGAAUGGUUCUUAUCUGCCGUCACAUUCUAUGUUUCUAUAUAUUAUUCCAUAAAGGACCCUUCAACCACCAUAACCACUGUUUCUUAUUGUAGUGGAGUGCAAGUGAUCUUUCGGUGCCAUAGCUCCAUUUUUCAUCAAAAUGUUUCGAGCAAAAACUUCUACCUUCUGCCACUGAUAUAAUGUGGACUUUUUCAUUUUUGGAUUUUUUGUUAAAAUGUGUACAAUGUUGCAGGUCGAAACUCUGGUUAAACACUCCAAAGACUUCUUACAUCAUACACCAUAUUGUAUUUGGUAUCCUUUGAAAUCUUGUCAUCGCAUGUUAAUAUACUUUAGUAUGGUAAUUGUCAUUGAUUCACGCCUACUCUAUCUCCUAGUAUUCAUUUUUUUUUUUUUUUUUUUUUUUUAAAUAUAUUUUGCACCAGAAAAAAAAUCCCUCAAACUCCUAGUAGGAUUUUAAUUAACUGACUCUGUUUAUAUUGUAAAUAAUUAUAGAUAAUUAAUGGGAAGGACAUUUAGCAUUAUACUACCUGAUUCUUUCCCUUUCCUAAUGCACUUGGUAAGAGCUAGUGAUUACAGUUUUGUCCAAUUUGAUUAGUUUAUGUGUGAGUGGUUAUCAUGUCUUCCCUGCAUAAAAUGUUUUGUAAAAUUUGCAUAAUCUGUUUUAAAACGUUAUAGUGCUCUAGAUGCUUGAAUGGCUUACUUGCUAAUUAUCCAUAAUCACUGCUGGGAUAAUGAACAGAUAAUCCAACGCCACUACAACUAAUGUGAGGUUUCCUAAAUCCAGGUCCAGCUGUUUGAAUUUGAAAUAGUAUUUGCUGAAUAUGCCUGUAUAUUUCUCUGUAAACUCUAAUUUACAGAAAGGUGGUGUGGUAGGCAUGUCUAAAUACAUAUUUUGAUUGGUGCCGUGUUUUAAUGCCCAUGCACACUAGCCUCCCAAUGCUUCCCUAUGGCGAAGUAUUGAUUUGGCUGAGAUUUUAUUUUUUAUUUUUUUACCUACAUAGGUAGGGAAACACUGUAGUAUUUGGAAUACAUGUUUACAUAUCUAAAAAUAGUAGGGUGUAAUUAAAGGAGCACUAUAGGGUCAGGAACACAAACAUGUAUUCCUGACCCUAUAGGGUUAAAACCACCAUCUGGGCCCCUCAUGCCUCCCUAAAUAUAGUAAAAUCUUACUUGUAUUCAAGUAUGCAGCUGCCUACUUUGUCCCUGUUUCCUUUUGACCUGCCUGCUGACAUCAGCAGAAGUGGUAGCCUGAUCCAGUCACAGUGUUUCCUCAUAGCAUUGGCUGAGACUGACAAAGAGGCAGAUCAGGGGCAGAGCCAGCAGGAUUCAAACACAGCCCUGGCCAAUCAGCAUCUCCUCAUAGAGAUGAAUUGAAUCAAUGAAUCUCUAUGAGGAAAGAUCAGUGUCUGCAUGCAGAGGGAGGAGACACUGAAUGUUUGGAUGCAUUUUAGGCAGCCAUGACCCAGGAAGGAUCUCUAACAGCUAUCUAAGGAGUGGCCAGUGAAGUUAUCACUAGGCUGUAAUGUAAACACUGCAUUUUCUCUGAAAAGACAGUGUUUACAGCAAAAAGCCCGAAGGUAAUGAUUCUACUCACCAGAACAAAUGCAAUAAGCUGUAGUUGUUCUGGUGAUUAUAGUGUCCCUUUAAACAAAAUGUAAUAGUGCAAUAUACAAUUUUGAAUAAAAAUGCAAAAGUGUGAAAAUGUGUUUAAAAACAUGAACUUUAAGAGCAGAUGUUACAAGAGGGAGCAUAUGAUUUCUAUAGUUUUACAAAUGCUUUAUACGCAUAAAUAGCUGCAGAGUGUUUGUCUACAUAUCUCUACAAGGCAAGACAACUUUCCCUAGAAUUUCGGAGCUAAAGUGAGCAAUGUAAAAUGUACUUAAUUGGCCAUUAACUUUCAUACAUCUGUACAUUUACUCUAAUAAACAUACCGAGUUGGUUCCAUGCUCACACACCUUUUGAUCAAGGCUGUCUCUGCUGCUUUGUAAUGCUUAGUUGCCCUUUUGCGUUAACGCUAGGUAAGCCAGGAUAUUCAAGACUUGGAAAGAGACUCUAGAAACUAGAUGGCAAUCAUCCUAGCAGAAACCUGACAACACUAGUCAUGGUUGAUAUGUCCUCAAAUGAGUGAGGUCUGCUUUGCUCACAUAGUUAAGACUGCACAAGCAUGCGCUAUUUGCUACCACCGUUGUUUUUGUGGUUCUCCAGUGUAUCUUGUACUAACCUCCAGUGUGUGUGUGUGUGUAUGAGCCCAAAAAUGUCCCAGGAAAUGACAUAAAAAGGAAUAGCAGUGGUGAGCACAACUUCUAUAUUGCAGUACCUAAAGGGAGCUACUGAUCUGCUAUCCAUCGAAAAUGUAAAAAUAUAGUUGCAAUCCUUUUUUUUUAUUGUAACAAGUGCAUGGGUAGAUGCAUUAUCUUGGCCUCUGUCAAAUCUGGGAAUCACAUGACCAGCAAUGAUCUCAAUAUGUGUAUUUAUUCUAUCCUUUGUGAACAUGGCCGUAUGUAAUGUCUUUCAUGUAUCUUGUGUGUGUGUGUGUGUGUAGCACUUUAUUGGAUCAGCAGAUGAGGUGAUGUUAUGUGGGGGGUCUUCAACUAUUGUAGCUAAUUAUAGGAGCUGUUUGAAGCCCUCUGUAAGUAUUGUCACAAGCAAGAUGUUCCAAUUGGAUUUACUAGAUCUUUUAAUGUCUUCAGAGGAAUUAGUGCAUGGUACAGUAAAAUGCCCACAGAGACUGCUAGGACACUUAUUAACUUUUUUUUUUUUCUUCGUUUCAAUAAAGCCAUUGUUAACAAUCCGUCACCUAAUGUAGCAGAAUGUCUUCUUUAAAGCUCCCCCCAUCUUUUUCUACAUUUGAAUGAACAGUUCUUUCUGUGACUUCAUUCCCAGGGAUGUGAUUGUCCAGACGUUGGCUCAUUGCUCCUAUAAAGCUUUGCAUGCCUGUUGUAAUGCUCUGACGACAGGAAGUCUACUUGGUGACCCAUGAUGUUAUAGUGCUCUAUUUAGUAUGGGGUUGGUAAAAGCUGCUGCAGUGACUUAAUAUUUCUAUUUAAUCGGCUGGAGCCACUGCAAUUUCAAUUGAAAUUUCUCCCAGCCAAACAUACAGGGGAUUCUUAAUUCAAAAGUAAUUCUGUAUCACAGUGACUGUCACCAGGUCCAGUGUAGUGUCAGUUUGUUUUUUUAAUGUUCUGUGGAAGCUGCACGUGUGAGUAUAAUACACAGCCAUGUCCCCUCAUGACAGAAAGUCUUCCUUAUCAAAUGAAGGUACACAGUCUCAUCCCCAACUGCACUGAGUGAGCUACUUUUAAUUCACAACCUGGCUGCAGACAGAGAAACUAUAAACCGGUAGUGAUAUCUUUACUGUAUGCCUCCCUGGGUGCCCUCUCCUUCUAAUGCAGGUUGUUUUGAAGUUCAGCCCAUUCAGUGCUGUCUUUAGCUGAGCUGUGUAUGAAUAUCUUUCAUAAGAAAGUCUUUUUUCUGGACUUAGAGGGUGUGGCUAAGGAGACAGGUUUAUGGUGCAACAUUCUGCAAAACCAUUUUAAUAAGAAAACAAAAAGAUUUGAACAUGCAAAAUGCAUUUCAUUAAUGGGGCCAAAACCUUUGCAUUAAAGUUAUAUUGUGCCCUUCUAAAAGGAACACUCCAGACACCAACAUUGAAUUUUUACUCUGUUUAUAGGGACACUGUAGUGGAUAUGGUUCCCUGGCACCACCCAAUUGUAAGUAGUCAAAGUGUUCUAAAAUGGUUUAACUUCUUACCUAGGGUCUGUCAGGCACCUCUCCAUGACUCCACCACAGCCUUCAUGGGAAACAGAAUGUCUCUGUCUGAGCUAAGCCCUGCAGGGUUUAGCCAUACCUUCAAAGGGUCCCUGUUAAGGAGGCAAAGUCCAUAUUUUGCCCCAAAUCUCUGUCCCUCUUUUGUAGGUGCUCCAUAUUCUGUGUUUUUGCAUUUAUAGAAAACCACUAAAGACUUAAUAUACCCAGCGCAGCAGAAGUACACUAAAAAGUGUACACUAUCCCUUUAAAGAAAAAAUGCAAUAAAACAAAAGACUGAACUGAACUGAAGACUGAAUAAAAAUAAACAUACAUAUUUAAAAUUAAAAUAAACAUAAAUAUUAAAAAUUAAAAUAAAAAAUGCCUCCCUCCACCCCCCCAUUUUACACAAAUCACAUUCCUUCAGGAAAACACACACACUCUGCAUUAUAUUAGUGUGUGUGUGUGUGUGUGUGUAUAUAGUGUAGUAUGUCUAUGUAAUGUAGUGUGUGUGUGUGUGUGUGUGUGUAUAUAAUGCACACACUACACACUCUGCAUUAUAUACACACACUGCAUUUUAUACAUAUACACACACUGCAUUAUAUAUACACACUACACACACUGAAUUAUAUACACACAAUACACACUAUACAAACACACUGCAUUCACUAUACACACACUACACACACUGCGUUUGCUAUACACACUGCACUCACUUUACACACACACUGCAUUCCCUUUACACACACACACACUCUCUGCAUUCAUUAUAUACACAGUCACUGCAUUAACUAUACACACUACACAAACACACCCUGCAUUCAUUAUAUACACACUACACAAAAUACACACAGCUCCACUGUCUAAACACACUGCAUCCAGUGCAUGUGGCUUGUAUAUUUUGUUCACUUACCUUUAGAAAUAGUUUUUUUCAAAAUGGUAAAUGUACAGAGUAUCGGCAAGUUAUCGGCUAUCGGCCUGAAAGUUAACAGAUUAUCGGUAUCUGCUCAAAAAAAAAAAUCAAUAUCGGUCGAUCCCUAUUACCAAGUAGGGAUCAGGGGCGGAGUCUGCCAGCACUGGGGAAAAAAAGUUUAAAAAAAAAAAAAAUCCUUUUAAGGGGACUAAAUUGUGUUUUUUAACACUAUAGGGUCAGGACUACUUGUUUGUGUUCAUGACCAUAUAGUGUUCCUUUAAUGAAGCAGCUUGGGUGUUAGAUCAUGUCCCUGCAGUCUCACUGCUCAAUUCUGUCAUUUAGGAGUUAGAUCACUUUGUUAAUGCUGCCUUGUCAUGGCUCUCUUGUCUGUGACUGACAUAGGCUGCAUGGAAAAAAAUGGUUUAAUUGUCAAUGAGGGGGUGGGGGGUCACCUGUCUGCAGCACAGUUCAGGAGCUGACGUCGGCCGCUUCUCUACUCUCCCAAACUCACUAGGCUGCCAAGCUUGUGCCCUGUCCUCCAGCAAUGUAAUCACUCGAGGACAUCAAACACACAUUAAGUGGCACCGCAGGCAGCUCAUGAACACCCUGGGGUGAGCAGGAAUCAUCGAUGGGGGUACAAGUUAUAGCAAUGUUUGCUCUCGUUAGAGUACAUGCCAGACCUCAGAAUGGAUCUGUCCAGCAUGAGUGAGGCCUCACCCCCCACCUUUUACCUUUCUGACAGGGAGACUGGAGGCCUAAAUAUCGCUAUUAGAACUAUAUUAUCAGGAAUACAUGUUCGUGUUCCUUUAAGCUAAAGUUGUUUUGGUGAGUAGUGUUCCUUUUAAACGUUGCCGAGCUAGGCAAGGGGAAUUCACGGACCCAAGCAGGAGUGGGUAACGUUAUGUUUGAUAUGUUAUAUGUCAAGUCUCUGGGUGUUUUUAAUUGGAGUCUAUAAAUGUGUACGUGUCAGAAUUUUUUUGUGGGUUAAUCCUUUGCACAGGGUUCGUUCUUUUUGUUUUAUGGGGUCUAUAUUUAUACCAGAACUCCACAGCAAUUAUAAUAAUCACAGCAAUGUGUUUAGAAAUCAGUCUGUGUAAAGAUACAUUAUGCUUGUUCUACAUUAUCUUAGUUGUAUAAAUUUAUUUGGAAGUCCCCUAAAGUUUCACAGAACAGCUCUGCCCAUGAAAUAUUGCUCUUUGUCAAUUUGAAAUGUUGCGAGGUAUGGCUUGACUCAUUGACUGUGUAUGUAGCAAUCUUAAGAAUAACAUCAUAAUAAUGUCAGAUUAGUUAUCCUUGCAUUGUAUGGCUUAGCUCAGGAGUGCUAAUGGAAGCUCGAAAGUGGACUGGAGCUUCAGGCUGGCCCAGCUGCACAGAGGAGGCAGGAAGUGGUGCCCGACAGAUCCCGGGAAAGAAACCAAACAUUCUAAAAUGAUUUGACUACUUAUGAGGCGGCAUCAGGGCACUCCUGGCAGCAUGAUGUAGUGUUCAUGGUGCUUGAGGUGUAACUUUAACUUUUAGUACAGUCUAAAUUAUUGUACAUCUAAAUUAAGUUGUAUUGGGGGGGUUGGGAGAUCGAUUUAGCCCCCUUGAGGUAACUGGGGGCUUUCUGGCACCAUAGCAACUUUGUUUAGGUGGAAUUGUUAUGGUGACUUAACUGUCCCUUUUAAAGGACCACUGUAGGCACCCAGACCACUUCAACUUAAUGAAGUGGUCUGAGUGCCAGGUCCCUCUAGGAUUAACCCUUUUUUUUUUUUUAUAUACAUAGCAGUUUCAGAGAAACUGCUAUGUUUAUAAAUGAGUUAAUCCAGCCUAUAAAGCCUCUAGUGGCUGUAUCAUUGACAGCCGCUAAAGGCGCUUGCAUGCUUCUCACUGUGAAAAUCACAGUGAGAAGACGCCAGCGUCCAUAGGAAAGCAUUGUAAAUGCUUUCCUAUGAGACCAGCUGAAUGCGCGCGCAGCUCUUGCCGCGCAUGCGCAUUCAGCCGAAAGGGAGGAUCGGAGGUGGAGAGGAGGAGGAGAGCUCCCCGCCCGGCGCUGGAAAAAAGGUAAGUUUUUAACCCUUUCCUCUCCCCAGAGCCAGGCGGGAGGGGGUCCCUGAGGGUAAGUUUUAACCCUUUCCUCUCCCCAGAGCGGGGCAGGAGGGGGUCCCCACGAGUAUGUUUUCCUGGCACUAUAGUGGUCCUUUUAAUGUUUAGUUUAAUUGUUUGUUUAUUUUAAUAGGACCAAAACGUAAAGUAGCGAAGUAACCAAAGCUGUUUAAAACGACUCUGUACCACUUCCCUUGUAAUAUAAAUAUUAGGGGGUGAUGUGUAACUUUUAAGAACUGGUUAAGUGUAGGAUUAUACAUUCUAACCUCCUGUGUCUAAAUUUAUAAAAAAAAAAUUGCAUUUUAAAUUUGCAUUAAAACUAAUCUUGCCAUUUCCAUUAGUGUGUUCUUUAAUUGAUUUCUCAGAAUUAAAGCAGUGGCCACGUAUUCACUCCUGAGAAAUAUAUGCCUGCUGAGGGGAUGUAAUUUGGCAGUACACCAUAGGCAUUGGUUUUAAAUGUAAUUACAUGGCCGAAACCCUUAAUUAUUGCCAACUUUACAUUCUUGCUAAAUAACUGGAUUCUCGUUGCAGCAAGGCUGUUAGUGGUAGUGGUUUGGAUGCAAACACUGACCCACAGAACUGAAAAAAGAUCUCCGUUUGCUAGUUGGAAAAUUAUUUUUAACAAAACAACAAAAAUUUGAUCUAGUUGUUUAGUAGUAAUUACUGAAAAACAGUGUCUUAAUAAUUUUUAUUUAUUUAUUUGCUAGUGUAGGUGUGCAAUCUGGACAUGGAAAUCGAGGUAAAGGGGCCUAAGUUUUGGUUGUGGUACAUUUUAUUUUUGUUGCUCUCAUACUUAGAUGAUUACUGCGCAGUAAGCAUUUGAACCAGGCUGUGUGCAAACUGAUAGCAGCUGAAGUAUGGCUACUAGCAGCUUUUAGAGCACAUUGCACUCUGUCAUGGGUUUGUGAGUCUAUUGCUGUUAUUCCUUCAAUCCUCCACUAGUCCCAAUUCCAGAUGUGCUGAAUAUAGUGAAAGUGUUCCCUUUGUUUAGAGUUUCCCCAAUAUAAUGGACGCAACCAGUCGUAUUGAGUGAAAGCAGCAAUCUGAACUUUCUUAGGCCUAACGUGGCUUCUUGUGCAAUGCCCCUAGCAUGGGGUUUCUAAUACAAAAUCACAGGGGUUUCCUUCCCACAAGCUAUUGUAUUUGAGAGAUAAUUGAGCUCCAAUUAAGAUAAUCCAAUUAUCUCUCAAACAGGAAAACUUCAAUUUUUACAUAUCACAAAAAUACAUGACAACAGCAUCGGAACCCCACAAAAAAUGUAUAUUCCCAAAUAGCCCCGAUCUGAGCGCACACCAUAUCCAAAAAGCGCUCAGAUUGGUUCGGUAAAACGGAAGUUUUAUGUUUGUGCAUAUAUGAACUGGCUGCAUGGUAGAGGUCGUAUUGUCAAUUUCAAAAGGGGUUAAUUUGAUUGUAUGGGAGGUCAGAGCUUCACCUAAAUUCCUCUUUAUUAUUUAUUCUUAUUAUUGGACGCACAGGAACAGAGGGGUUGAGGGCCCUGCUCAAUGAGCUUACAUGCUAGAGGGAGUGGGGUAUAGUGACACAAAAGGUAUAUGUAGGGGUAAUGCUACUAGUAGCUCUUACUCUGUACGGUGUGAGAAGUCACAGACAAGUGGCCUGGAAGUCUGGGACAUAAUUGGGUCAAGACUUUAUAACUUCAUUUCCUGCUGGACACCAAGCCACAUAGCACAAUGGCUUUUGCAUAAUACAAUUAACAAAAUAGCUUUCAUCCAGCUCAACAUUUUACAUAACUCAACAUUAUUUUAAAGUCUGUGACCAGGCCCAUAGUCUGUGGGCAGGAGCCUAGCUGUUAUGCCUCUCCAGCAGGCUGUGAUACACUCCUUUUUAUACCAUGAAUAAAAACUGCUAUUGGAGGAUAAAAAAAUUAUUCCACAAAUCCUUGCUGGUUAGAUGUUUAUUGGGCAGAAAUAGACUCCAUAGACCAGAAUUGAACGUUCCUGCUUUGAGUAUAUUUCUGGUGAGGAAGGGGUCUGCGAGCGCUUCACUAAACUGUAAGGCCACAUGAAAAGUUGAUGGUCAGUAUAUUUUAUUGGAGCAUAAGAACCCCUGCAUAAUUAGACUUGUGACCUACCCGGGAAAAAACAUGAUGUAUGUGUAUCUGCUGAUCCUGUGCAGCAUUAUGUCGCGUCAAAUUUUGUUUUCAUGUUUGUCAUGUAAAAACAUAAAUGAGAAUUUUAAAUAAUUUAGCUGUAACUUUUGAAGUCUGACUUAAUUUCACUGUGUAUGUAGCAAUCAUAAGAAUAAUAUCACAGCUUUUAAAAAAUUUUUUUUACUGAUGGUAUCCCUAACCUGGGGUUAUGUAAAUCUAAAGGAUGUUUGCUAUUUCAGGAAGUGUGUAGGGAGGCUGUGUGAGUCUCAAGCAGGAGUUAUGGCCAGGGCAGUAUAAACACAGUGAUUUAUAUCUUAAAUGUCAGACAGUUGAACAGUGAAACAGGAGCAUGAAAUAUAAACUAAAACCACUUAAUUAAGCUACCUUUGGCACUCUGGAUGUUGUGGACUACAUCCCCCAUAAUGCUCUUACAUCCAUAAUGCUGACAAAGCAUCAUGGGAGGUGUAGUCCAAAACAUCUGGAGUGCCAAAGGUCGCCUAUACCUGAUCUAGUGUCUUUUAAAUGAUCCGUUUAUGUGGGUACUUUGCUGUGCAAAUUGUCUUUUGUCUGAUCAUGGCAUAUACCAUUGCUCAUUUAAUAAAUUUACAUAUAACGUUAUGGAUUUGGCUAGUUAUGUUUUGGGGUUUUUUUUUUUUUUUGCAUGGAGGUGUUACCAGGGACUGAGCUCUUGUGGAUAAUGAAUAUUAAUAUUAUUUAUUUUUUUUUUUUCAAUUUUUUUUUUUUUUAAUUUCAAAAGAUACAUACAAAGUUUCAACAAUAAUGUUUGAACAUCAGGUAGACAGUUGCGUUAGUACAUCUUGUUUCAAUUCGACAUAAGAUCAAACAUAGCUUGUGGCUCAUUUUUAUGGUAACUUCAAAAUCUUUUCUGCCAUUUCAGUAUUUGGGAAAUGUAUACCAACAUUUUAUUUACACACAACUAAUUUACUACUACUUUGCUACUGUAGUUUAAAGCACGGUUGUCCAACCUUUUGACUUCCUCAGGUCACAUUGAGCGAAGAGGAAUUGUCUUGGGCUGCACAUAAAAUAUAUAUAUAAAAAAACUUCAAAAGCCCUUUAAUUUUGAUUUUUAAAUUGCUUAGUAGAUAACUCCCUUAUUUGUUAUCAUUUGUGGGAUUGCCAUUUUUAAGACUACUAAAUUAGGGAGCUAUCUACUAAACACACAUCAAUAUAGACAUAAUCACAGAUCUAUGCGCACACACAAUCAUAUACAUACACAUAAUCACAGGGAGCAAAAAAAGUAUAACCUUCUAAAUCCGUGGUAAAUAAAAGCUGAUGUGAAAAUCUUGCAGACGUUUCACAGGUUGUACAACAUUUUACUUUGAACUAUGGCUGUUGGGUUUUGAUGUUUUGUUUAACUUGUUACCAGACCAUCUGGAGUUCUGGAACACCACAUGCAUUGCAUUCCCUCAUGUGAAGAUCUUUCUGUUUUGCUUGUAAUAAACCUGUCUUGCUCCUAUCAUCAGACACUCAGAAUAUAUAAUACAUGUGUCUUAUACCUUUUUUUUUACUACAUCAGUAUUUACUAACCAUAGCAUAGGUAUAUAAUGGGCUUAACCCAUAAGGCCACAUGACAUGUGUGACAUGUCAUCAUUCCCUUUUAUUCCAGAAGUUUGGUCCUUAAGGGGUUAAACAAUUGCCAUCACUUUGUUUUUGUUUUUUAUUACAUUCAAUUAUGCUUGAUUAUGUUUUUUUUUUUUUAAUUUAUGUAUAUUGGUUUUUUUAUUUAUUAAUUAUUAUUUUUUUAAUAGAAAAUUCUACUUUUUAUCUGGCCGAACAGCCAUGUUGGGUCAGACAGUUUUGUUAUGUGAUCAGCUGCUUCUUAACGUAGCUUGCCUGCCUCUGUGAUUAUUCUAUGUGAAACUACAGUAGCAAUCAAAUUAGGUUGAGCAGUAGAGCCUGACUUUAUCUGGCUGAGCAGCCAUGUUGGGUGACACAUUCUGGGGGAAAAAAUAUACCUCAUUUACAAACUAUCACAAAGUUUAAAUAUAAUACGCAUUGAAAAUUCAAUCACAGUUGACCUUUUAAAUUUUACAUACCGUGGAGGCCCAAUUUACAUUUUAAUGAAAAAUACCCAAACUGGUCCUUUUUAAAAUGUGUUUUGAUUUGUCCAUAUAUCUGAAUCUAACGGGCAAGACUUGUGAGAAGUGGCAAAAUCCCCCACCACAUAACGAAACUCUGUAUGGCAAGUUGUGGUUUGUACGAUCAGUGAUGGCAGAUUCCCGCAGAUAGGGUCUUUAUUUAAGUGGAACCCUUGCAAAACCAUUGACUAGUUUGUUUGGCAAUCAUGGGUAUAAAACAGAACACUGUCAACAUGUCUAUAGUACUACAUCUUCCAAGAACCAGUACAAGCUACUCGCUGUUUGUGUUUAGGAAUAGAAUGCUUACAGAAAGGGAAGGUCUCCAUUUUACCUGUGGUAUGGACUAUCAGACACACUUUGUGUUUUAAUUAAAUUUGCAAAGCAGUCCAAGUUAAGUAAUGUCACCUCUAUUCUAGCUCAACCUUUCUAGAUACCUUUCAAUCAUUAUCAACUCUCAAACAUAAAAAGUGAAACUGGCUACAAUGUACAAGGCUUGUUUCUGAAGAAGUGUGAAUGCAUGUGUUGAGGAAGGUAAAGGACCAUUUAUCUCCUCUGGCAUUUUUGAUGGAUGCAUUGGAGUUUUUAUAUAUGAAGGAAUUGUAUUUAUUUUAUUUUUUUUAAAUUUGUUUUUUGUUCCCCCUGCUAGGUUGGUAAACCAUGCAUUCCAAUUCAUGGUUUCCCUUCUCUGUUGAAGAUUGUUCUUAUCUAAUCUAAGAAACCAAUUUGCAGCAGAGAGAGAGCCUCUACUUCCUAUAAUGCAGAGUGCUUUUAUAUUUACCUUUCUAUACGUAAAUAGUGCUGUAAUUUGAAUUAUGCCCACCUUACAGAUAAUAUGGUGUCUCUUUGAAGUCCUUGGGGUGUUCAGCGAAUAGUAAAAUCGUUACUUUUAAACUAGGUUAAAUGAUCUUCCCCUUCAAGUGAUUUGUUUGUGUUCUCUGUGCUGAGAUCUUGUUUUCUUCCUUUGUCCUAUUUACUUUCACAAGCCAGUUAUGAGUCAAACUGGUUUAGUCACUCUGGUUUGAAAGAUUCAUGACUUCCUUUCACCUUGUAUGACUGUUUCAUCUGUUCUGUUAAAUAAAUAUAUUUUAUUUAUUUAUUUGCAGGGAAAGGCAGUGUGUUUUAAUGGAUUAAUGGUGCAGUUUUCCAAAGAAAUAAAAUCCAGCAGAUGUGAUCUGAUGAAUCUGGUUUUAUUAAAGCCAUUUUUAAUACCAACAGAUUAAAUGAUUUUUAUGGGUUAUUUUUAACAGUUCUGCAAACCGCUUUUAGAUGUUGAGUAUUGGUUGCAAUGAAACGGUGUUGUGUUAAAUAAAUGUAACUCUUUUUUUUUUUUUUCUUUCUCACAGAAGUGGCUUACAGUCAUCAUGGGGGAAAUAGAAGGAACAUACCGUGUCUUGCAGACCCCUGGUGCUCGCCUUGGUACUACAAAAAACACUGGAAUCAGCACUCUUGAACCAGGGCAGAACCUCAACACUGCUUUGACCUCAUAUCCACCCAAGACGUCACACAAUGACUUGCAGUAUCAUGUGCUUCUUCUUGACGGAUCCAUGUUCCCCGUGGAGAUAGGUGUAAGAUCCAAAAACCACACUGCUCCCCAGCUUUUAGAACAUACAGAGUAGGCCUUUUAGAUCACAGAAUUCCUACUUUUUUCUGCUUACUGUUUUUGCAUGUAUUUCAUUGGUGUUUCUCAUAAGUAGAUUGAUUUGAAAGGAUUACUCUAGGCACCAUAACUACUUUGUAUCAGUAGGUGCAUUAGCCAUGCCUCCAAUAGAGGGGCUGAGUCAUGGUAGCCUGAGGGCCCUUUUCAGUAUCAAGAUUGGUUUAACACUGAACAUUGGAACAUUGGAACAUUCACUGCUUGUAUGAGAUGAGGUGGUGUGGUGUCUGGAGUUUUGCUUUAAUCGUGGUCCUUUACCUGUCUACAACAGGCCUAAAUGUAACCUUAUGAUUUCUUGUGAUUUAUGAAGCUGUGUAGAAAGGACUGCAUAUUGGAAAGAUAUGUAUUGGGCAAGGGAGUAAUGGUUUAAAUGAUGUUUUAUUAGUUUGAUGUGCCUUAGGUCUUAGAAGGGAAAUGUCACUUUUAUGGAAUUUUAUAUGUAUCUUAACCCCUUAAGGACCAAACUUCUGGAAUAAAAGGGAAUCAUGACAUGUCACACAUGUCAUGUGUCCUUAACCCCUUAAGGACACAUGACAUGUCAUGAUUCCCUUUUAUUCCAGAAGUUUGGUCCUUAAGGGGUUAAAGGGACUCUAGAAGCAGGGCUAGACUGGCCCACCGGGAUACCAGGAAAUUCCCUGGUGGCCAGUGCAGCACAUUACACUUUUUUUCCUCCUCUGACCUUUUUUUUGUUUGGGCUGGAUGGCUGCAGCGAGGCUGGUUACGAAAAAAAAAAAGGUGACCACUGGUUUGCAGCAGAGAGGAGUGAGAGAGCACUGAAAGUCUCUCUCACUCCCUCACAAAAGCUUCUUUUUAGUUUCCAGCUGUGCAUGGACAGUCUGACAGAUCCAGCCCCCGCACUAGAGCUCUGCCUCACCCUGGUGACAUUUCACACAGGAAGUGGAAGAGCUUCAUGGAAAAUACUCAUACUGCACUUGAAGUCCAGUUACAGUGAAGUAACAGGUACUUGAAUAUCCAUUAAGUAGCCCGUGAUUGUGUGUGUGUCAGUGAGCUUGGAGUGAGCAUGUCUGUACUGUACUUGAGUGCUUGUCUGUAGUGAGUUUGUAGUGAGCCUGUGUAUGUGUGUCAGUGAGUUUGUAGUGAGCUUGUUUGUCGGUGAGCUUAUCUGUAUUGUGCUUGUGUGUCAGUGAGCUUGUAGUGAGCAUAUCUUUACUGUGCUUGAGUGUGUCAGGGAGGCAGAACUGCAGCAUGGGUUGUAAGGUUAAACCUCUGCAAGGGGGAUUGGGCACCUACACAUGUUUGUAUUUGUUAUGCUAUAGUGUUCCUUGAUGAUAUUAGCAAUUCAUAUCAAAUCUCACCACUGACUAAUAAGUCUCCCAGAUGUUUUAGUUUUAAUUCCUGCAAUGCAAAGUGUUUUGUUGUAAAUAGUGGUCUAAUUUACUAAAAGUGGGGGGAAUCGGCAUAGAAACCAGUGGAACCAGUAGAUACAUUCCAUUAGUGACUCCUCCCCUUUAAAUGUUUGCACCACUUUCUAGAACUGAGCACUGUGCUAAAUCUCCCCCAGUAUUUGUACUCCUCAUUCUCGCUCUGUGCUUUGUCUAUGCUGGCUGACAAAUGCAGAGGACGGAGGUUAUGACAGCUGACAGGGUGCCAAAAUGGAGAUGCUUGUUUCCAAGAUAGAAGCAGACAGAACACUAUGGAUUUUAUGUUGGAAUUUAUUUUGAAAACCUUGUAAACAUACCAUGGUGUAAAUUUAUCAGGGUCUCAGACUGUUCUUCCCUUCUUUUGCAUGUGUGAAACCCUAACCGCAUUCUUUCUUACUGGUGCAAUAGCUUUAUCAAGCUUUCUGUCAAGUUUUCCACUAGAAAAGUAUUGUUUCACUCCUUAUUUAUUUUAUUUUUGUUUAUUUUAUUUAUUUCUGUCAGUCUAAUUGUGUUUUGUGUUUUUUUUUUUUUAUUUAUUUUCAUUUUUUAGGCAGAGAAAAUACUUCACUUUUUAGACCAUUUGUAUCACCAUUUAAUACAUAUGAACAGAUAAGAGACCAUAAUUAAGGCACUCUCAAGAAUUCUUUGAUAGAUUUCCCCACGUGCUAUUUAAUUAACAUGCAUUUAGAAUAUCAGGAAGUCAGUGUUGCCUGUUAACUAUUGCUUCAUGUAGCCUUUAAAUGCCUUAGAAGAGUGGUUCCCAACCUUUUUUCGUUUGAGUACCCCUUUCCAUAAAUUGUACCCAUCAUAUUACGAAAUAUUUAUAAUUAUUAUAAUUGCUGUUAUUUCAAAUUUUUUUUCUCUGCCAGUGGUAGUACAAUAUACGUCAAUCACUAAUCACAAACCAAAAGGGAGCAAGUUAAAUUGUCAUGUGGGAUGUUUGCCAGUCUGAGGAUGUAGUGUGUGUGGAUAUAGUGUGUCUGUGCUGGAAUUGGAAUUCCCAUGUGUAGCACAUUGUGUGUAUUGAAGCUAAUAAUUAUUUACCCCCAGGCUUGACAUAUUUAUUUGGAAUCCAGGAGCCUGCUAAAAUUACACACACAUACUCUCUGACAGGCAGGCACACUCUUACACACCUCACUCAGCCUCCCUACCUUUUUGGAGGCUGAGUGGGGGAAGGUACCUAAACGUGCUCACACUCACACACAUUUUUAUUUUAAUUGAACCCCACUCUGCCUCCCUACCUUUGGAAGAGCUGAGUGGAUCUGCUCUCUUCCUGCGUGUGAGGGAGCAGUACUCUACCUGCUGCUCCCUCACGCUCUCCGUAAUGAUGCUGGGGCUGGAGUGAAGUCAUAUUCCAGCUCCCAGCAUCAUUGAGCAGAGAGGAGCUACAGGCAGACUACUGCUCUCUUUCACGCUGCCUAUAAUGCUCCUGCCGGCCGGCUCCAUACUCCUCAGGGCGGGCGGCCUCCUCUUUGCGGCUUUGAGCCUCCAUGCUCCCAAGAACAGCCAGCUGCAAUAUUCCCAGUGACGGCAGCCUUCAAAGCCCCGGCGGCUACAUUAACUAAAUAGCUGGCAAAUCCCAGGCGCCAGGGCGAAAUUUGUAGUUGCUAUUGCAACCUAGCGCCUGGGAUUUGUCGAGCCCUGAUUUACCCUUUCAGCACACAUAGCCAGACAAAAAGGGGAAUUCUGCCACUCCCAAGAGCAAGCCAACAGCAGCAGCCCUGCCGUAAAUUGCUGUGAGUAAAGUUCCCACUGAAGUUCUGGCACGCACAGCUAGUAUUCUGAGAGUGCCAGAACUUCAGUAGUGUCGUAACCCUGUGGACCCGGCCAACCCCAGAUCAGCCUCCCUCUCCAGACACCUAUGAUUUUUUUUUUUUUUUUUAGCGUAGAACGGCCUCCCCGGUGGCCCAGCUGAUCAGAGAAGACUGGGCUUUCCAGGCACAUUGACAGAGGUGGCAAAACGCUGCCCCUGUCAAAGUGCUGUCUGGAGUACUGGUCCCACUGUUACAUAUAGAUGGACUGGCCCUGACCGAUGCAUGCGUGCGUGCGCGCACACACACCUUUUGGGCGACUUUUGCUGGCUGUGCUUGUUGGGAGUUGAGGGAGAAGAUCUCUUUUCCCUGUCCAGUCAGCCCGCCCCCUCCCACGAGGCUUGAUGUGUUAUAGCUGGGAGGAAGUGUGUGUCUCGCUCUCACUUCCUCCCAGCAUCCCGGGCAAGUUAGAAGGGGCCCGGGAGUGGCAGUAUUCCCCUUUUUGUCUGGCUAUGUGGCAAAAGGGUAAAUCAGGGCUCGACAAAUCCCAGGCGCCAGGUUGGAAUAUGUAAAGCGCUGCAAUGCACGACCGGACCCCUCACAGCACAUGUCCUUUCAGUGGUCCUGAGUGCAUGGACCACCCGAUGAACCCGGUUACACUGCCAUUGCCGACUUUUUUCGCGUACCCCCUGGGGCACUGAAUUGUACCCCUUGGGGUACACAUACCAUGGGUUGGGAACCCCUGCCUUAGAUCCUAGCAUUUGAUUGUGAGGAAGUUCGCCCCCUGCCCCCCCACCUCUAUUGCAGCAAAGUACCAUUCUGAGUUCCAAUUGGAAAAUUUAAGCUCUGUUUUAUGGUGCUGGGGAUUUAAAGAUCUUUAGAGUGGAAGCAUCACCAGUUUUAAUUGAAUGGUAGCUGUCAAGCAGCAGGGGGAAAUUUGUCAAAGGAUAACUACAUCUGAGGGAUGUGAUUAGCUCACUUGUGCAUGUAUUAAAAACGCUCCUAAUAGUUUUUGUCACUGCCUGCGCAAUGGGCUUUGCUGGUUAUGCUGUGAGAUGCAGGGAGUACUGCUACAGAGUACUGAGCCCCUCUCCCUUAUCUUCGCUAUGUUUUGUGCCACCUAUGCAGGAGCAUGGAUACUAAUGGAGCUCCCCACUAUUGCCUCAUGUUGUCCAACGCCAGGUGAAACGCAAAGUGAAAAUUAGAAACCUCUUCCCAACCUCCUGCAUUUCCUAAAUCACAGCUUCCACCUAUCCAGUGAUUAUCGCCGUCAGUCUUCCCUGUUACUAGUAGCCGUACUUCACAGAUGGUGAGGUCAUCCAUGCAAUUAUUCUCUGUAAUGAAUGGCUCACCUCCUUAUCUCGGGCAGACCAGGACAUACAUGGCGGGUUGGCCUGAGAUUAGUGGUACCUGCUGUCAUUUUCUUGACGGCAACUGAAAUAACCUGUCGUCCAGCACUGUAACUCUCAUUUAAUUUUAGGCAGCACUGGAAAAUGUCAAUCCUGCUCCUACAGUAAAUUCCUGCCCUUAACCCUUACAUUACCGUAACACACUACACUACAUAUGAACACCUACAUUGACUUAACACACUGCACUAUCUCUAAACAGUGAACUCCAUGAUCAACAAGUAUUAACACCCAUAAUAUCCCAACACUAACCAUUAAUCCCUAAACUGACAUAAAAAUAUAUCAUGUAAUAAUAUAAAAGAUACAUAAAGGUGAAGCAUGUAUUGAUACGAAUGGUAGCAUCUCACGUUUUUUACACAUUUAAAAAUCAUUCUACCUUCAGUCUUAUGGUUUGUUAAAAGGACUUCAGAACCAUUCUGUGGAGUUAUUUUCCCAUAAAAACAACUUCAGAUUUUACUAUUUUUUGCAUUAACUACAUGUCUUUAAAUGGGAAGUACAUGGCUACUUGGCGACCAAGACUUUAACUCCUCGAUAAGAACCAUCACCAUGCUGAUCAGAAAAUUGGACCUUUUGGGUCACAACUAAUUAAUUUGUUGAAAAGCUGUGCUUAAAACCAUUCUCUAUCGUUAAGGUUGCUGGCAGAAAUGCAAGAUGGAAUUUGAAACAGGAUGCUUCUCCUCAUUUACAUGUUGAACUGGGAAUUCUGGGAGAAUUGCAGAAACACAAUUUCCCCGAAAUGUUGUGCCUAAUGUACUACUUGAGAUAUGUAGCUGGAAAAAAAGUAGAUUGUGUUGAGGAGACUUGAAGUACACCUAGAUCACUGUAUAGUCUAGCACUAGCGACACUUUUUGGAAAAAGACGAGUACAUGCAGUGUGUCAUAUGUUUAUCGCUAUGAUUAACAUUUCUUUCAAUGUUUUAAGGUUUUGCUGUUUGGGGCAUGUUAGCCCUUUUAAAGCUUAUUAGAAUGCAUUCAUCUAAGGUUGUGUUUUUUUUUUUUUUUUUUAUAUUUGUUGCAUGGAGUCAUGGGAAAACCUACAAUCCAGAUUGUGAGUGUGGAAUGAGGUCUUGCAGAUGCCUUACACAGCACAGGUUUGCUGUCAAUGAGAAGCAGAUGGACAUGGGAUAAGCCGUUCUAACAAGCUUUACUGAUUUUUACCUCUGUGUACAAAUUCCUGUUCAUUUGUAGCGCCAGAACAUUCCAUUUAAAGGUGCAGCCUCACUUUGUAGCAUAAUUGAUUGUGAUGUGCUUCCUUGAUUUCAUUUUUAAAAGCAUGUUGUGGUGUGGUCUAUCAGUCUGAGAAAAUUCCUCUUAGGAAGUAAAGUCCUCAUGCGUGGGUUACAGAUUUACCAUGCAAUGAUUUGUGUACGUCAGUUUGGCAGGGCAUCACUUGAUGUGCGUGUUUAGAAACGCAGCCCCAGGGCAAAACUAAACUCUGCAGAAACACGGCGAAAUGUGAUGCCAGAUUUAUUGAAUAGGGUCCCUGUGAAUCUGACCAUUAUAGGAGGUAGCAUUUAAAAUCCUCAAUUGGAAGCUUAGAAGAUGCCAUCUGAAUUCACUCUGAAAUGGCAAUGGUUAAAAUUGUUACUGUCUCUGAUGAUAAGUAAACCUUCAGGAUUUCAUUCACAAACUGAACACUUGAAUUGUUAAACUAGGUCAGUGGAAAUCCCUUCAAAUUCAGCUAUUUUGUCCCAAAACUUGCAGUUGCUUCUUAGUUAUCUGUAAUUCAUAUUUUAGUGAAUAAAUGUCACCACUGGGAGCAGUUAUACACUUGCUUGGGAGAGAUUUCCACUAACACGGUUUGUAACCACUAAUUAAAAAGUGUGAAACGCUCACAAGGGAAUUACACAUCUUUAUGGGAAAAUGACAAAACUUGGAAACCUAUCUGAACUGGAGUGUUUAUUUUUUUACAAUGUGGCUUGAAUUUGCAUUUCUUCUUCAAUUCUCUAUUGCACCUGAAGCCUUUGUAUUCUCGGUUCUUUGAAUGGCAGCUCUAUUAAUGAAGGCCAUUCCCAUGUAUGGGAUCUCUACCGUCACAUAUGAGUCAGGCGGGAGGCUCUCAAACACUGCACUCAGUUAAGGGUGCCAUGCUUUAGGUACCGUGCAUAUGUCAUUGAGCUGCAUCAGUUGGAUAGAUGCCCUUCUCAUUGCCAUUCCAUGCCAAGCGUGGAGGCUGGGUGUUUCUGCCAAAGUACUGCUUUCUCAGACUAUUUACCAUAAUGACUUAAUGUUCAUGCAGUGUGGGAAUUAAUCGGCUUCUGUAACACAAUUUAAGUAGAUACAUGCACUCUCAUGUUCUGAUUGCAAGAGGAACAGUGUCUAAAGCAAUAGCUAACUUUUGGUUUUUUCAGCAUGUAAACAAGAAACCACAGGGCUUCCAAUUGUUGUGAUAAUUGCUUCCUGCUUGGGUGGACAUAACCUCAAAGAGAGAAGUUAAAAAUCUGUUGAUCAUUUGGAUAACAGAGAAAGGAAAUCAUAAAGUAGGUGUGUUUUAACUAUGGCCCUCGGCUGUUAGCCUAGGAUUCCCAUAAUUCUCUUACAGCCCACAACUCUCCGAUAAAUCGAGAAAAUGUAUUGUGACAUGAGCUGGAGGGCAAAGGGUGGGACCUUCGUACAAUAAAGGAUGGUGGAUUAUGAAGAUUUGUUGGUGCAUUUCAUAACAAACGUUUAUAUACAGGAGUUGGGUAAAUAAGGAAUCAUUUUCAGGAUUUAGUCAUGGUCUCUUAUUAAACCAGAUUACAUGUGUUAACCAUCUGAACUCUGGGACCAAACCAAGAGGUUGACUACAAAGGAUCACAGAUGGAAAAAAAAGGAUAAAUAUUGUCAGCUUGCAGUAGAAAUAUAGGAAAUCCUGUACAGGCCAGCCAGAGGCAAAUGUAUCUACUAUGUGAUAAACUCAGUGACUGUUGUUUUCAAUCACUCUGUGACCCAUAGGACAAUCACAAUCCGGAAUGAAAACACCUGAAACACAUCAUGUUGAAGGAUGGAGUAAAGGAAAUUGCCUUACAUAAAAGAUGCUGAUUUAUUUAUGCAUGUGUGCAUUAGAAGGAAGAAAAACCAACUAUCUUCUUUAUCUUGGCUAUAACUUAAGAGAAUCAUUCAAAACUCGCCUAUGAUUGAUAAAUCUACCCAGUUUGCUACUCCGCCUAUUACGAAGUACCAAGUCUACUACUGUGGUCAGCGCACAUGAUGUUUUGUCUUAUUCAAUGUUACUGCAAUGCUGUUUCUGCAAUAUGAAUGCUUACAUUCGUUUUGCACAUGCUCAGUACUGCCACAAGUGCUUCCAGUGAAUUUAAGUGAAGCCCAUGUGGUUGUACUGUAUUGCAGGACUAGUUUUCAAUGAUGCCAAUAAAUCAAACCUAAACAUGGAAAAACAAUUUUAUUACAAAAACAGGAAUUAGAAUGUUGUUUUUUUUCAUGUUAUAUAUUGAUUGAAAUCUGCUAGAAAGAGCGGUUUACAUUUUUUUUUUUUUUUGGCACCCUCAUGUUAUAAGAAAAAAACAAGCUGUAGGAAUUAUUUUCAGUGGUGAAGACCCUUGUAAAUGAUACAUCAGAAUGACAAUUUCGAGAUCUCUGCUUUUUUACCUGAACCCUCAUUGAUUGCAGCGCUGGGGGGGGGCCCAAAUGGACAACAAUCACACUAGUUCAUAAAGAACUGCCCAAGAUUUGAAUGCGUAGCACCAUUAUGAAUUCAUGUGAUUUAACUUUGUACCAAUCAAAAGUUAACACAUUUUCAAAGUACUACAUUUUUGGGGCCAUAAAUCCAGCCCAUGAUUACCUAACUGGCAUUACUUUAUCUUUGUUAGAAGCGCGUGAUUUAUCAGUUAUUUGCUGCGUAGCCAAAUAUUAGUUUGCUGGGAAAAACAGAAAGUACAAACCAUGUCCUUGAAAUGUUAGUCCCUUUCUUUGUUUUAUACUUUACUAUCCUAAACAUGGUUAUAUCGAAAAGUAAAGGAAAUCAAUUCCAUAACAAGCAAAAACUAAAAUUAAAAAUGCUUUAAAAUUUACAUUUACUCUACCUCUAAGACACACUUCUCUAUAACAAGCAUUUGAUUGGUUGAAAGUUUAUUAAAGGGAACCUAUAGUGCCACUAGAGGGCUUCCGGAAUCCUAACAGACUUGGUCCGUUAUCAAAGGCUGGACAUCCCCACGGACUGCAUGAGGACUUCCAGCGUCAUAUGUUCUCCAUAGGAAAGCAUUUAAUAAUGCUUUGCUAUGGGAAGGUCUAAUGCGCUCAGCCAUUGCCGCGCAUGCACAUUGGGUCUCCCCAGCCAGCUGACGUCGCCAGGGGAGGAGCGUGGGUGGACCCUGACCCAGCACAGAGGGACAUCGGUGCUGGAUUCAGGUAAGUGGCUGAAGGAGGAUGGGGGGGGGGGUCCUAUCAACCUUAUAGUGCCAGGAAAACUGCUUUGUUUUCCUGGCGCUAUAGGAUCCCUUUAAUGUAGUUGUUCUGGUGUCUACAGCCUGUCCCUGCAGGAAUUUUCAUGUAAACACUGCUUUUUCAGAGAACAGGCAGUGUUCACAUUGCGCCUUAGGGACACCUCCAGUGGCAAUCACUCACAAUACACAGCACUAACGUUCAGCGUUUCCAUGCUUUGCAUGGAGGUGCUGAACUUUCCUUAUAGAGAUUCAUUGCUGAUUGUUGCAGUGUGGUAUCUUGCUGCACAUGCGCAAUAGCCUCCAAAUGCUUUCCUAUGGGAAAGCAUUCGAUUGGCUGAGAUUGUCAGUUCUGACGAUCUCAGCCAAGGGGGCAGGGCGCCACUUAUCGUCCAUCAUCUCCGUGCUAUGCGUGUUGAAGACCACAAGCUAUGCACAGAUUAAACGCUCAUUCCAGGCUGUCUAAUAACGUUGCCAGUGGUGGACACACACCUUGAGCAGCCAAGUGCUCCGUAUGUACAGUGUUUCAUGCUGUUAUACUGCACAUACAGAAUCCAAGUGCCAUCACCACUUCAAAUCACUAAAGUGCUUAUGAUGCUUGGAGCAACCCUAUAAAGGCUUCCAUGGAUUUUUAGUAUUGUGUUUUACCAAUCCCUGUGUUUGAUACAUAUAAAUUUGUGAGCUGUACAAAAAAUAAAUGAGAGGGUUACUCCUGGCAUCAUAACCAGUAAAGUCUGCUGCAGUGGUUAUGAUGCCAGGAGUACACUGACCCCAUUUCUCCAUAAUGGGGCAGACUGUUUUGCAAUGGUUUCCCCUCUUGCCUGGGUCCCGUAAGUGAAGUUGAUCCUGCCCGCUAUCUACUGGCUCAGAGCGUCCGCUGACCACUCUCCGCUAAUAUAUGUAAUUCUGUGCAUAGCAACUCUGAGCUGGAUAAUGAUGACCCUUGGAUUUACCUCUCCGGCAGGAAAAGGUUUUGUAUAUGCCGUAUUUCAUGGUAAAAUGCUGCAUAUACAGACUUGAGGGAACAUGACCACUUCAAAUAAUUUUAGUAGUCAUGGUACUUGGAGUAACCCUUUAACCCCUUAAGGACCAAACUUCUGGAAUAAAAGGGAAUCCUGACAUGUCACACAUGUCAUGUGUCCUUAAGGGGUUAAAUGAACAUUCCGGGCACCAUAACCACUUUAUUGAAAUUAAGUUAUGGUUCCAGGAGGUCCCUGUAAAUUCCAGAGAAGUGUCCGCUCCCCUUUAAUUCCAAAAGCACUUCAGCAAGCUGAAAUGCACUAGGUGCUUGAAGGUUCCUUCAAGUAUAAAUGCAUAUCUCCUCCUUGAGUUUAGAAUGGCAACAUCAUUCCAUGGUGCUGUGCAUAUGGGUAUCAACUUCUCAUGAUGCCCUGUCACAGGCAUCCUCACAUGAUUCUCCGGAUACAAGGAAUCAUAAGACAUUCGUUCUUUGCAGUGCAUAUCAGGCUACUGCACAAAAGGCGUUUUCAUCAUUCAAAUGUAAAUUUAAAACCCCUCUCCCCUCCCCCCCCCAAAAAAACAAAUUGCAUGACUUAUUGUUAGUUUUUGUUCGCGGUUAGAAUGAGCCACUAAUUGCAAACUGACAUCUUACUUUUAAACUUGCCAAAGCCAACCACCGUUCCCUGCAAACGUUUGUUCGGCCACUUAAUGAAAACUGCCUUCAGUUAAUAAAACACAUGUUAUACUCAUUAGAUCUUAUGCCAAUUGAAAUAUAAUUGUCUAAAUGUUUAGGGUUUUGUGUUGUAUUAAAAAUAACCACACACCCAGGACAUUCUUUUUUUCCCUGUUUGGUAGUAAUUCAGAUUGCUUUGCCAAAACCUAUUAUUAUUCCAUUUAAUUUCCGUUUGUAGUCCAGUUAUGCUAAUUUCAUGUGUCAUUUACAUGUUAUGCUUAUACAUAUAUCGGGUGUGGAGCAGACCCCACAUAAAAAUGUAGGUUUUUAAUUAGGAAUGCAGAUGCAAGGGUGACCAUUAUAUUAAAUUGAACGCCAGUUAAUCGUGUUAUUGCCCUAAAGAGGUCGCACAUUGGUGACACUCAAAGCGCAUAAUUAUGAUAAAAUCGUUUAAACAACAAUGUUACUCUUGAAUUUUUCAUAGACAUUAAAAUAAUGAUCCAGGAAUAUUAUGGCAGAGACUAUUUUAUAUGUAGAUCCUGAUUAUUGGCAAAAUGUGUCAUUGAGUGGAGCUUCUGCCAACGUAUCAUGCUAUUUCCCAUCAACAUAGAGGUGAAGGCUUUGUUUUUUAUUUUAUUAUUAUAAACAAGAUGCGUAGUGGAAGUCUAAUGCGUCUCAGUGCCCCCAUUUUGUUUCUUCACAAAUGUGGCAGAGUAAAUGAAUUAUUCGGCUCUUGACAGAUGAAGGUGUAAAGAGCUGAUGGUCAUGUUUAAUAGAGAGGUUUAGUCAAGUAUGUUCUUUAUAAAGCACAGACAUACUCUGAUGAGCGGUACAAUAGGUGUAUUUACAAACAAUUAGUUGCAACAACACAAAAUGGUCAUGCAAUAGCAAACGUUUGUGAAGGCCCUGCUCAAAUAAGCCUACAGUCUACGCCUCCACAGCCUGGUUGUCACUAUGAAUGUAGACAUGUCAUUUUGGGGGAUCCUUGCAAAAAUGCAAAGACACCAUAAGUGAGAGUGCUGCUUUAACACCUUCUCGAUGGGCAGAGGACCUUGUAUAUAACCAUCAUUAAUGCCGUAAAUUAGUGAUGAAAUGGCCAAGUAAAAAUUGUCUUUUACAAACAUCAUGCAAUGAGGGGGUUACAAAUACAUGUCUGUUAGUCCACCCAUUUUACAGCGCAACAAUUUGAUGGCUACCAGUUCAACAUAGAUUAUCUUUUUAAUUCUGGAUGUCAAUAAUUAUAAUAUAUAUAUAUAUAAUAAUUAUUGACAUCCAGAAUUAAAAAGAUAAUCUAUGUUGAACUGGUAGAAAUUAUUAUUCCAGAAAUAUAUGAACACUAAUAGCAGUAUGUAAAUAAAUUGGUUGGUGACUACCUAAUUUAUAUUAAUUUUUACAUGUUAGAGGAGCGUAAACCUAAAGCGCCGGGGGAGGGUUACCUCCUACUUUAGGGCUUUAAAAAUGCAUUUGAUGAUACUAUGAUGACCUUUGUAUUUUAGAAGAGGUGCAGAUGACAACACAGUAAUCUGCAACUGUGAGUUAAAGUUUUAGAUCUAAGCAGGAACUAACUGAAGGGCAACUUGCGUUUCUAUUGUUUGAUUCUACAGUUUAAAUUCAACAUGUACUUCCACGUAAACCCCCCCCCCCCAAAACCAUUAUUGGUUUGGGUAUUUUCGAAUGGCAGCCAAACAGCCACUGUUUGCAAAAUAAUGACACCGCCUACAAGAUUACUAUUAAAUACUUACCGCACAGUUAUGGAGCUAAAUGGGCCUACGUCUUCCCUUCUGACAACACUUUGAUUGGCUAUUGGUCCAUACUGGUGUUUCUGGGAGUCCAUAAGGACAUGCUGCUCCAAGUACAUAUAGUCAGUCCUAUAUUUGUUUCCAGUGGCAAGGUAGGAGUAGCUUGAGGUUGUUUGAGAAUAGAUCUAAAAAUUGGUUCGCCAACAAACCUACCCUUGAGUCUUGCUAGCUUUCAUCCAUUCGAGUAACUCACUGUGUAUCAUCCCUACUGGUGCAAGCCUUAGAAUUUUUGGAAAUUGCCUUGGGGGUGGAGGAAUGAAUAAUGGUCAUGAUGGCAAUAAAAGGGGCAAUUGAUUGUUCAGUGGAUGCUUUUAUAAGGGCCUGUCUGUCAUAAUUAUUCUCUCUUUUUACUACAUUUGGCUAAUUUGCUCGGUUUUGUCCAUUUUUAGACACAGGCAAAUUGCAAGGAACAGUGUGUUUGUAGAUACAUGUGGGUUAAGUUUGUGGAAUUUUUUUGGCCUCACAAAAGCUGAGUCUGUAAUUUCCAUUUGUGAGGGAAUAUUCUGAAUUCCUGAGAGAAUUGUGUCCAGAUGCUGAACUGCUUUAUUUAGAAGACUAAUAUCGUUUAGUUUUGUUAACUGUCAUGCCCAGUAGUGUUGAUUAGCUUGAAAUCUGUACAUUAAUUUCCUUUUUUGGCUAUUGAAUACCUUACUGAAAAUUACCUAUAGCUCGUGGUCCAUUUAUUUGUAUUUGUUUUUUUAAAGUUUAUCACGUGCUGUCCCAUUUUCUUUUAAAUGUACAACAUUUGUGCAAUAAUAUUCACAAUCCAGUUAAGUCCAGACACAACCAGUGCACCCAUUAAUGAAAGAGAAACAUUUUAACAUUGUUUUGGUUCCCCACCUCCACAUGCUUUUGUUCAGUUAUCCAAACGAAUAGGCUUUAUAAUAAUGAUUGACAUGGAGCCUAGAUGGGGGCACUCAGUUCUAGGAUGGUGUUGUGGAUAUCUACAUUACAUUUUUGACCAAAAAACAAACAAGAGUCCUGUGCACACCCAGGUGCUACCACAAUUUAAUCAGGACAAAGUUAAAGCAGCAAACGUUUCGAGCAGCAGCCCUUUCUCAAUGCUAAGGUCCUCAUUACAUUUUUGACCUCGCAAACACAUGUUAAAGGACAGUCUAAGCACCAAAAUCACUUUAUCAUAUGCUGCUCCUGCAGUUUCUGACAAAACACACUAGUUACAUUUUGCUAUUUACACUCCUACUAUAUGCUGUGAUACAGACAGUCUCUAGGGGCUUGGGAAUUAAUAGAUUCCGUUAUUGAAUCCAUUUGACAUCUUUCAGCUUGCAGUGCUUGAAAAGUGUCUGAUUGGACUGAGAACCUAAUUUUUGGAGAAUUCCUGCUACAUGAUUGACAGCUCUGACCGCUUUUGCUUUUUAAAUUUUUUUCUUUUUAUAAUUAUUUGUUUUUUCUAUAACAACUAACUGCAGUUAUAAGACACUCGUGGGUGCAGGGUACUCUCUGCACCGUUAGCUUUGCAAUCAUGCAUUGGAUACAGAUAUUAUGCCCUCAAAGAUUCAAAGCAUGGACCUAGAAGAAGUGCAGUCUCAGAGUCUCAAACACGUACAGCCUGCUGUCUUUUCUAAUUUAUUCUUGUCUUUCCCAGUUGGCACUAUGUUCUGUGUUUCUGUUUCAUGAAUGAUUUGUGUCAUGUGAUCUGCCUUUUGAGUAAAGGUUGUGUCUGGCUAUCUUCUGUCCCUCCCUGACCUCCGUUUUUUGCUUUCCCAGCUUAAGAUUUUGGGAUAUUUAUAGAUGGGUAAAAAGGAUAUAGGAACCCCAGCAUAAUAUGCCUCAAUCAUUGCCGAUGCGCCUCUAGUGGCUGUCCGGAAGUUUAAGAAACUGCUAUGUUUACAAAUCAGCAGGGUUAACCCUAGAGGGACCUGACACCCAGACCACUUCAUUGAGCUGAAGUGGUCUGGGUGACUAUAGUGUCCCUUUAAAUUUUCAUAGAAACGUAGGUUUGUUUUGAAAAGUGCAGUAUAAAAAAAAAAAAACAGCAUCCACCUCUGUACUAAAUCCCAGCCCUUGUUUAAAAAAAAAUAAAUAAAAAAAUUAGCCAACAAGCAGACUCCGCUCACAUUGUCGCUGCCAGUAUGCGACUCCAGCCAUUCGCAUCCUGUGCCAAACGGAUCCUCCCGCUACUCCUUGAAAUCCUGUGUAGGUGGAGCACGUUAACGUCACGUUGGAAUGUGACGUGGCGUUUUGUGCCUCCGUGCACCUCCAGUUCCUCCACUGUCCAGCCGCGGCCAUCAACACUGACUCGCACACACACUCUUGCACACACUCACAACCUUUGGAAGUUGGUGUGGGGCCUCUCCCUGAUCUUCUCUCAUGAGCUCAGUCUUCCUGCUCCUCAGGCGCGCAGUUUAGUGAUGCCAGAAUUACUUCAUAUUCCGGCACCUGGCAUCACUACAAAGGGCGCGCGCAGGAGCAGUGAGGAGCAGGAAGACAGAGCUCCCCCGCUGCCACUAGGGACCUCUCCUCCCGGCCGGGUACUUUUAGCAGAGUAGGAAUCUGCAAUGUGGGGCGAGCAGAUGCCUACUCUGCUUUAGUAAGCAAGGCAAACUCACAGCUCGCUGAGCCGCAAAAAAUAUUAAUUGUGGGCUGCGAGUUUAACAUACUUGAACUACAACAUAUUCCGCAGUGCUUUACAAUUCUAUAUGGGGAUCUUUAACCCCUUAAGGACACAAUUUCUGGAAUAAAAGGGAAUCAUGACGGAAUUUUUCAGUCAUGUGUCCUUAAGGGGUUAAAUACGAGUAAGUUACAUACGGAAUAUAACAGAUCAUUGACAGUGUUUCUCACAAAAGUGAGAUUUCAAAGUUAAUUCAGGGAGAAUUUCAAAUUUUAAGGAUAAAAUGGAAAACUAUGCUUUCAGUUUGCCCUCCCCUUUGGGAAAGCAUUGCAUUGGCUAGGAUUGAUGCUCUCAGUCGUGGUAGAUCUUGUGACAAUUGAGUGUCCAUGUAAGACCAAGAGAGUGGAUUUAUAAGAGUGGUUUAUAAAGUCCAAACCAGAUUUGGGCUUUAUAAAGGCAGUAAAUGCAAUGAUAAUAGCAAUCCGUUUUGGUGCUCUUAAAUUGUGCAUCAGUCUGCUUCAAUUUCUAAGCUCCGACCCCUGUGUGUUUUAGGUUAUAAUUAACAAUGGUUGUAUCUACAAACUUUAAAACCGGAUUAUCUGCAGUGUGUGCACUUUGCUUCUUUUAACCACUUAAGAAUCUCAUUCAGGCUAUGACAGUCUUUUUGUUUUUUUAAGACACUUAUUACACAAAAUGGAUCAAGCCACCCAGAGCUAUACAGAGAUUUUGACUCUUAAUAAGUCAGACAUUUCUAUGCUGGCAUUAAUUCUUGUGCACAUACAAUAUAUUAAAGGGUUAGCUCCUGCAUUUUGUCUUCUGUUUAUAGAUUAGGAUGCUUUAUUUUAUAACACUCUCUGUUUAUUCUGUCUGGCCUUCCUGGCCAAGGAGGUUGGGGGAUUAUCAGGUCUGUUAAAGUAGCAAGCAGCAGACGCUUACCAAGUCUUUAUUUGGAGUUUGUGCUGUUAGAGGCACAAAUCAUUUUUCUUUUAUUUAAGAUUCUCCAUCCCUUAUGUAAUUCUAUUUUAAAUGGUCAGAUUGCUAGCCAGCAACAGUAGCUGUCUGUGAAUGUGCUUUUUUUGGGAGAUUCCUAACAACCCUCUCUGUCCCCUGCAGCCAAAGACCACGGGACAGACAUUGCUGAGCCAAGUGUUCACUCAUCUAAAUGUGGUGGAGACAGACUACUUUGGUAUUGAGUUCCAGACCGCACAGUCACAAUGGGUACGUAAACUUUAAAGACUUUCUUGUUCUUGCAUUCAGAUCUUUGAAGUUGCAGCCUGCAGGGUACCAACUUCAUUAGCUUUUUUUACUGGCCAUUGCUCAAGAGAUUCAGGUCCCCCAGCUGGUCCCCCAGCCUGCAGGAUGACUUACUUUAAGGAUAGUUAUUGUACAGAUUUAUUGAAUCUGUCCAUUGCAGGGGGCUGUAAUAUGUAAAUACCUCCUAAAGUGUGAUCUUUGAUUAGGGUCUGGCGCCAUUGAAAAGGUAUGAAUACUUCUCUGAAGCUAUCACACUCUACCACCACCACCACUACCAUCUUUUUUCAGGGUACCCUUUUCAUCUCUUGGUGCUUCGCAAGGUCUAUGAAAGAUCCCACAAGACAGAGGAAUCCAUAGAGUAUGUCUUGCGAUGAGGGAGACAAUACCCAAAUCCUACUGCCGUUGCUUGCAAUGGCUGCUUAUAUUCGACAAAAGUUGACAAUGGAGCAGUGGAGGUUCGCUGUUGGUUAACUUUUUUGUUUACCUCAGGCUUUUCCUUAAGUUAAACAAGUUUUUUUUUUUUUUUACCAAUGUGAAAAUGUGUUGGGAAAUCAAAGGGAAUUUCAAAUUAUAGACCAAUAUUGCUCAACCGGAAUUUGACUUUGUUUUUUAUUUUUAUUUUUUUAUUUUUUUGCCUUUAAAUUUUAAAUUCACUUUGAAUUCCUGCUAACUCUCCCUUUAGUAAAUAACCCUCUUGUGGUAUCUCUCCAACUUAAUCCACAUUGGUAUUUCCUAAAGAUAAUAUCUUAAUGAAAUGCUCAAACGUGACAGAGCUGCCUUAGAUGUGGUUUUUCUAAGCAUGGAGAAAAUUAGCAGAUUUAACACAAAUCUUGUAUUGCCACAUUGAGGUUAAAUCUUCAGCUAUAAAUAAAACUUCUAAUUAUCUGAGAGCUGCUGGAUAGCAUUCAGUAAAAUCCUUUAAAAAUUCCAUUUCAUCUUUUUCAUCCCAGUAGUUAAAACUGUAUUAUUUUUAUAACUGUUGUCAGUAACCUGAUCCCUAUAAUAUACUGUCUUAUACAAGGCUUUCAAAAUUAAAGCGUGGAAGAUUGCUCAUGCUUAUUAAUAGAUCCUCCCAUGAUUUUCUGUUUUUCUGUUAUUACGAUGUAGCUCAUAAAAUGUAAUCUUCCUAUAUAAUAUGUUUCAGGUGUGGUUGGAGCCUCUGAAAUUCGUUUCCAAGCUGUUGCGCAGUAAGUUUGAAUGCCAAGGAGCCAUGAAACUGCAGGAGCAUUGAGAGUGUUCUUAUAGCAGCCCCUGCUCUCUAGUUGCUUUACUACUAUAAUACUUGAUGCGCUCCACCAGCUGAUGAGCUGUGAGAGGCACGAGGUGGAAUCUGUAAUGUUACUUACAAAGUGUAUGACAUUUCUUCAUUCUAACUACAUUGCUCAAAUGCCUGUUGCGUCUACUGAAGACAUCAUUUAUUGAUUUGGAAUAAAGUAUGCUAAUCAUUCUAGAAUUGGGGGGGAAAAACUAAAUAUUUCUUAACCUCUACUUUCAUUACCUAGUUCAGCUGUGUCAAAGCACUUACAUUUUAUGUAUGUGAUUUAAGAUUGUGCUGUCCAUAUCUCUUCAAGCAUUCUGGCCUCUGUGCUUGCUUUUUUUUCUUCUUCAUAUUUAUUGCUUUUGGACAGUGAGAGGCAGACGUAUUUUGCUAAACACUAUAUCAGAACAGUGGUGCUUGUGUGCAGGUAUUUAAAUAAUGGCUCUUGUUUUUUUACGCUAUAGAGUCAGCAUUUCACUGGUGAACAGAGCUUACUUCUCGUUAAAGGGACUGUGAAGCACUUCUUGUUACUGUUUUUGCUAUGAACAGAUUAUUAAAACGUACUUUGCGUCAUUGGCAUUUUUUAAUUCCGGGCAGCAUUUUCUCGUGUGAGCGGUUUAAACACAUUAUUGCUUCCUUUAAAGUCCUGGUUGUAGAGAAUAAAACUAAUUUGUACCCAGUACUUGCUAACACAUUUAAAAAAGAUUUAGCAAAACAGUCUGAAACCUUUGCAUCUGCGUCCACAAACCUUUCCUAUUCCCUAUCCUUUUAAGGCUUGUAAGUAUCAUCCACUGAAAGUAACACGCUGUAUGCUUGUUUUUUAUGCGCAGAACCAAAGAAUGCCAAGAUGCGUCUGGCGGUGAAAUUCUUUCCUCCUGACCCUGGUCAACUGCAAGAAGAAUACACAAGGUUAGAUCUAAUGUUCUGCAUGGUGGUGUGUACGAUGCCAUACAUUACCUGAACGAUCCUUAUACCAUUAUUAUUUUUUAAUUUUUUUUUGUAGGUAUCUGUUUGCUUUGCAAAUCAAAAGAGACUUGGGAGAUGAACAGCUGGUCUGCAGUGACAAUACGACUGCGCUGCUAAUUUCUUUUCUAAUGCAAUGUAAGUUGUUUGUUUUCCCUUGUUCUUAACUGUAGUCUAUUUCCAAAUAUGGCAUCUACAAAGCCGAGAGAUGUUUUCAAAGGAAGCUCUGCUUCCAAACUAUUUUUUUUUAUUUUUUUUUUUUUACUUUGUUUAUGUGAGAAGAAAAUAGUAUAAACAAAACGUCAUGCUAAUUUUACCAAUAUGAAUCACACAUUAAAGGGAUAGUUUGGUCACCAGAACCACUCCAGCUUAAUGUAGUUGUUCUGGUAUGUACAGCCUGUCCCUGCAUGCUUUUUAGUGUAAAUCCUGUCUUUUCAGAGAAAAAGCAGUUUUUGAGUGACUGCCACUAGAGGUGUUCCUAGGCAGCAAUGCAGACGGCCAUCAGAGAUGCUUCCUGAUUGGUGUAGCGCAGCGUUUUGCCACGCAUGCGCAUUAGCCUCCCAAUCCUUUUCUGUGGGGAAAGCACUGGAUUGGCUGAGAUCAUCAAAUUGAAUGAUCUCUGCCAAGGAGACAGGGUCUUGUCGUGCCACUGGAAAAAAGGGGAGUAAAACACAUUUUUACAACUGGGGUUGGCCAUCUGUACAGCAAUUUCUCAACUAAAGUGUCAGCAACAUGUGCUUGUAUUCCUGAGACAAAGUUUUAAUUUAAAUAAAUCUGUUCUAUUGUAUUGUUUCUGGGGUCGUUUAAGAUGAACACAAAUCUAGGACGUGUUCUGCUUUGUCGUUUUGCUGCAUCAAAUGGAAAAAAAGUCUUGUUUUUGAGUAUUGUAAUUAGUGCAGAAAUACUUUAAAUAUGAUGUAUAAAUAUAGCUGUAAACUUUAGUGUUUUCUCCACUACAUUUAACUGCAGACAAGGAACGAACAUUGAAUGUUAGCAGUUUUCAGCUGGUACACAAAGAAGCCAAUUGAAAUACAGAUUCCAUUUUUAAUUGUAUCACUUUAUUCAUUUUUUUUUAUUUAUUCUUCUUCAUUAUAACUGCAGUUCUCAGAACAUGUUUGCUAUAAAAUACAUUUUAUGGGACUGGUCUUUUUCUACCUUGCUGCUGCAAGAAACCCUUUAUUUAAAUACAUAGUCAAUUUUAUUAAAGCAGUAUACACUGUUGCUCACACGUUAUACUUGGUUAAAUAAUAUUGUCUUUGUAUCUUAUUGACCUGUUUAGUUCCAUUAUUUCAUUCCAUAGUAUCUAUUGAUACAUGUUGCAGUUGAUUGUUAAUAUUCAUCCUUGACUAUGUCUAUGCAGGCACGUCCAUAAGUUUUGAUACACCUUGUUUAUAUUCAAUAAAAGUUAAUAGAUGCAUAUAGGGACUUAACAUAACACAAUGCAAAUUAUUAGAGAAUCGGUUACAAGGGUAACAGGUGUGCGUGUUUGUAGUUAAAAGGUCAUGGUACAGUUGUUGUAUGUAAAACAUAUUAUCACUAAAUUGACCUCAAUACUUUGCUCGGGUUCUAAUAAGCUAAGGACAUAGAGGAAAAGGGAAAGAUGUAAGGGGGUAAGUAAUGAAGGAAAUAAAGGGGAGGAUAGGGUGACAAUGGAGAGGGGAGGAAUGUGAUCCACCAUGUUUAGCAGUCACUUUCACCAGGAAGAGACUUUGAGCUCCACAUACAUUUCUGACCUCCUAUUGAUAGGAGAAGAAUCACAUUAGAUGUACAUUUACAGUUGAGUGGAAGUCUGCUGUGGGUGUACUGCGCUCGUGUUAACGAUUGAAGUGCUUGUGGCCAUGCUUUCUGGUUAGCUAUGAAUUACUUUUAGGGUUUGUAAAAAGGAAAUAAAAUAAAAUUAGAGAAUGGUCAUCCGUUAUAUAUUUUUUUAUUUUUUAUUGUGGUUUUAUCUCCUUUCAAUAAUUGCAUGGCAAGGCCUAAUUAGAUGAAAGGCUGGAUAAGAUACUUUUUUUCCCUGUGCCUAUCAAUCCAUUCUACUUACCCUUGCAUUCUUGCUGCAUCUUCUAGCGGAAGUUGGAGAUUACGAUCCAAAAGUAGAUCAGGAGCAUCUGAAAAGUACUUGUUAUGUGCAGCGCCAGCAGAGCUUGGAAGAGCGGAUCCUGCAAUGUCAUCAGCAGCACCUGUGAGUACUUUACCGUCCCUUCUUCUUCCAAAUAAAACCUUUUCAUUACUCUAAUCUCGCCAGCAUUUCUUUACCAAUUGGUGAUUCCAAGGUGGUUGCUCCCGAACGUAUGUGUAAAAUGUCAGUAAAAUGGUUUCUGUAUCCUUGCCUUCAUGCAUAUCAUUUUGUAAUUUUCAGAUAUUUUGGUUUAAUGAAAAAUAUAUGCAUAUACCUUUUGUAAAUACAUGCUUUAUGCUGACACGCUAGUUUUGAUCUUUUUUUUUUUAAGUGGGAUGUCUCCCGCUGAUGCGGAUUUUCAGAUCCUAGAGAUUUCACGAAGACUGGAUCUGUAUGGAACACGUUUUCAUCUGGCUUCUGACCGAGAAGGUGCCAAAAUUAACCUCUCCGUGUCGCAUAUGGGAGUGCUAGUAUUUCAGGUAAAGACUUAAUAAAUGUUAAAUAGAAAUUACGGUGUGCAUGUGUGAGAAAUCUGUCCAUUGGCCAACUUUGGUUCUGUCUACAUACAUAACCAUGUCAAGUCACCUGAGCAAUAUAUUACUUGAAGUGUUGCUAUUUUGAUACUUCUUUAAGUAAGAUUAUAUUCCUUUUUAUUAAGAGAAAUAUAAAUUAAUCAAAAAAGUUACUUGCACACUAGCUCAAAUCCCUAUGCAUAUUUACAUAAAUGGAGGUUAUUUAGUAACUCCAAUGGCCAUUAGAUGUAAGCUCACCUGUCAUGUCAAGUUAAAACAUUUUUCUGGUAAGGGUCACUACCAAUUCUAUUUUAUAUCAGACCAUUGAUAAUUAAAUGUAACAAUAACUACAUAAAGAACACCACAAGCUAUUAAAGGGACACUGUAGAAUUAGGAAUACAUAUCUGUAUUCUUAACACUACAGUCUUGGUACCCAUUGACAUUUUUUCCCCCGUCUGCAAAAAUAGAAACUAAAUAAUAAAUUAAUUACUCACUCUUUUGUCGAGACUCAACACUUCUGUGACCCCGUCCUCUGGUUGCAUUGGGGAGCAUAGCCGUGAUGAACAUGCAAUUCCUACAUACCAAAUCAUUGUACUCAAUGAUUCUCUAUGGCAGACUGUGGUGACACUGCAGGUGUGCCAGUGAUGUUGUGGUAUGUUACGGUUUUUGGCUGGUAGAAUGAGGGGGGCAGGUGUGCAGGCAAUAUAAGAACUUCAAUAAGAUUUUGUUAAAAUGCAUACAUUGUCAAUUUAAAUUUGUCCGUAAGAUGUUGUUAAAAUGCCUACCAUUGUCUUUUUUAAAUUUAGCAUUUUUUAUAUAACGUGCGUUAGAGGACUGGAGUGUCCCUUUAAUAAUUUCUGUUUCUCUGUUUACAUCUGCAGUCCAAAGAGGUGUGUGUAAUAUAUAGUUCAUCCUCUGUCUUCUUUUUCUGAUUGCUGUUCUCUAUUUUGUUUUCCUUUACAGGGCAACACAAAAAUUAACACUUUUAACUGGUCAAAGAUUCGGAAGUUAAGUUUCAAGAGGAGGCGUUUCCUUAUAAAGUUGCACCCAGAGGUUCGUGUGAGUAUCUGCAACACCUUUACCUAGUCAGCAUAGAGCUAUACAGAGUAAUUUAUUAAAGUGGGAUUUUAAAAUGGAUAUCAAAUUUUUGACUGAAAUAGCUCAACUGAAAACCUAGCUGAAUAGAUUUUGUUAAUAUGCGCACACAUACAGAAACCAGCAAGAAGGGAGGUAUUUAGGGUUACAGAGGAGUCAUGGAUAAUAUGCAGAUUGCUGCAAAACAUUAACUUGUAAGUUGUGCCUUUAAAUGGAUACUAUAGUGCCAGAAAUACAAGGACAAGCAAAGAGUCAGAUACCGGACCAAAGGUCCAUUUCUAUCCAGGAAGCCCUCUAGUGUCUGUCUGGUAGAUGGUCACUGGAGGCAGACUUAGUGCUGUGAUGUAAACAUUGCAUUGUCUCUGGAACUGCAAUGUGUAACAUUGCAGCACUAAGGAAAAUCAGGAAACUGUACACAGACCACUUCAAUGAGCUGAAGAGGUCUGGGUGCCUCUAGUGUCCCUUUAACAGAGAAGUCGUGUACUAAUGUUCAGCUUAGAUUUGUGAAAGCAAAUGGAUAUAUUGCCACUGCUGCCUGUCUUGUAUUUCAUCAUGGUGAAGCUGAGGGAGUUUUAGCACAACUAGUGUCCUUCACUAGGAUUCUCUUUAUCUUGUUUGAGUGUUUUAUGUGUGGUACUUUAUAGUUUACAAAUAUCAUGAAAGGCAGAGUGCGGGCUAGUGCUAAGACUUCAGGUACAUGUCUGUCAUAGUGGUUUAACAAGUAAAAAAUAUGGACCAGUGGUUGGAUAAAUGUUAGAACAUCCAACAGCUGUGCUUUAAAAACAAAAAACAAAAAAACUAGCGUUAUGAAUGCAAACACCUUUUUUCCAAUGCAGAGACUCACUACCUCCUGCUCAGCCUACCGUGACGUCAUCCUGGAAGUGUCGCUUUCUGACUUCUAGUCCGCUCCAGUGGUUCUUAUAAAAAAGCAUCGGAGAUGAGAUGCAUGUGUGCGGCCAGUCAAGCGCCUCACAUAGGGAACCAUUGAUGCAACCGUCACAGAACCUAGUCAGACUCAGGUUCUCAAUGAGGAUGCACCUCUAGUGGCUGUCAGGAAGGCAGCUGCUAGAGGUGUGUUUACCCCUGCAAUUAAAACAUUGCUGUAUCUACUAAACAGCACCGUUUUAGAUGGCAGAUCUAAAACACUAGGGGCACUGCACCCAGACAGUUUAAUUGAGAUGAAGUGGUCUGGGUGACUUUAGUGGUUCUUUAAUUUAGGGAAUCACACCAAAUGUGCUCAUUUAGUUCACCCACCACACACAAACUUGAUCCUGCCGGUCCAAUGAAUGGCUUCAAAAUGAUUAUACAUUGCUGCUUGGACUGAAUACCUCCCCAGUAGCUUGGUCAAUGUGAGACAUUCAUAUUGAUCCUGUAUUGUGCCAGCGCAGCAAAAGAUAAUGCAGGAGAGAGGGGAAAAAAGUCUUAUUGCAAGCAAAUCCAAAAAUGUAUGGGUUUGGGUUUUUUUGUUUUUUUUAUAUAUUUUUGGACUUCUUUGCAGAUCAUUAUGCAGAUAAAUACCCUUUAUGUGUAAACCAUACCAUGCCAUUAACCUGAGAUGUAGAACCUUGCAGAGGAAUUUACACCAGAGGUUCUGCCUUUUGUAGCAGGAAACACGGUCUGCAUACUGACAUCAUGGCCAGAUCAGACCGUUCUGAUGUGACAGAUCACAUAGAAGCCACUAUGAUUCCAACCAAGUCUUUGCAGAUGUUAACUCUAAUAACCUCGCAGUGACUCUUUUUUUAAGCUGCCAUAAUUAGGCAAAUGUUGGCAUUGGUAAAAUGUUUUCUAGCAGGUUUGAAAACUGACUGUAGACAUUUUAUGUUUAAAUGUUUUCAUUAUUUUGUGCGUAUCUGCAUUCUAUAAUAGUCUGCCCUGCAAAGGCAUACAGGAAGCUAGUAUUUAAGUAAGCACCAAUAGGUAUAUAGACUUCAUGGGAAAGUAAGAUUUAUUUUAAAUGCAUGUUUAAAAUAUAACCAAUAUGUCCUAGUAGUUUGGCUCUUCUUAUUGUACACUUUAGAAGAAAAAAAACACACUUGCUAACCGAGUGCUUCAAUGAAAUACAUUUGUAUAUAAAUCACAUUUUUCCAGAAUAUGUCCACAUUUAUAACUUUACCAACAAAUAUAACCUUUCUAUUUCUUUCUAAACAGAGGUUUAUAACUACAUUAUAUAGUCCUUAAAAAUACUUAUACCUUCCCAGUUAUGUUCUAUGGAUGUAUAAAUAUUGUUUUUUGUUUUUUUGGGGUUUUUUUUGUCGUCAUGAUUUUAUAGUGCAGCCUUUCUUUAAAAAAAUAAAGUAAUUCAGGAUAUAAAUACCAAUUAUGUUUCUGUGUAUAAAGCAGUCUCCCUGAGUUGUCAAUCGCCCAGAUGGCAUACUCUCAUCCUGGCUGACAAUAUCCAUUUUGUGCAAAAUUUUAUCUGGUGGCAGUACCAGAUGCAUUGUACAGGACUGCCCAUUGAUGGGGGAGACACACACACACACUCACUCUCUCUCGGGCAAUUUUACUCUCUAGAUCCCAGAUGUAUAUGGAGUGUAAAUCAGUUCUGGUUUUUGAGCUCUAUCCUUGGGAGCAAAGUUCAGAGGAGGGUUCAAAAGUUUCACUAGACAUUGUAACCAUGGUGAGUAGACCUACACACCCAGUGAGUGCGCCUUGAUCUAUUUUAGGCAUGCAGGGGCAAUGUAUUUUUAAGGCCUGGCUCGUAGCAUAGAGCUUUAAAUUUUACGGCCUGGGUGAGAGAUUUAAAAAAAAAAAAAACAUAAACUGUUCUGCUCAGAAUUUGUGCACAUCAAAUUUAGUGCAAUACGGUGCCUGGUAAUACUGGAUUACAUCUCCCAUAAUGCUCAGUGAGACUCUGGUUGAGGCUGGUUAAAAUACACUUUAAUUAGAUAGAGAGACCACUAUUUGCUUAACCGCUAAUGUGGAAUAAAACUCUGGUCAACCUCAUUUGCAUUCUUUGUUUUUUUUUUGUUAUUUUUAACAUUAUUUAAUGCACGUAUUCCGUGUAAAUGACUUAUGGGUAGGUGAAUAGCUUGCAUCAAUCACUUUUUACAUUCCCUAUACUCUUUUUCUGUCUGUCUGUCUGGCAUGUGUUUGGGCACGUUGCAGUGAAGGUUUUACAUCCAUAUAUGUGCGCAGUGUUAUUUCACUGCAUCCUAGAUGUAUCACAAUGGCAACACUGCAUCUGGAUUAGUGUGAGCUAAUGUCCAGAGAAAUUACUAUAUAUUUUUGUUGAUUUGUUUAACAUAUUUCACAGUAACUGUGUCCAUCUCUGUGUUAUGUCAACUUUUUUGUGUAUCUGCAUUUAUUUUGUAAAAUAUAGGAUUCUAGCAUGUAUUUGUAUUAAAUGGUUACUCCAAUCACCAUUACCACUUCAUUGAUUUGAGGUGGUCAAGAUGGUAGAAGUCUGUAUGUGCAGCAUUUCUGUUUACAACGCUGCACAUACAGAGUAGUCCUGUUUUUUUUGUGACGGGGGUUGUACCCUUGGCACACGUGACUUGCGUGCCACCCUCCUCACUCCAUUCUGAAAUUUUAUUUUUAUUUUUAAAUUGCCAUCACCGACUCUGAACGCUUGUAUCUGCUCCGAGCUGGUAAAAGAGUACAAGCAAAUCCUUCUCUGUGAUAAACAUUUUGACUUGCCCUUCUGAGGGCCAGUAUGGCCUUGUACGGAGGCGUGCAUAGCAGCGCCAGGAGCUUUGCCCAGCAUUGGAUUUCAGGGAAAAAAUGUAAGUCUUUUUUUGCAGGUGUUAUAGUUUUAAAAAUAUCCAUCACCUUUUAGGGCCCAUAUCAGGAUGCACUGGAAUUCCUACUACCUAGCCGGGAUACGUGUAAGAGAUUCUGGAAAAUCUGUGUAGAGUAUCACAGCUUUUUUCGUCUUCAGGAUCAGCCCAAGCCAAAAUCUAGACCGGUUCUAUUGAGCAGAGGCUCCUCUUUCCGAUACAGGUAGGCAAAAUAUUAUUAUUUUGAUUUGACACAUUUGAUUUUCAAGAAGGUAUUUCAAAUUGUAUUAAUUAUUUUAAUAAAAUAGUCCUAGUCUAUGGAAUCCCAUUUCAGAAUGUGUUACGGGCUCUUACUUGGAAGUAGAAAAUAUCCUUUGUGUAUAUUGGCAAGACAUGAUUAUGUGUAACUACUAAUCUUUUAUACGUCUGCACUGCUUCUGAAACUUUUUUUAUUUAAUUUUAUUUUUCUUUGGAUAACUGUGUAUGCAAUGAGUUGUUCUGCAGCAUGAUAUCUGUUGUUGGGGAAAACCUAAAUGAUUUUUGUUUUAGAAAAACUGUUAAAGGGGGAGGAAACAAAAGUAUCGUAGAGUUGUCAGGAUUUGGAGAGUGGCAUUAAGGUUUCAGGAGAAGCAGCUCUAUACAUGGAAGAGCUAGAAAGUUAGAACAUCAACAAUACCACAAGCAAGUGUAGCGAGGGAUAACCUGAUUGCGUAGUCCUGGACAGUUCCAAGGGUUAGGUCAAGCACCAAUGAUUCAAUCAUUGCCUUGUCCAACAAGCCAGAAGUUAAGUAACAAAUAAAUGCAGUAGAAUGGGAAAUGAAUGUUAGAAAAUGCCAGUGUUUUUUAUAUUGAGGGACUGAGUCUUUUAUAGGGGGUCAUUGGCCUACCCAUACCCUGGGACGGACAAGGUCCACUCAUUUCAUAAGUAUAUGUCAGCCCCCUCCUCACCAAGUUGACAACUCCUCCAGGCAUCCUCCCCAUUAUCACUUCACAUCUUCAUGGAAGGACUGUAACAACAUCCAUGACCGGAGACCAUGGAAAUGAGCAGUCAUAUCCCUGAAAAUACCCACAUCCAGGUCCAAUUCCCUACACUUCUGUGUGAGCCCACAAAGGAGAAAGAGGGAGGUGACUGGUGACUUCUACCUUGUGAACCUUGGUAGAGAUGCACUUUGACAAGAGUAAUGUUAAAGGCUGACGUUCCUUCUAAAACCCAAUUAACUUCCAUAAUGUAGAUUUCUAGCGUAGGCAAAGAGCUGCUGCCUUCAUUUUGCACGGCUAGUCAUGCAUGUGACUUUCUGCAACAGCUGUUGUGUCCUGCAAACUACGCUGGAUCUGGUACCUUUUAUUUCCAAUAUUACUGUAUGUGUACAUUUUAUUUGGGUUUUAUUUGAUCAAAUUGAUCAUUUAAAGGAAACAAAGCAAAGGCACUCAAUACUGCAAUUUAUGUGAGCUCACUGAGACUUUUCUCCCAAUAUAAAGGAUCCAUAUUGCUCCAAUUGUCUUCUCCAUCUGUGUGACCUGUGAAAGGAUUCUAGUAGUUUGUAUUUGUAAGUUAUUUGUACUCCAGAGAGGAUUUAUUACAUUUUAACUGUUUGAUUUUUUUUAAAAAACAAGUAAAUACUUCUAAACAAUUUUUAAAGGUAUAAUUUCUAAUGAAGUGUUUGUUGUAUCGUAGAUUACAAUUCUAAAAUUUUAUAGCUUGUACUGUGUUGUUUUGCAAAUACAUUUAGUCUCAAUAUAUAGCAGGUUGUAUAUACAUGAGCCUUUUGUCUUCUUUCAGUGGACGCACGCAGAAGCAGCUAAUAGACUAUGUGCGAGACACCAGCAUAAAAAGACCCCCGUCUGAGAGGUUGGUGGAUGUUUCAUUUGUAAACUAAAACCAUUUGAUAUAUGUAAGACUUCAAUAUGCUUCAUUUUAUGCCGGUUUGUAGCCAAGGUUCCAUUCCCCUAAAGGGGAACAUUCCACCUUAAACCGAGACCAACAUGUUAGAAUGCUGUAGAGCACUUCGUUUUGUUUUGGUGAAUGAAAACAUUUUUUUAUAUGUGGGAAGACAUUGAAUAAAUCAUAUUGAACUGCCAAUUUUUGAUAUGACUGUAGAUUUAUUCGAUCAGAGUUAAAAACCCAUUUACAGUUUCUCUGAACUAAACUCAGCAGUUACUCAGACUAAAACAAACCUUGUUCUGCGAGACAGACUGAGGGACUCUUUAAACUUUUUUUUUUUUUUUUCUGCUGAUAGACUGAUUGUGUGAGAAACACGCCAAGAGGCUCAGAGAGGGGUUCACAGAGAGACUCUCUGAAAAACAAAUGGUGUAAUGUAGGCCACGUGGGAAAGAAUUCUCACUCAGAAAAUUUAGAAUUAGAGCUAUGUUGGUCAGUGGUAGCUUAGUAGGAGUCGCAAUAGGGUGUCAGAACUCUACUGGUCACUGGAACCUUAGUGGCUGUUUCAGCUGGAGAGCAGAGCUCUAUUAGGAAACGGUAGCCUGCUGGCAGUUGGUUAUCCAACCUCUGGUCCGGUGAGAACUUACUGGAAGCUACAGCUAGGGGUCAGAACUGUGGGUUAGUAACAGAAUACUGACAAUUACAGUAGGGUAUUAUAAGUGAUCGCUUACUGGCAAAUCCAGUGGGAUAUUAGGAGUUUGUUGAUUUAAUAGUAGCACACUAGCUAUUACAAUGGGGUAUCGCAGCACAGUAUCCAAACUGGCUUUUUAUGUGAUGGUGUACUGGCAAUUACAGAAUGGUAACGUUUUGAACUGAAUACCUCUUAAUAUCAAACACUUUAGUACGUCUGCAAUAAUCUGUCUGCAGUGUGGUAGCUUCUGUAUUUAUAGAAUUGUUCUGUCUCCUCUAGGCAUUUUUCCCUAUCACAAAUGAAUCUACUGAUAUAGGGAAGUAUAAUGCAAACGCAUUAAACUUGGGAGCUUUCUUAAUCAACGGAGUACAAAUGGGGCCUAAAAAUAUUAACACUUAAUAGCUGCCAAGAAGGCUUACCUACAGUCGUUCACAAGCUGUGGUAACAAGCUUAUUCUAAUAUCAGUCCUUGACUAAACUCCAUCUUGUCUAAAUGUACACAUAUCUUGUAUUCAUGCAGAAAUUACUACUAUAUCACGCUAGUAAAAGAAGCCCGUGGUCCCAGAUACCAUUUUCAAUAUAUGGAGGAGUCCAUUCCAGACUGCAUUCUCCUCACUCACUCCGAGACCCUGGGGUUCUGCCCCUUCACCCAGCGACCCAUAGAUUUUGUUUUUUAUUUGUUAAAAAUUUAUUUUUCAUUAGAAUUUAGAGUGGCUUUACAGAUUGAUCAUUCCCAGAUCUUGCUAUAUUUAUAUCUUUAUUUAUAAUCUGACGAUUACAUGCUCUAAUAAUGACCUAGACUGCUCUCACGCUUAUAGUAGCGUCAAUGAGCAUACUAGAAUGCGUUUCUAGAGGACAGCGAGCUACUGUUGGCCUUUCAUGUUUGCAGACACCUUUUUACUAGGAAUAACCAAUCCCAAAUGAUGUAUUUGGUGCUUAUUAACACGUCUCAUUAUGAUGUGAUCAUAACUGAGCUUUCUCCUCCUGUCUGGUUAAGAUGUAUUAAUAUGUGAGCUUUUGUAAUGGAUCUACAGCUGUAUUAAUCACCAGGCUUUGGUUUAUUAGUGGGAUUCUCCUGACUGUGUUACUCUCUGUUCUGCAGGAGACACAGCAAAGCCAGAGUGUCCCCUUGCACUGUGAUCACUGAUUCUCCAAAGCAGGUGCGUUUAGCUAUGUAGCCCCGGGUUCCCUCUUGCUUUGCUGUCUCUAUUGCUUGGGGCUUUCUCAAAUGCCUUCUCUCUAGUUGCCAUUGGUUUUUUUAUGCUUGCAUAGUACCCUCCUUUCUCUUUCCCCGUUCACUUUGCUGUUUCUGCUGUUGCUUGCCAUUAACAUAAAGCAAAAUGUCUAAUGCCUACCUGGGGUCUUACAAAUUCUAUUCAGUAUGUGUGUAUAUGAUGAUACAUUCCACUAGUACUACUCUACUCCUAUCAAAUGGAAAUAAGGGAGACUCCUGGGCUUCCCCCAACUUACAUUUUAAUGUUCACAUUGUUAAGUAUUCUUAGGACUCUUUCACUCACUGCAAAAUCUUGUACUAGCUAGAAUAUUGUCACCAGUAGGGACCACAAUGUGCUAUUCUGAACGGCUAGAUAUAAUUUUAAAAGACAAUGGUCAAAAUUUUAUUUUGCAGGAAAAUAAAUAAAACCAGAAACUGUCUGGAGUUUUUAUUUUUUUUAAUGUAUUUUUUUUAAAGAUUUACUCCAAGCAUCAUAACCACCAGUGACAUGCUUCUGGCUCCUGCAGAGCUACAGAAGCCAGAAACCGCAGUGGUUGACAUUCACAGGCUGAGCGUGUCGCUUGACCGCUCUAAACCAAGGGCUGACAUUCUUGUGCAACGAAAGCUGGGCUGCAUAAUGACACCCCUAUGACGCGCAUGAUGGAAUUAUGCCUCCAGUAGCUAGGGUGUUAAUCGCCGUAUAUACAGCAUUUCGAAGCGAAACUCUGCACAUACAUACUCCACGUACCAUGACUAUUUGUAAUUACUGAAGUGGUCAUGGUGCUUGGAGUAACCCUUUUAACAAGUCCUAAUAUUACCUGUAGUUUGACAUUACACGUGCAAGUUGUCAUCAAACUGGUCAUAUGUGCCUAAUGUGUACAAAAGGAAGGAAGAGGCUUGACGCGCUGUGUGUUUGCAAAAUGACUUGCAGAUGGUGGUUUGUGAGGAAGAAAGGGUUGUCAGCAAAGAUGGUCACCAUGGGAAUACUUGUAGACGGGCGUUUUAGCCGCGAGGCAAACAAGGCAUUUGCCUUGGGCGGCAUUUUUCAGGGGGCGGCAAAAAACGCCGCCCCCAAAUGCCCAGGGCAAAUGCCUUGUUAGUCAUGCAGCUAACUGACAUGCCCGAGCGGGCGGACGACGCUGGGCGGGCGGCUGGCGAGGGAGCUCUUCCCCUGAGCGGUCUGCUCAGCUCCCUCGUGUGCCGCAGAGUGAGGCUGGGAGCCGGAAUAUGACGUCAUCUUCCGGCUCCCAGCCUCACUCUGCGGCACGCGAGGGAGCUGAGCAGACCGCUCAGGGGAAGAGCUCCCUCGCCAGCCGCCCGCCUAGCCCGACAACCACUGGACCACCAGGGAAGUAAUGAACCCCUACCCCCCCCCAGCACUCCCAAAGGUAAGGAGGUUGGGGGGGGGGGAAUAAAAAAAAAAAAAACGUGUUAAUGUGAGUGUCUGUGUGUCUGUUAGUGUGAGUGUAUUUGCCUGUGAGUGUGUGUGUUAAUGUGUGUGUGUUUGUUAGUGUGUUUGUGUCUGUUAGUGUGUGUGUCUGACUGUGUUUGUCUGUUAUUGUGUUUGUGUGUGUCUGACUGUGUCAGUGAGUGUGUGUGUGUCUGCUAAUGAGUGUGUGUGUCUGCUAAUGAGUGUGUGUUUGCCUGUGAGUGUGUGUGUCAGUGAGUGUGUGUCUGUUAGCGAGUGUAUGCGUAUCUGUCAGUGAAUGUGUGUGUGUGUGUGUGUGUGUAUUUAGAGGGCGGGGGAAGGGUUGGGGGGGGUGGCACGGUGAGAGGGGGGGCGCCUGAGAUUUGUCCUGCCUAGGGCAGCACAAAACCAGGAUACACCACUACUUGUAGAGGUUAACUUAAGUGGACUUUUCCAGUAGUUGACUGGCCCAUUUUAAUUUAUGUAGUAACACCCUCAGACCAAGGUGUAGAAAGUAAAUGCUAAUGUACUCAAGUGUAGGUAUUUUGUGUUUUCAUUAACCAUAGUGACCACUCAAUCUGGUUUAGAAUAAUUUUUGUUACUGUAUCCAGAGAGUACUGAACAAACAAAGAAAAAAAGUUAUUUCAAUUAAGGUGUUUGAGCUGUAAUUUCUGAGAACAUUAGAGUUGUGGUUUGGAGGUUUAAUUUUGUUGUUUAACUAUUCCUUGAUAUUCGUACAGAUUUUGUUUAAACUUGUUUUGUUUUUCUACUUGCAGAACUUUUUUUUCACUGAGAGUGUAAGCGUUCCAUCACAUUCUCCACCUACCCUGAUGCCACAGUCCAUCCCAGUCAUGUCUUCUUUCCAAAAAAGCCAGCCUAAAAACAAUGACAUCUCAGGUUCUCUGCCAGAAGAGGAACCAGUCCGAGCAGUUCCAGAAGCUGUGGGACAGACAUCACAGUCUACUAUCCAAGGUCUUUCAACACCUCCCAAUCCUUCUUUGCUUAGUAGACCAGAUCAAGGAUGUAUCUAUGAUAUAGAAAAUUCUCAGCAGGUAGAGAAUGUCAGGUUGUGGGUGUCAGAAGCUUCUGACUCUCUCCUUUUGACUGAAGAGUUUAUAGAUGAUGAUCCAGCUGACAUAUCGUUUGGUGGUGGGGCAGAGUUAUACAAUUACAGUGGAAGAGGUGUGUCACCUGUCCAUGAAGAGCUUCAAUUAGAUGACUUCUACAUGGAGGAAAUAGAUGCAAGGGACUUCAAUGGCAAUCCAAGGCCUACAGAUGCAACAGAGCUGUUUGAAGUGAAGGCACAAGCUAGCCUCAUGCAGAGCCUCCUUAGCCCCUCAGAAAAUAGCUCCCUUCUCCACCAUCGUUCAGAGAGCAGCUCCCUACUCCACCAUCGUUCAGAGAGCAGCUCCCUCUCCAACCUGAACGGGAUGCUUCCUUAUUCUCGCUCUGCCAAUCAUUCCACUGCUAGCUCUAUGAUAAACUUCCCAGCCUGCUCUGUACGUUCCGAAUCAAGCUCUGCCUUCCAAUUUGGAGACAUCUUGGACCAACUGGAACAGCUGAGUUAUCCUCCUACAACAACUGAGGACUCUAGCAGCUCGGAAGGAGACUCGUGGGACUCUGAGGAGGAAACUCCUCUAGAUAUCAAUUUAUUUUUUAGCAACCCUCUAACAAAUUAUCAUGCUAAUUUAAAUCAUUUGGGUGUGCAGGAUAAGAGGGAUAUUCCAGAUAUUUGAUAUCUACUGUAAUGGGUCUCCUCAAAAAAAUCUUUCCCUCGGUCAGUUUUCUGCUGUCAUCCAGUUGGUGGCUUUUUUUAAUGAGCAAAAAAGGUUUGUGGAACCUAAUUGUAGAUGUUCACUUGUGAUUAUGUGAGCAAACUCUAGAAGUCUGUUCUUUUUGAAACUAGAAGAACUAAUCUCAGCAAACUCCUAUGUAUAUACAUAUAAUCUAAUGUUGGAGUCAGUGGUAGAUUUAAUUUUAUGCUCUGGAAUGUUGGGCUGAAGAAGAGUGAUUUCCUAUAGCAAAUGUAAAGAAUGAUCUAUAAUAAUGCUUGUAUUUAUGCAAGCAACCUUGUUAUUUAGCAUACUAACCCCCUACCUCUUUAUACAAUGAACCAUAGAAUUAGGUCACCCAUGAAGCUGUGGCUCUGUACUUUCGCACUACUACACGGUCACUGUCACUUUCCUUUUUUAAUUUCCUUUCUUUGUUUCAAUUAUUAAUUUGUAAUCUUUCCUGUAGUAGCAUGUUGUCUUGAUGUAGCUCACUUUUUAUAUACACGGUUUUCACGUGUCACUUUAUGUGCGGUCACAAAAUAUCUUGCAGCUUGAAUUUGUGUGUUGUGGAUAGUGGAGUAGGAUGUCGAUUGGACAUCUCCAUGUCUUCUCAACCACGUUAAAUGGCUGAUGUAACAAUCUACAUUGAAAGUUGCCUUUAAUUGUCAUUUAUCUUUUGUAUAUGAGCCAUGAUUUAGUGGGUGACCAGCCUUUUUAUUUUCAAUAACAAAACUCAGCUUGGGACAUUGGAUGCUAUGGUUGUAAUACUAUAUUUCAAGGGAUUUGGCUUUCUCUCCGCUUAGUCUGUUAUGGUGAUUUCGUUACAGUUUAAAAGCGUGGGAUGGGCUGCAUUAUAGAAUUCAUACUAUAGCCUUUAUGUCUCUGGCAAGGGACUGUGAUGGAUUUAUAACCAAAAAUCAGAUGUUCUACAGAUUUGCCAAAGGUUUACAUAACCCAGAUUUCAAGAGGCUUUACUCAUCCCAGAUAUUGCGAGGUGCAGUUUUAUGCAGUGUAUUUUGGUGCAUAUACAUCAAAUUUCAUGUCCAGACCAACAGUGCUCUCCUAGUUUGUAAAUCAUGUGCUUUGAUAGAAUUGUGCCAAACAAAUGGGUAGGAUCCCUUUGUCAAGCUAGCUACAAACUAAACCGUUACAUUUAUGCUCUGGUGGUAAAUGAUAGCAUAUUAUAAAUUUCUGUGUAAAGUUAACAUAAAGCACAGUUUGUGUUUUAAAUUUUUGUGGGGGCAAGGGUUUUUUGUUUUUUUGCUUUGUUUUGAUUUUAUGUUCAGUUGUAGAGGUAAUCAGACCUGUUUAGGUUAUAUGCUAUUAUACAACCGGUAAGUAGUGUACUAUCUCGCAACAUUGUUCGGGUACAGAUAUUCAUAUAAAAAUAAAACUCUUCAAGGUCAUUAACGUUCAGCAUAAUCACGUAAUGCUUCAAAGUGAAACUCUUCCAUCUAUUUCGGAGAUGAAGCAGAAACUAUUCUAAGGAAAUGCAUUACACACCACACUAAAUACCCCGUCACAAGACCCACGGGUCCUCUUUGUUGAUCUGUGUUGGGCACUGUUAAACUUCCCGACAUACCCAUACAAGCAAAGGUAAAUGGCAAUUUGUGCAAUGUGCCAUGGUUGGCUGAACUAAUGGCCUAGAGAGGAAAGGUUUAUAAGGUACUACUAUAUUUAGCACGAUUUAGAAUUUCUAAACUUUUAUCUCUAUAAUAAUGUCUAUAGAUUUUUAAAUUGCAGCAAAUGGUUGCUUCUGUGUCAGGCCAGCUACUUGCCUACUAUAGUUCUAAUAUUUGUUUUGUAGGAGGGCUAUUCAAGUAUUGUAACGUAUUUGAAACCUAUUAAGGGUGAAAAAUGGCUUAAUGAGGUCAAUCGGAGUUCCAGCCAUUCGUGAAGAAUUGUCAUGAUGUUAAACCCGGGGUUGAAAAAGUUAGCCAAAGCUGACUCUUUGUUGCUUUGUUACACCAUGAGUAAUCUCAGCAUGUGACAUGUAUUUUGUUAAACAAACUAUAGUGAGGUGUAUAUCACAUUUUUUUUUCUUGCAAACCUCUAUCAGGAAUACAGUAUUCCAGUUUGUAUGCUUCAUGUUAUCCUUUUGAUUUUAAAAUGUUUGAUUUGGUUAAAAUUUUAACAAGUACAAUCAUCGUGAGAAAUUAAUCUGACAUUAAAGUACUCCCUUGUCACAUCAGUGGCACAAUAUGAGGAUACCGCAGAUCGAGUCAACCGUGUUUAGAUCGUAAACGGGUCAUAUUUUAAUAUACAAAACUCUUACUAAAUUAUAAAAAUGGAUUUUCUAUUUAAUGCUACCUCUUCAGCACCAGGGUUGCUUUAUAUUAAAUACCCCAUUCCAAAUAUCUAAUGUCUCAAACACUUGCACAUGUUCAUGACAAUGUUGUUCAUAACUACAUAUCUAUAGAGAGAUCGAAUACCGUGCAAACUAUAGAUAUGUUACUGUUAUCCUGUCUAUGUACAGCUAUUGUAUUUCUGUCUGCAGAUAAACUGAAUGUAAUAAAUAGCACUUCAUUGGACAAAAAUAAGCACAUGGCAUAUACAUCAUUUUUUAUAUUUUAAUUGUUUACUUUUAAUUUUGUAACAACAAAAAAUAGGCAAAUAAGUAUCCAUUUACCGCACACUUGGGAUAGAUAAUAGAUUUCUGAAUUGUGAAAACAUAAAUGAACACUCCUUCCACCUCAGAUAUGUGUCAUAUCACAAGGCUCACCCAUGGGGGACCGAUACUCACUGAUUAUACUACUCACUCCAUACAGAUAAGCCAGUUUAUUUUGGAAUACUAUAUUUUCUUUAAGUUCUUUAGAUUGACACAAACAUUUAGAUUUUGAUGAUUUGAUUUCUGAGACACGUCCUUGGUGAUUCUAGGUGGCUGUACUGGGACAUCGCUACUUACUAGCCUGUUAGAGCCACGGUUUGUAACCCUCCUGCAUAAUUUCUUUAACCCCUUAAGGACACAUGACGUGUGACAUGUCAUGAUUCCCUUUUAUUCCAGAAGUUUAGUCCAGAAGGGGUAAUAAAUAAUAAAUGGUAGUGAAGAGUGAGCAAAAAUAUAAAAUAUAGGCAGGAAUAUCUCAUUUGAAAAAAUUGCCCAGCUGUUCCGUAGUGCAGUUUGGCUAUUUUUAGCUUGAAGUAAAAUUUUCUCUUUCCAUCGCAAUUCACAGUUUAUGGAAUAAAACCCAUAGUCUCUGAAAGCCUACCUUUCAAAAUGUUCUGCCUUGUGAUUACUGUUCAGUUUACUGUAGAACCAGAUGUCUGUGCCUUUGUGAAACUUUAGGGAUUUUAAAAAUUACCAGUGCCAAUUUUAUCUAUAUGCAGGAAAAACAUUUCCUUAAUUUUUCUUUUUUUUUAAACUGUAACAUUUAUUGUUUAUUACCAAAUGCAUCUGUAAUAAAAAGUAUUGGUACUCCUCUUUUACACAAUUUCUUAGUGUUUUAUUUCACCCAGUGUGUGUGUGUGUGUGUGUGUGUGUGUGUGUGUGUGUGUGUGUGUUCGUACAUGCCAAUUCAGGUAUUAUUUAUUACAUAUAUACAUAUGAAAUAGGAGUGUAGCAUCUUUUACUCAUUUUAAAUCUUCCAGGAAUAAAAAAAAAUACAAAAAUAUCUUGAUAAAUGACCAAAGUUUGAUUUUAUCCACUUUUUAAUGCAUUAUAUGGGCAUUUAAAUAGUGUUUAUUUUAUUUUAUUUUUUACUGUUUUUCCCAAGGCAGUGCAGGUCUAUGAAGUCAUCUUGAGCAGUGUUCCCAAACCCAGUGUACAAGGUAUACUAACAGUGCAGGGUGUAGGCAUGUCUCACUUUUGUUUCGGUAUUGAUGCUGACAAAACCUCAACCGUUCAUGUGCCUUGCCUUGGGGAACUGGAUUGAAAAAUUGACGUAGUGGAGUACACUCUAGCAAAAAAAGGUUGCAGUAGUAAAUAGGGGUGAUUGUAAAAGAAUCAGGUGAUAAAAUUACACUAUUGCUUGUUUUCCAAAUGGAAAAGCUGUGACUAUUGAACCAUACCCAGCCAGUCAUGUCCAAUCUAAGCAUCGUGGUGGUUUAUACCUUGCCAGCGUUACUUAUUGGAGGACCAUGUCAUAUUGAGUAAGGCAAAGUCCAAUAUGUCAGUGGGUGUUUGUUUGGUUUUUUUAUCCCUUCAUAUGAUGUCAUGUUAAAAACACAUUUCUCAACUCUGUACUUAAAUAUUUUUUUAAAAUGCUACCAAUUUAUAUUGGAUUAUUUUCUCACCAGAAAAUCUAUACCUGAGGUUUUGCUCUUUUUCAUUUGUGUCUUGGGACACACAAUCCGUGCAAUACAAAGUUACAGGGUUCCAUAUGCACACGUCAGAAUUUGGAAAUCCAUGAACCAUUACCAAAACCUUAAACAGUUCGAAGUUGUGGGAUUGCCUUUUAUACUCUGGUAUAAAAACCGGCCAAACUAACUCCUUGAUCUGUACAUUCUCUGUUCACCUUCACUGCAUGUGUAGCAGAGUUUUGGAUAGUUUGAUCAUCAACUUAUGUGCAUCUUUAAAUUGCUUUCUCACUGCCAAUUGAACCUUUGAAGAAAAAAAGUAAAGACUUGUCAACUCACUGUUAAUGGAAGAUCAAAGCACUGCAGGAAACGUGUACAAACUUUUACACAUAUGGAAUACAGUUUUGCGCCCAGCUUGGAAUUAACGUCCUGAUCCACAGCUGUAUGCCCUGGAAUAAACAUCUGGUGAGUUGUUUGUUGCCACACAUCUGAACACCACUGAAUCCUGGAUAUUCUGUUUUUUGGCAUGGAGAGGUCUGUGGAUGGAUAAUUCCCUUCUUUAAACAAACUGGGUCUGAGCAUCUGCACGGUCAGCUGCUACUUUCUUCUUUGUUCGUCUGCAUCUCUUUAUCUUUUGUUAAAACAAGUUCCUGGUGAUUGAGUUCUCUUGUUUGAUAUCUUUUGGCUUGGUUUCUCACUGUUCUUAAUUCCUACGAUUUUGUUUUUGGUGGUUUUCUUUGUCAGUCUGAUUAUCUUCCUUAAUUUUUGCUUGUGACUGCAUCUUACUGUACUCUGUUUGCUAGAUUUCAUACUGCAAUGGAAUGACGUGAUUGCUGAGGAUGAAUCUGUUUUCCUGAUGUUGAUUGUGCAUGUUGUAUAUGUCUUAACUAACAUUAGUUUGAACACUUUAAUGAUAAAUAUUCUUCCUGAUGUGACUUUUACAUUACUAAUUUGAGAAUAACUUUUAAAUAACAGAUACAUUCUCUCACAUAUCCUACUAUAGCUGUAUAGAAAGUACUUCUUUCAAAUGUUCCAAAAACCCUCUAACUUUAAAAUUGUCACCCUACUUGCUAGAGUUUGUGUUUUAGAGUACCUGUGUCUUCUGCAAUUUAACACCUUUCCUAUGUCUUUCUAGGUUAUCAUCUGUCUCCUGUAUCUCAGAAGUUUCCUUUUUCUUAUACCCAAAAUGGUAGAUCUCCCUUAUUGAGUCCAGCGUUAAGUGAUUCUGGUAGUCACAGAGUUGACAUUGUUGAAGAGUCUACAGUGAGCAAGGUGAGGAUCCAUGGGUUUAUUCAAUAAAUUCUAGGUUGUGCCUAAUAAAAAAUCCAGAAUUAAAAGUUGAGGCUAAAAUAGCUGAUUUGGGAAAAUUAUCAGUCUUCUUAACUGUAUUAUCUUAAAUUUUGCAAUUCCAAUAUCACAUUGCACCAGUUCUAUGUUUUUUUAGUGAAUAAGACUGAUAGGGUGAAUUCUAAGUGAAAUUAACAUUUUAACAAAAAUAGCUGUAAUGGGAAACCUUUUCUUCUUUGUCAAAGUCAAGUGCAAAUUUAAGCUAAAAAUAGCCAAACUGGAAAACUCUCAAAGUAAGCUAUGCUUUCAUUUUGCAUAAUUUAGCCAUAAAAGGACAUGCAUCACUUGACAAUUAUUUUAUUUAUUUUUUUCAAACAAGCAAGCAAACACUUUUAAAUAAAAACUUUGAAAAGUAUGUAACAAACAUUUUUAAACUUGGUCAGAUAUCUUUGUUGGGCACGCCUCUUUCCAGCAUUUCCCAUCCAUCACAGUUUAAGACCAGUCCACUAAUGAUAGAAACCGGGGCAUCAUUGUGCAGCAGAAGGAGAGAAACUUAACAAUUGACCGUUCUCUGCAUGAAUCACACCAAUCAGACUCUCUCUCUUCUCCCCGUGUCAGGAUGUUGCAAGAUGAAGAGCUUUUUUCCAGCAUUCCCCUAGGGAUAGGACACAGACUGGUUAAGUCAGAGUCCCCCCUGCAGUGGGUAUGGAAAUCAUAAAAAAAGAAGCAGGUAAAUAUGGGGAGGGGAAAUCCUAUUUUCCUGCUUUAUUGGCCCGCAGAGUGAGGCAAUGGUCUCAUUAAAAAUUAAAGCCAUUGAAUGAGCGAGUUAUCUCAAAGUAGUGGAUGUCCCUUGAAAUUCACUUUGAAUUCUCACUUAAGUGAAUAACCCUGCCAGUCUAAAGAUGGAAUACUAUUCUUUAAAUAGUGCAAUUGUGGAUUUACCCCUUCCUCGCUUUUAUCAUGAUACAUUGGAUCUUUUUGUCCCCUAAUAUGAGGACAGGACAGAGAAUUGUGUUAUACUUUUUAUUAUUUUUUAUAUAAGAGUGUAAUUUAGUAAAUCCAAUCCAAAUUUUUUUCCUGAAACCUAUGGGAACAAGGUAGAAAACGGUGUGGCACAUGAUAGUACAUAAAAGUCAGCGUGGUAGAAUUUACGUCAUUCCUGACAAGUACAGAAGAGCCUAUAAUCAAGAUGGCUUUGAACAAGGCAUAAAGGCACCUUAAUGCGGAUGUUUCCUCGAACAGUGGCUGUAAGUUAGUCCAUGAAAAGGUUAUCCUUGGUUUUAUCCAUAAAUACUCGUAAAGGUAGGCAUCUUCUGUUUGAGUCGACCAGCAGUCCCAGCCCUCCUGGCAGCAAGAGAUUUUGGGAGUGCCGAGGAUAAUAAGAAUGGCAAUGGACAAUUGGCCUGGAAAAUAAAUUUGACAGUGGACCAUAGAUCAAUUUCAAGUGAUCAACCAAACACCCUUGGUAAUAAACUUUUAAUUUGGUCCCUAACCUUAACUAUAAAAGAGGCAUUACCACCACAUGUGGAUGUAUGUUCCUGUAUAGCCACAACCCCUGCAAGAUACACUGAUUAGUUACAACAUUAAAACCACUUGCUUAAUAUUGUGUAGGUCCUCCUUGUGCUGCCAAAGCAGCACUGAGUUAAGACAUGGAUUCCACAAGACUUCUGAGCAGGUCGGUGGUAUCUGGCAGCAGAUCCUUUAAGUCCUACAAGUUGCGAAGGUCGGUCCUCCAUGGAAUGGAUUUGUUGUUUCAGCACAUCCUACAGAUUCUCAAUUGGAUUGAAAUCUUGGAGGCCAAGGCAACACCUUGAAUUCUUUGUCAUGUUCCUUAAACCAUUUAUGGACAAUUUACAUAGUUACAUAGCUGAAAAGAGACUUGCGUACAUCAAGUUCAGCCUUCCUCACAUAUGUUUUUGCUGUUGAUCCAAACGAAGGCAGAAAAAUGCAGUAUGAAGCCUUCCAAUUUUGCAACAAACUAGGAAAAAAAUUCCUUCUUGACCCCAAAAUAGCAGUCCGAUAUCUCCUUGGAUCAAGCAGCUAUUUCCCCACUUAUUAGAAAUUCUAUCCCUGUAUGUCAUGUUUUUAUAAGUAUUUUUCCAUUUGCUGUUUAAACAUUAUUAUUAUUAUUAUUAUUAUAUUAUUUAUAUAGCGCCAACAAAUUCCGUAGCGCUGUACAAUUGGGUGGACUAACAGACACAUAAUUGAGAUCAGACCACUGACGUACAGGAACAGAGGGGGUUGAGGGCCCUGCUCGAGCUUACAUGCUAGAGGGAGUGGGGUAUAGUGACACAAAGGGUUGAAGUAGGGGAAUUAAAUAGUUUGUUACAGAAGGGUUUAUUGAGUGCUUGGUAGGUCAUUUUUGACGGGUGAAGGAACGGAGUCAUGGGGUGGGGGAUGAGAAACCUGCUGACCUUUUAAUUGAUAAGCUUUAAUAAAGAAGUGAGUUUUCAAAGAUUUUUUGAAGGAAUGGAGGCUGGGUGAAAGUCUGAUUGAGGAGGGAAGGGAGUUCCACAGAAUAGGUGCAGCCCUGGAGAAGUCUUGAAGGUGAGCAUCAGAGGUGGGGAUCCGGGCAGAGGAUAGGAGUAGGUCUUGGGCUGAGCGCAGGGGUCUCGUCGGGACAUACUUGUGUAUGAGGGAGAAUAGGUAUGUUGGAGCAGCAUUAUGUAGGGAUUUGUAAGCAAGCGCCAGAAUUUUGAAUUGGGCCCUAUAUCUAACUGGAAGCCAAUGCAGGUACUGACAGAGCGCGGAGGCGUGGGAGGUGCGACCGGACAGGAAAAUAAGCCUCGCAGCCGUAUUCAUUAUAGAUUGCAGCGGUGCAAGCUGGGAACACGUAAGACCGGUGAGAAGGGGAUUGCAAUAGUCAAGGCGAGAGAGAACAACAGCAUGAACCAGUACCUUAGCCGCCUCCGGCGUUAGAUAUGGGCGGAUGCGCGCUAUGUUCUUGAGUUGGAAGCGACAGGAUUUGGCUAUCGAUUGAACAUGGGGAGUAAAAGAGAGAUCAGAAUCAAAAAGAGCCCCUAGGCAGCGAGCCUGGGAGGUAGAGGUGAUAGUAGCGCCGUUGACUUGGAUGGCGACAGACACAGGAGUAGCAGCACUUGAGGGAGGAAAAACUAGAAGUUCUGUUUUGGACAGGUUGAGUUUAAGGAAGUGAGCAGCCAUCCAGUUGGAAAUAGCAGAGAGGCAGUCAGAAACACAAGUCAAGGUGGGCGGAGAGAGAUCAGGGGAGGACAGGUAGAUUUGCGUGUCAUCUGCAUAUAAAUGGUAUUGGACGCCAAAAGAGCUGAUGAGUUUACCAAGGGAGGCAGUAUAGAUAGAGAACAGUAGGGGGCCGAGGACAGAACCUUGGGGGACGCCGACAGGGAGGGGUUGGGGAGAAGAGGCAGAGCCAGAGAAAGAAACACUGAAGGAGCGCUGGGAGAGGUAGGAGGAGCACCAGGAGAGAGCAGAAUCCCGUAGACCAAAGUUACGGAGAAUGUGAAGAAGCUGUUGAUGAUCAACAGUGUCAAAGGCGGCAGAAAGAUCAAGGAGGAUUAGGAUAGAGUAUUGGCCGCGAGAUUUAGCAGCAAUUAAAUCGUUGGAUACUUUGGUCACAGCAGUUUCGACAGAGUGACCAGCGCGGAAUCCAGACUGAAGGGGGUCAAGCAGAGAGUUGGAUUCAAGAAAGUCUGUCAAUCUGGCGUAGACAACUCUCUCGAGGAUCUUGGAGGCAAAUGGCAGUAGCGAGAUAGGGCGGUAGUUGGAUGGGGAGUUGGGAUCAAGGUUGGGCUUUUUCAGAAUUGGGGUUACGGUUGCAUGUUUGAAGGCAGAGGGAAAUGUGCCAGAGGAAAGGGAGAGAUUGAAAAUGUUAGCGAGAGGAAGAGCAAGAGAGGGAGACAAAGUGCGGAUGAGAUGCGAGGGAAUAGGAUCGAGGGAGCAGGUGGUGGGGCGGGAGGACAGGAGCAGAGCAGAAACCUCUUGUGCUGUAGCAGGUGCAAAUGAGCUUAGGAUGACAGGGGGAGAGGGGUUGGGUGAUGUAUUGAUACUGGUUGGAGAAAGAUUAGAGAUCUCUUUCCUGAUUGUAGAGAUCUUGUCAGUGAAAUGAGAUGCAAAGUUUGUGGCGGACAAGGUGGUGGAAGAAGUGCAUCAAAAGUGUGAAACAGGUGUUUGGGUUGGUGGGACAGUGUGCUUAUGAGGGUGUUGAAGUAGCUUACUUUUGCAGAGGAAAGAGCCAUGCUGUAGGAGCGCAGCAUAAAUUUAUAGUGGACAAAGUCAGAUGCAAAGUGAGACUUUCUCCAGCAGCGUUCAGCAGUUCUGGAACAUUUUUGGAGGUAACGGGUCAGCUUGGUGUGCCAGGGUUGUAGUUGGGGGCGCUUGCUGCGUUUAACUGUAGGAGGUGCCAUGAUGUCAAGUUGAGAGGAGAGAGUGGAGUUGUAGAGUGAGGUUGCAGAGUUAGGGCAGUUGUGAUUUGAGAUGGGUAAAAGGAGUGUUUGGAGUUUAGUGGAGAAGUGCUGGAGAUCGAGAGAGUUGAGGUUUCUGCGAGGUUGGAGAGUGGACGGUGGUGAGAUUUUGGUAUGGGGUAUGCAGAUGUUAAAUGUUAGCAGAUGGUGGUCAGACAAAGGAAAUGGAGCAGUGGCGAGAUCAGAGGUAGUACAGAGAUUGGUGAAGAUGAGGUCAAGAGUGUUUCCUGCAGUGUGAGUUGCUGAGGAGGAAAUCUGUGUGAGUCCAAAGGAGGAGGUUACUGAGAGCAGACGAGAGGCAUCAGGGCAAUUGAGCUUGUUGAUAGGGAUAUUGAAGUCCCCAAGUAUGAGAGAGGGAGUGCUAGAGGAAAGAAAGUGGGGUAACCAGGAGGAAAAGUGUUCAAUGAAUAGUUUAGGGUGACCGGGGGGGCGAUAGAUGAUGGCAAUUCUUAAAGGAGUGGGCUUAAAAAGGCGUACAGUGUGAACUUCAAAGGAAGUAAAGGAUAGGGCAGGGGCAGGGAGGAUAGGUUGAAAGGUGCAUUCAGGGGAGAGAAGGAUGCCUACACCACCUCCUUUACAGUCAAGUCUAGGAGUAUGGGAGAACUGUAGACCACCGAAACAUAAAGAAGCAGGAGUAGUGGUAUUGGAUGGAGAUAGCCAGGUCUCAGUGAGUGCCAGUAUUGUGAGAGAGUUAGAGAUGAGGAGGUCAUGUAUAGCUGUAGAUUUGAUAUUACUACAAAUGGAGCGAGCAUUCCAGAGUGCACACUGAAUUUUGGUAGAGGAGGAUAGACUGCAGGGUAUUUGGAGGAGGUUUGCAUGGUUUCUGGUUAUUUUAGUGUGAGCAGAUGAGGUGAGGGGCCCUGGGUUGGGAGAGAUGUCACCAGCUGCCAGAAGUAGGAGGAGAGAUAGAGACAGGAGGUGUGAGUGGGUUUUAUAUGGGCGGCGACUAGGGUGAGAUUGGGUUAGAGCAGGAGAGAGAGAAUAGAGAAAUGAGUGCAGGGCUUGAGAUGAGAGAAGGGGGGAGUGUAGCAGAGAGGGAUUAAUGUAAAUGUUAGUGUUUUGUUGAGGGAAGUGGGUGGAAGGGGAUAUUUUGAUCCUUAGGGAGAUGAGAGAGAAGGAGAAUAUAGAGCAUUGCUCUGAUUGGGUAGGUAAUUAGAGGAAAGGAGAAUGAGCAUAAGGGAGGAGAAGGAGUGAGUGUUAGGGGUUAAGAAGGUGGAUUGUGCUCAUUAUGGGUAGUGUUUGCAGCUGCUAUUUGGAAUUAACUAAAGUUGUGUGUGGGAUUCUAUCUAUAAAUGUAGUAAGGAACUUGGGGUGGGGUGGUGAGGGGAGGGGUGGGCGGGAAUCUGAGCACUGUUCAGGUUUGCUAGUGGUCUUUUAAAACUCAGACUGUGGAAGACAGAGAUGAUAGGGUCAAAACAGGACUGCAAUAAAAGCUAUGGAAUGGAGAUGCACAGAGGAGGUGAGGAUUGGUCAAGCAAGACAUUCGGGUGGGUAUCAAUAAAAUAAGGGGGGGGGAGAAGAAAUAACAGAGAAAAUCUUUAGAGAUAAGCAGGAUGUUGAAUAACAUUUAAGUUAACAAAACCAAUGUUGAGCAGGGCAGGGAGCAACUAGCUUUAGCAUGCAGGACAAGACAAACUGCAGAAUAUAUGUGUGUAUGAGCAAACACACACACACAUAUAUAUAUAUAUAUAUAUAUAUAUAUAUAUAUAUAUAUAUAUAUAUAUAUAUAUAUAUAUAUACACACAUAUAUAUAUAUACACACACACACUAAAGAGCAAGCACGUCCAGUUAAGAUACAAUGACAAAGAAAUGGUGGUUAGAGAUAUAUAGUUUAAAAAUAUGCAAGGGGUUCAAAUUCAAUACAAUUAUAGUGUCCAGUAUUAAGGGUAGAUAGUUUCCUCCAUAGUCUACCUUGCAGAAACUCAGACAUGCAUAAGGCCUUUCCUUCCAGCUGUAGGUGAUCUGAGCACUGUUCAGGUUUGCUAGUGGUCUUUUAAAACUCAGACUUGCAGAAACUCAGACAUGCAUAAGGCCUUUCCUUCCAGCUGUAGGUGAUCUGAGCACUGUUCAGGUUUGCUAGUGGUCUUUUAAAACUCAGACUUGCAGAAACUCAGACAUGCAUAAGGCCUUUCCUUCCAGCUGUAGGUGAUCUGAGCACUGUUCAGGUUUGCUAGUGGUCUUUUAAAACUCAGACUUGCAGAAACUCAGACAUGCAUAAGGCCUUUCCUUCCAGCUGUAGGUGAUCUGAGCACUGUUCAGGUUUGCUAGUGGUCUUUUAAAACUCAGACUUGCAGAAACUCAGACAUGCAUAAGGCCUUUCCUUCCAGCUGUAGGUGAUCUGAGCACUGUUCAGGUUUGCUAGUGGUCUUUUAAAACUCAGACUUGCAGAAACUCAGACAUGCAUAAGGCCUUUCCUUCCAGCUGUAGGUGAUCUGAGCACUGUUCAGGUUUGCUAGUGGUCUUUUAAAACUCAGACUUGCAGAAACUCAGACAUGCAUAAGGCCUUUCCUUCCAGCUGUAGGUGAUCUGAGCACAUCUGUAUGGACUCGGAUAAAACCACCUCUUCAGGCAGAGAAUUCCAUAUCCUUAUUGCUCUUACGGUGUAAAAAAACAACAAAAAAAACUUUACUUUGCCUUUAGAUGAAAUCUUUCUUCCAGCCUAAAUGUGUAACCUCGUGUCCUAUGUAUAGCCCUGUUUUAUUAAUAGAUUUCCAGAUAAUGGUUUGUACUGUCCCCAGAUAUAUUUGUAAAAUGUUAUCUUAUCCCCUCUGAGGCACCAUUUUUCCAAACUAAAGAGAUUUAAAUCUUUUAACCUUUCUUUGUAACUAAAAUGCUCCAUUCCUUUUAUCAAUUUUGUAGCCCGCCUCUGCACUUUUUCUAGUGCCAUGAUAUCCUUCUUUAAAACAGGUGCCCCAAAUUGCACAGCAUAUCCAAAGUGUGGUCUUACCAGUGGUUUAUAAAGAGGCAAAAUUAUAUUUUAAUCCCGAGAAUUAAUGCCCCUAUUUAUACAUGACAAAACCUUACUGGCCUUAGCAACUGCAAAUUGACAUUGCAUAUUGCUGCCUAAUUUGUUGUCUAUAACAAUUCCCAAAUCUUUCUCGUGUAUGGUUAUCCCUAAUUCACUAACAUUUAGGGUGUAAGUUGCUUGUGCAUUCUUGACCUCGAAGUGUAUAACUUUGCCUUUCUCUACAUAAAAUUUUAUCUGCCAUUUUAGUGCCCAGUCCCCUGAUCGAUAUAAAUCCCUCUGCAACAAAGCAAUAUCCUGCUCACAUUUUGUUACUUUACAUAGUUUUGUGUCCCCUGUAAACACAUGGCUUUCAAUGCCUAUUUCAAGAUUAUUUAUAAAUAUGUUCAAUAGAAGCGGUCCCAAAACAGAACCCUGAGGGACACCACUUACCACUUUUGUAUAGCCUGAAAAUUUACCAUUAAUGACCUCUCGUACUCUAUCCUUAAGCCAAUGUUCUACCCAAGAAUAAUAAUCAUCUAGACCAAUUUCUUUUAGUUUGAAGACUAACCUAUUGUGAGGAACCAUAUCAAAUGCCUUGGCAAAAUCCAAGUAGAUCACAUCCGCUGCAACACCCUGAUCUAUACUUCUACUUACUUCUUCGUAGAAUGCAAUUAUUUUUGUUUGACAUGACCUAUGUUUCAUAAAACAAUGCUGAUUAUUGCGAAUAACAAAGUUCUUCCCAAUGAAUUCCUGAAUAUUAUCCCUUAAUAGCCCUUCAAAUAUUUUCCCAGUCACACCUGCCUUCCUCCAAUCCUCCGGUACAAUACCUGAAACAAAAGAAUAUUGAAAGACUAAAUACAAAGGUUCACUUAUUUCCCAACUUGGCUCCUUAAGUACUCAUGGGUGAAUACCAUCAGGCCCCGGAGCUUUAUUUACAUUAAUUUUCUUGAACUGCUGUAGCACCUUGUCACGAGUCAUCCAAUCACAAGUUAUCUGCAAGUUUUUUGCAGCAAUCAUUUGCAUAUCUCUUGCCAUAGGAUCCUCAUUAAAAUAUACUGAAGAGGGGCGGGAUCUGACUGUAGAGCUGAACAGACGUGUCUGUCCGUAGCUCCAGCGUUGCCAAGCUAAAUCGACUUAACUUGCCGCCCAAACGACAGAGGACUGGGAGACCUACACGACGAUACCAAAUAUGUGGUGUUACUCACCGGCCUCACAAACUCGGAGGUCGCAGCCUACCAGCAUGGAUGGCGCGAGUGAGAUGGCCGCUCCCGACCAUGAUACCUAGCUGUAUAUGUCAUGGGGCAUGGCAUGAAUGAUUGUUAUGUUAACUCAUGCACGGAAAAAUAAAGAAUUUAAAAAUAUAUAUAUUGAAGAAAGUUAUUUAAAAUUUCUGCCUUUUCCUGGUCUUCAUUAACUAACAGACCCAUCUCUGUUUCCAGUUUACCUACACUUUAAUUUCUUGUUUGUUUUUUUUAGAAUUGAUGUACUUGAAAAAAAUAUUUUGGGAUGGUUUUGCAUUAUUUGGCUAUCAAUUUCUCAUUUUCUAAUUUAGCCACUUUAAUUGCCUCUUUGCAAGUAUUAUUGGCUUCCUUCAAUCUUAUAUAGGAUGCCUAUGAUUUGUCUGAUUUUAAAUGCUUUCAAUGCCCUUUUCUUAUUUUUAAUCUCUCUUGUUUUACUUCUCUACUAAGCCACAUUGGUUUGUUUGUUUCUUUUAUAUUUAUUACCCAAUGGUACAUACUGAGAAAUGUACCUUUCUAAUAUUUGUUUGAAGUGUUUCCAUUUAUCCUUAGUAUUUUUUUCACAAAGGAGUUUAUGCCAGUAGAUAUGUUGUAGAGCUGCCCUAAUCUUAUUGAAAUUGGCUUUUUUAAAUUUAUACGAUUUUAGUUUACUCCACGUGCUUUUGCUUUUUUGAGUUUAUUUUAAAAAUUACCAUAUUGUGAUCCCUAUUUCCCAAAUGCCACCCUACUUGAAUGUUGGUCAAAAGAUCAACAUUUUUAUUGAUUACGAGAUCCAGACAAGCAUCAUUUUUAGUUGGUGCUUGUACCAGUUGUGACAUGAAGGUGUCAAUUAACUGUUUCAAAAACCUGAUUUCCUUUGCUGAAUUACUAGUCACUCUAUCCCAAUUUAUGUCUGGGUAAUUAAAAUUUCCAAUAAUUAACGUGUUACCCCGAUUUGCAGCUUUCCAAAUUUGCUCUCGCAGCUGUUCUUCCUCAUUAAUAUUUACAUUAGGUGGUUUAUAACAUAUCCCAACCAAUAAUUGAUUUCCCUUUGUUUGCCCCAAGCAGAUAUCUACCCAUAAAGCUUCCACAUUUUCCUUGUCACACUCCACAUGCCUAAGAUUUGACUUUAACUCAUGGUUGACAUACAAACAUACCCCACCACCCUUCUUGUUUUUCCUAUCCUUCCUAAAUAAUGUGUACCCAUUUAAGGUAACUGCCCAGUCAUGUCUCAUCCCACCAUGUUUCUGUUAUGCCUAUUAUAUCAUAUUGUUUCGUGUAUGCUACUGCCUCUAGUUCCCCCAUUUUGUUAUAUAUGCUCCUUGCAUUAGUAAGCAUACAUUUAAUAUUAUCAUGAGUCAUUUGUACUUUUUGUGAAUGAUCAAUAUUACAUACCUCCUGUGUUCUGAGUUUCCCCCUCCCCAUCUCCACCCCAAUAUACUGAGCUAAAGCCCCUCUCCUUUCUAUCCUAUCUGCAUUUUCUAGAUUGCUUUGACCCCCCCUCUCCCCCCCACUACUAGUUUAAAAUCUCCUCCAACCUUCUAGCUUUCCUAUCCCCCAGCACAGAAGACCCUCUUUCGUUUAGGUGUAAUCCAUCACUGCUAUACAGGAUGUACCCAAGCACAAAAUCGGCCCAGUGCUCUAAAAACCCCAAACCCUCUUUCCUGCACCAAGACUUCAGCCACGCAUUGACCUCUCUAAUUUCCCGCUGCCUUUCUGCUGUAGCGCGCGGCACAGGCAAUAUUUCUGAAAAUAUUACUUUGGAUGUCCUUUUCUUUAGCCUAGUUCCCUGAACUCAUUCUUUAGGACCUACCAUUUUCCUCUGACUUUGUCAUUGGUACCAAUAUGGACCAUGACAGCUGGGUCAUCUCCAGCCCCUCCCAAUAAUCCCUCCACUCUGUCGGCAACAUGCCGGACCCGAGCACUCUGGAGACCGCAACCUGUCCGGUUGAGACGAUCAGAGUGGCAGAUUACCCCAUCUACUCUCUUAAUAAGAGUCCCCUGCCACCACAACCUGUCUAGCCUUUCUUACCGUCUCAACUUCACCCAUACUAGAGGGGUUGUUCCCACGGCUGUUAGAAGGAACAGCUUCCUGCAGUACAGUUACUCCUGAGCUGAUGCUCCCAACAUCUUCACUCAAAUGGGCAAAAUGUUCGCAGUGUGGUAGGGUGCAUUAUUCUGUUGAAAGAGGCCACUGCCAUCAGGGAACACAACUGACAUGAGUUGAUGUGCAUGGUCUGCAACAAUCUCUAGGUAGGGGGUAUAUGUCAAAGUAACAUCCGCAUUAAUGCCAGGAGUCAAGGUUUCCCAGCAGGACAUUGUCCAGUGCUUAACACUGCCUCUGCCAUCCUUCCUUCUUCCCAUAGUGCAUCCUGUUGCCAGUUUUCCCCAGGUAAAUGAUCUAAAAAAAAAUGUGAUUUACCAGACCAGGCAACCUUCUUCCAUUGCUCAAUGGUCCAAUUCUAAUGCUCACGUCCCCAAUGAAGGUGCUUUUGGCGGUGGACAGAUGUUAUCACGGGCACUCGAACUGGUCUGCGGCUACGCAGCCGCAAAGACUGCCAACUGUGAUGCACUGUGUGUUCUAACACCUUUCUAUAAUUGCCAGCAUUAACUUUAUCAGCAAUUUGAGUAACAGUAGCUCUUCUGUGUGAUCGUACCAGACAGGCUAAUCUACGCUCCACCAUGUACAUCCAUGAGCCUUGGACGCCCAUGUCUUUGUACCCAUUUGUUCUGCCUCUCCCAAUAAUAAUUUCUUUAUUUCUUCUCCAUUUUGCUAUGAUGAUUCAUUGUUAAGCAAAAUGUUCAUUCUGUCAUUCAGGCUCCUGUACCCCAUUGCGUACGUUCUCUAAAGCUUAAUAAAUGGGAAAUAAAUGUCUUUGACAAUGCAUGGCUUAUAGCAAUUUGGUUAGCUGCAAGGCUCCCCACCUAUUGGUUAGUUUCUGAAACUGUGUUUAGCAUGCUCAACCAGUACUAGGGAAUUCAUGGUACCAUGAGCUUUUUAUGAUGCCUAACAAUGUGUUUGUCCCAUCCUUGAUCUAUAGAUGGAUGAAGCGUAUUACAUAAUCAAGGAAAUACUGAGUACGGAGACUUCUCAUCUGAAAGAUAUUGAAGUCAUAACUGUGGUAAGUGAGGAAUGGUCAGGUCAAAGGCAGAAACAUUUUAAGAAUGCUAGUAUUUUCUGGAUACUGUUUGUGGUCUAAAGAUACUUUGAAUUCUCAACAAGCUAAUUGAUGAGACAUGAACCCUAUAGUGGCUGCGGUUUUCUAAGAUUCUGUUUUGUCUGUCACUGAAACCAUUUUGGCAUGUUUGCUGUGUGUUUGUUUUUUUUGCCAGUUCAUGCUUUAUGAUUAAGUGCAAAAAACAAAGGUAAGGUUAAUUCGCCCUUAUAAUAUGUAGAUCUAUAGGUGAAAUCACACAGAUAUAGAUAUAUGUAUGGUAACAAUAGAGGCUUGUUGGUGGUAGAAUAUCUUUAAAAAAGAAAGACAAGAAAGAGAAGACAAACAAUCUAAGUGCAAUAAAUAUAAUAAAAUAUUUGAGGUAGUAUAUAGUGACAAAUGCGCACUCAGGCUUUAAAGAGCUAAAUAGAGCUCUGCUGAUGAAGGCGUGGAUGGUACAAUCCCCAUCUAAGGAUAUGUAAACUGCAGUGGUGUUUGUGUAUUCAGCAGUAGUGGUUGUACUUUCUUGAUAAAGUGCAAUAUGUGAAGACACAAACAAGGAUAUCCAAUAGAAUAGUAUGUAAGAUACAAAAACUACUUUCUGGAGUAAUAGUAGGUAUUUUACUCACAUUUUUGAGCGCAUGAACCUGCUCUAGUAUAGUUGAGCAUUGGUGGCACAAUCCCCACCUGGGAAAUGCAGGUCUGGAAGUGUCUGUUUAGGAAACCAAGGGUAUAUGAAGUAAAUACCAAAUGCAUUUAAAAUUAUUAAAUUUACAGGGAUUAACUUUAUUCUAGAAAUAAACAAAAAUGUGAAGCAUGAAAUAUAAACCAAAAUUAGGGAAUAAAAACACACUUGACAUGUUUCACCAUGAGGUUUCAUCAGAAGUGUGACUGGUGUUUUGAAGCAAAUUUGUUUCAUAUAGAUAAAUGUUUAAUAGUAACAGAUGAUGAGCAAAGUUCUGAUUGGCUUCUUAGAAGACUUCUGUUUUGCAAAUUUCAAUUUGAGUUAGUAUCUGAUUCAUGAUUGGUUAUUCCAGCAGAUCGUAUGUAAAUCAAAUGAGAAUUUCCGCCUAUCUCGUUGGGAAAUAAUUUAUUUAAGGCAGCUGUGAUAAUUUCAUAAAUGUUUUGUAGUGCACAUGCGUGAAGACAUCGGAUCAGUGCACAUGUACGGAAGUCCUAAGCUGCGUUGAAGAAUUUUAGAGGAAGAAGAAACAGAAAAGGAAGAAUAGAGAGGUUUUAAAUAAUACUACAAAUAUUAACCAAGAAAACACAGGAAUUUUUAAUCUAUCAAAUAAACUUUUAAGUGAAACUGAACUAAAUGACUUUUGACCCUUUUUUAACAUUCAAACGCUCUUUUAUAGGUAAAAAGAAUGCGAAUACAACAGAAAUAAAUCAAAAUAAUGAAGAAUUGAAUUUUAAAAAACCUUUUUUUUAUUUAAUAAAAUAAAUCAACUUUUUAUCCAUCUUAUUUCAAAUCCAGUGCUCUAGAAACUUUUGAAAAGUCCAUAAAGAUCUAGAUACCCUAAAUAACAAACAAAAAAUUAUAACUGUAACUUUAAUAGAAAAGAAAGAGAAGCCAUUAAAACCUUACAAGAAGAUGAUAGUAUAGUAAUUAAAUCUGCCAAUAAAGGCGGUGGCCUUGUUAUUUUAUCCAAAGAAUAUUAUGAGAAAGAAGCCUAUAGACAACUCAAUAAUACUGAUACAUACAUCAAAUUAGAUAAAGAUCCUAUUUCCAACAUCAAAAUAAAACUAAACAUUUAGAUAAAGGUAAACAAACUAAUAUUUUAGAUCAACAAGAAUUCAAUUAUCUUAAUGUUUUACAUCCAAAAACACCGGUAAUUUAUUUUACCUAAAAUACACAAGGACAUCAUCAACCCUCCCGGGAAUUUAUUUUUUUCAAAGCUCUGCCUUUUAUACAUUAUACACAAAUAGGGCAGCUAAAGAAAAACAUCUCAAAAUAUAUUUGGAACACCAAAUUUGGCAUUAUUUCAGCCUUCCUUUAUUACAAACUGUUUAACAGAUCUCCACAGAAGAAAUUGUAGAGAUCCGCACUAACCUUACAGACUGCACUUUACUACUGUUUCAGUGCUGUGGAGCUUUGGGAUACACCCAUUCACACCGCUACUCACUCUGUGUUGUAUUGCUACAGAGCUCCUUGAUACACACUCAGGGCCGGUGCAAGGAUUUUUGGGUACACUGGCCAAUCCCUCCCCACCCCCCCUCAAAGCAUGUGUAUCUCUUAACCCACCUUUUAUUUCUUAUCCCCUUUUUUAAAUGUCUUACCCCCUUUAGUGUAUCCUAUACCCUAUUUUCCCUAUUGUGUGUCUUACACCUCCCUUGUGUAUGUCUUAAAAAAUCCCAUUGUGUGUUUUACUCCCCCCAGCCCCUUUGUGUAUCUCCUUCUCUCCCAGCCCCUUUGUGUCUUUUACUCUUUCCAGCUCCUUUGUGUGUUUCUUUCUCACCCCCAGGCCCAUCUGUGUGUCUUUCUCACCCUCAGGCCCGUCUGUGUAUCUUUCUCCCCACUCAGGCCACCUGUGUGCCACUCUCCCCUCCAUAUCCUCUAGUGUUCCUCUCUCCUCCCCUUCAUGUCCAUUAGUGUUCCUCUCCCGUCUCCGUCCCUUAGUGUUCCUCUCCCGUCUCCGUCCCUUAAUGUUCCUCUCCCAUCCCCUUCCUGUCCCUUAGUGUUCCUCCCCCCCGCCCUCCCCUGUCCCUUAGUGUUCCUCUCCCCCCUUACCUGUUUUAGUGCCCCCCAUUCACCUUAAUGUUUUUUCCCUUCACUUUUAGUUGUCCUCCCUACCCCAAUGUUCCUUUUCCCUUCCCUCCCCUGUCCCUUUCCCCUACCCCGGUGUUCCUUUUCCCUUUCCUCCCUGUACCUUGGUGCCCCCUCCACAUAAUGUUCUCCCCCAGUGUUCGCUCUCUCCACCCCGUCCAGGGUUCUUCCCCUAUCCUCCCCUGUCCCAUAGGGUUCUCCCCCUUAUUCUCCCCUGUCCCAUAGGGUUCUCCCCCCAUCCUCCCCUGUCCCAUAGGGUUCUCCCCUUCCUCCCCUGUCCCUUAGUGUUCCUCUCCCCUCCCUUCCCUGUCCUUUAGUGUUCCUCUCCCCUCCCCUUUCCCUUAGUGUUCCUCUUCCCUACCCCAGUGUUCCUUUUCCUUCCCUCCCUUCGUUCCCCAUUUGUGUCCUACCUUUCUGGUAGCGUGGCAGAGUGGAGCAGACCGCGGUCCAGGAGCUUCAGUUUUCUGUACCUGGCUGGACUGACAGAAAGUGCUCUCUCAGCACACUACACUGUGCGCAACACUGAGUGACUGGCAGAAGGGAGUGCUGUGCGCCCACCUCCUGCCGGUCACUCUAAUCUAGCGCCCCCGGCCUGGAGCGUACUAAGGCGGCCGCUUGUGCCACCUUAUGGACGUGCCAGUCCUGUACACACACUGUUUGUUAUUGUGUGUUUUAUUGCGGAGGGCCUCUGUGAUUCACAUUAGUGGCCAUCAUUUUGCUGGGGAAAUUUGUGCAACACACUACACGUUGCUGUGUUUUUUUUAUAGCUGUAGAGAUCUGUGCGUUAUUAUGUUUUGAAAAAUGCUGAUGCACACUGCUGAUAAUUGAGUUUCAUUCGUUCAGGGCUAUGUAAACCUAAUGCUGAAUUGUCAUAUUCAAAUAUACACAAUGUAUGAUUUAGACAUGGAAUUUACGUGUGUGUCCCUUGCUUCUGCAGUGGCUGCAUGGGACUCUUUAUAAAGGACAAGUUUUCCAGGGGUCAUCAGAACAACUAUUAAAACGUCUGUUUAUUAACUUGGAGCCUGUGCAUCAGUUUCAUCAAAACUUUGUCCAACAACUUGAGGAUGUUCUCACUUUCUGGUUCGUACUCUAUAUGUUAUCUAUAUGUUGCUUUAUCUUUUUGUAUCACCAUCUCAUUGUCUCCACCAUAGAUAGCAUUGUGUAACAGAAAUUGCAAGAUGAGCUAAGGUCUGUUUUCCUAGUGAUCCAUAAUAAAUAAAUUACUAAUGAUUCUUGUAUUAUUCCCAAGAAUUCUAAAAUAACCAUAAAUUGAAAUCUGGUUUGUUAAUUGAUUGAAUAAUUUUUCUGUAGACGACCAGAUUGAUGAGAUUAUAGUUCUGCCUUUUCCCGGUAGGUUAGGUGGAUGCUCAUUUUUUUUCUUAGCCACCCCACCCAACUGCUGGCAGAGAAACAUGAAUUCAUAUCCAUCGUCUGUAUGUUUGAUGAACCAAUAAUCGUUUUUUUGUUUUUGUUUUUUCUUUGCAUACAAUGAUAGUACCAUGGUUUUUCAAAAGCUGUACCCAUGCAAGAUAGUAGGAGGCAAAUGCGACUUUAUUGCGUUAGUGGCAUUUACUGAUAACUAAUGGGAAAUUUUGGAAGUUGCUGAACAUGCACAAGCUUAUCAUGUCGUUGCAUGUCAUCACAACUUUUAUUUUAUUUUUAUUUUUUUACUUCCUCUAAUUUUUUUUGAAUGGGUUGUCUAAACCAGUGUUCCCCAACCCAGUGCUCAUGGACCACUAACAGUCCAGGAUUUAUGUAUUUCCCUGUUUUAUUCCUAUGGAGAUACCGACAAAACCUGGACUGGGUUUGGUAACACUGGUCUAAACUGCGUAACCACUACAGCUCAGUGUGGACAGCAGUGAUCGGCAGAGAGUGCAUGGCCAAUCCAUGCUCAGGUUCAUUUUGUAACAACCUUCCUAAAUGGUUUGAAUAAGAACUGAGGGACUGUGCCCAAGAGACUCUUGACAACAUAAUCACUACACUAAAAUGUUCUAUGUUGCCUGGAUUGCACCUUAAAUGACUUUUUUGUGUCUGAUACAGUGAUAUGAGGUGUUAAAUCUUACUGUUCUAAUACAGACUCUUUCCUCUUCUGUUGCUCUUAAUAAAGUAACUCUCGAUGAUGGUUUUGUUGUCCAAUAUAUUGGGCUGUAUCAUACAACCCCAGAUGACUUCUCUCUGGAAACUGAAUAGCACGUUUCUCAUGAGGUCUGUGGUAUAAUUUCUGUUGAGUUAGAAAUGGUUCAUAUAGGGAGUGCAGAAUUAUUAGGCAAGUUGUAUUUUUGAGGAUUAAUUUUAUUAUUGAACAACAACCAUGUUCUCAAUGAACCCAAAAAACUCAUUAAUAUCAAAGCUGAAUAUUUUUGGAAGUAGUUUUUAGUUUGUUUUUAGUUAUAGCUAUGUUAGGGGGAUAUCUGUGUGUGCAGGUGACUAUUACUGUGCAUAAUUAUUAGGCAACUUAACAAAAAACAAAAUAUAUACCCAUUUCAAUUAUUUAUUAUUACCAGUGAAACCAAUAUAACAUCUCAACAUUCACAAAUAUACAUUUCUGACAUUCAAAAACAAAACAAAAACAAAUCAGUGACCAAUAUAGCCACCUCUCUUUGCAAGGACACUCAAAAGCCUGCCACCCAUGGAUUCUGUCAGUGUUUUGAUCUGUUCACCAUCAACAUUGCGUGCAGCAGCAACCACAGCCUCCCAGACACUGUCUGGUAUAGGUGUACUGUUUUCCCUCCUUGUAAAUCUUACAUUUGAUGAUGGACCACAGGUUCUCAAUGGGGUUCAGAUCAGGUGAACAAGGAGGCCAUGUCAUUAGAUUUUCUUCUUUUAUACCCUUUCUUGCCAACCACGCUGUGGAGUACUUGGACGCGUGUGAUGGAGCAUUGUCCUGCAUGAAAAUCAUGUUUUUCUUGAAGGAUGCAGACUUCUUUCUGUACCACUGCUUGAAGAAGGUGUCUUCCAAGAACUGGCAGUAGGACUGGGAGUUGAGCUUGACUCCAUCCUCAACCCGAAAAGGCCCCACAAGCUCAUCUUUGAUGAUACCAGCCCAAACCAGUACUCCACCUCCACCUUGCUGGCGUCUGAGUCGGACUGAGCUCUCUGCCCUUUACCAAUCCAGCCACGGGCCCAUCCAUCUGGCCCAUCAAGACUCACUCUCAUUUCAUCAGUCCAUAAAACCUUAGAAAAAUCAGUCUUGAGAUACUUCUUGGCCCAGUCUUGACGUUUCAGCUUGUGUGUCUUGUUCAGUGGGUGGUCGCCUUUCAGCCUUUCUUACCUUGGCCAUGUCUCUGAGUAUAUUGCACACCUUGUGCUUGGCACUCCAGUGAUGUUGCAGUUUGAAAUACAAACUGGUGGCAAGUGGCAUCGCAGCGUACUUGACUUUUCUCAGUUCAUGGGCAGUUAUUUUGCUUCUGGUUUUUUCACACGCUUCUUAAGUAAUUCUGUUGAUAUUUUGAAUGAAACGCUUUGAUUGUCGUUCGGAUGAUCACGCUUCAGAAGCUUUGCAAUUUUAAGAGUGCUGCAUCCUCUGUAAAGAGAGUUAUCUCACUAUUUUUGACUUUUCGAGCCUGUCAAGUCCUUCUUUUGACCCAUUUUGCCAAAGGAAAGGAAGUUGCCUAAUAAUUAUGCACACCUGAUAUAGGGUGUUGAUGUCAUUAGACCACACCCCUUCUCAUUACAGAGAUGCACAUCACCUAAUAUGCUUAAUUGGUAGUAGGCUUUCGAGCCUAUACAGCUUGGAGUAAGACAACAUGCAUAAAGAGGAUGAUGUGGUCAAAAUACCAAUUUGCCUAAUAAUUCUGCACUCCCUGUAUCUAUAGUAAUUGAAUUCAUCUCAAUAGGCUGUACCAUACGAACUGCUUAUCGUAUUAUUGAUAAAUAUAUUGGCGCUAGUGUAGACCCCUAAUUUACACUAGUUCUCAUUGACUGCACAGCAUUGAUCUCCAAAUCUGAAUGAUCAGUUUGAAAGCAAAUUUAGACAAAUGUGAAAAGGCUCUUAAAGUCGCCUGUCACUACAAACAAAUAUGGGGAUUCAGUUCCACCACAUGGCCAUAUUGUGUUAAGCCCACUGAUAUUGGGGUACUGUGAAGUAGUGGUGGUCUUAACACAAUAUGGCCACAUUAUGGAACUGAGCCACCAAAUUUGUUAGCUGAUAUGUGAUUUAAAAUUAGCCUUGUUUAAAAAAAUAAAAAAAAUAAAAAAAUUGUAUGUGCUGGUCCUUAAUCUGUAUUUUGUAUAAAUAUUGGUCUUUAUGGUAGCACCACUGCUGAGAAAUGCAUGUUCUGGGUCUGCCUCCCCCCCCACAUCUGGUCUGCCUGACCUCAUAUUGUGUGUGAAUCUGUGGGUGGUCAGUGUAUACAGUGUGUACAACUGUUGGCAUUUGCUGUUAAAUUAAAUAGAUUUUCUACUUGGUCCUGUUAGAUGUAUGUAUGCAUUUAUUCCCAGGGAAGGUCGAUCUGCACACGCUAAGGACACACAGAUUAUUGGAGACUUCAUGUUAAGAAAUAUGACCUCUUUAAGGGUGAGAUUUUAUACACUCCUAUUUUUUUCUUUUAUUUCUAUUUUUAUGUCUGUGUGGGUUUUAUAGGAAUUCAAAUAUCUAUUUAUAUAUGUGUGUAUUAUAGAGGCUCCCUCUUGUAUUUAUACAUGUGUAUUAUAGAGACUCCCUCUUAUGUUUGUUUGCGCAUGUGUUGUAGGCUAGUAUAGUCUAAAGACAUCCCCCAUAUGUUAGUACGUGUGUUUAUUGUAGGCCCCUUUGUUUGCCUAUAUAUUUUAUGGAAUUUAUGUAUAUAUGUUCUGAAUAUGAAAUUCAUCCAUUAUAGAAAGAUCUCUGUGAAGUUCCAGUCUAUUCUCCAGUGGUCUUGUAUUGCACAAACUAUGUUGUCCAUUGUCCAGUCUUUUCUGUAUUACACGCAGUGGCGUAUUUUGAAUUUGUGCUGCCCUAGGCAUGACUGAACUCAGGCACUCCCUAAUUUAAAUUUGCCCCACUCCUUCCUGUCAAUGCCACAACUCUUCAUGUUAAAGACUAACAAACACUUUGACUGACAUACACACACACACGCACACACUCUGAUACACUGACAUACACUCACUGGCAGACACACAUACUCACACACUCCCUGAUUUGACACAAUCUGAUACACACACAAUUACUAAUUUGACACAACCUGACAGACACACACAAUCACUCAGACACACCCUGACCGGCACACACUCACUGACACACAUUCACUGACAAACACACAUUGACAGACACACACGCAUUCAUUGACAGACAAAUAUACUCACUGACAAGUACACUCAUUCAGACACACUGACAGAUAUAACAACACAUUCACUGACAGAAAAACACACACACACAAACUGACAGACUGACAAACAUUUCCCCCCACCCCCCCAACAUUUACAAAUAUUUACUUUUAAUUUAAUUUAGAUCCACCCAGACUCCCUACCUUUGGGAGAGCUGGGUGGAUUUUUACCUGGGGUCCAGUGGGGCUGCUGAUCGCUGCCACUUAGUGGUGCCUGGUGUCGGUGUGACGUCACAUUCCGGCUCCUGGCAUCACUGCAGGUUGCGCGAGGGAACUGCGCAGGAAGAGCUCAGAUCAGCGCUUCCUCGCCGCCCACCUGUAAAAGAAACUGUCCGGGUUCCCUGGAGGGGCUCGAGGGUGGCCAGCCGGCCCAAUUUUGGCCCCCCAUAAGUUAACCCAAACAAGUUAUUUGCCAGGGCACUUGUGGGGCAGCGUUUUUUUGCCGCUCCCUGGAAAGUGCCGCUUAAGGCAAAUGCCUUGUUUGCCUUGCGCUAAAUACAGCACUGAUUACACGCACCAUCCCAGUCCAUUCUCCAGUGGUCAGCUUGCUGAAUGUGUGAGGAACCUCUCCUCUUAAUUCAAGUGAUUUUAAAAGUGCUGUUUUCCAUUUAAAAUCUAAUAUUUAUAUUUGAUCGGUCAUAUUUCUUAUGCAGCACCAGGAAGUGACUGAUUGUAGUGUACAGUGUGCAAUGGAUGACAAUCACUGCAAUGUAUCGAAUCUACUGAAUGGAAUGUUCAGGGUAUUUAAUGAUUCUUUAUGUACUUUGACUUCCCUGGAUAAAAAAUAUAAUAUUGGUAAAUACUGAUUCUUUGUUCCAGGCUGUUUUGCCUUCCCUGCAGAGACUAGAAGAUUGGUUUCAGGAACUCCAACAAAAUUCUCCAGAGCAGCAGGAUAUCAAUGUUUUGUUGCAGGAAUUUGAACAGCAGAGGGUGUGUUACCUGCCUCUGAGCUGUCUCCUGCUGAAACCUCUGCAGCGCCCCCUACAGUAUGAAAAGCUGCUAGAGCGGCUCUGCCGGCAUUACCCGCACUCCCACUGUGACUACAACAACUGCCAGAGUGAGUGUUUGUUACCAUGGAGCGUUGGAUGGGUCAAGUGGUCCAAUUCCAAAUAAAGUGCACAAAAAAAUAAACUCAAGUGUAGCAUUGGAAGAACAAUAUUCAUGCUUGUACAGAUGCAACAUCACUAUUGAUGUGUAAGAUUAGUUUAUGGGUAACAGGAUUCAUUAUUCUGGAUUAAGGUGUAAAUAAGAUAAAAUAAAAUAAACUGAAUUAUAGUACAUUGAAAAGUGAAUUGCAAACUAGAUGCAAAAAUGGCCAAAUCUGCUAUGGUUACGGCUUGCCAAUAUUGGCGUAAAUAUUUUAAAUUUGGUUUUCAGUUCACAGCAGUAGUGUUUAGUGAAUAAGCCCCAUAAUAUGGGUAGAUGAUGAACAGGUACAAUUCACAAGCUUGACACUUUGACCUGCUUCUGUGCACAAGUGGAAAAUUGGACCAUUUACACCAGUCAAAAAAAAUCUGAUUUUGCAAGACUGACGUAUUUUGAAGCCACCCACAAAAAAUAUAUUCCAGUUCCUUCGUCUCUAUUAUUAUACCAUUACAAUCAUAUUGCCAAUAUUAUCAUACUUCUAUCAUACUGCCAAUUCACAAUAGUUACAUCAUGUCACUGGAAAUAGUACACAGGUCAGCAAACAUAAAGGCAGUGAAUGGAUUAGAAACGCUAACAGGAUUGAAAACUUUAUUUUACAAGUUUUAAAUAACAUAGUAUAUUCUUUCACACAAACUAGGUCAGCGUAAAAAAUAAAAAUAUUUAUAAACACAUAAAAUUCAGACACAACCUUAACCACCUGCCUAAUAUUGUGUAGACCCCCAUCCCCUUGUGCUGCCAAAACAAGUCUGAUGCAUCAAGGCAUCGAUUCCACAAGACCUCUGAAUGUGUCUCUAGAUUUUUGGCACCAAGAUGCUAGCAGCAGAUCCUUUAAGUUCUGCAAGUUGCGAGGUGGAGCCUCUGUUGAUUGGAUUUGUUGUUCCAGCACAUCCCACAGAUGCUCAAACUGAUUGAGAUCUGGGGAAUUUUAAGGCCAAGAAAACACCUUCAAUUGUUUGUCAUGUUCCUCAAACCAUUUCUGAACAAUGUUUGCAGUGUGGCAAGGUGCAUUAUCCUGCUGAAAGAGGACCCUGACAUGGGGAAACACCAUUGCCAUGAAGACGUGUGUGUGUGUGUGUGUGUGUGGUCUGCAACAAUCUCUAGGUAGGUAAAAUGUGUCAAAGUAACAUUCACACGAAUGCCAGGAUUCAAGGUUUUCAAGCAGAACAUUGCCCAGAGCAUAACAAUGCCUCUGCCGGCCUUCUUCCCAUAGUGCAUCCCGCUGCCAUCUCUUCUCCAGGUAAUUGAUGCACACGGCCAUUCACCUGAUCUAAAAGAAAAUGUAAAUUAUCAGCCCAGGCAACCUUCUUUCAUUGCUCCAUGGUUCAGUUCUGAUACUCGUGUCUCCAUUGAAGGCAGUUUUGGUGGUGGACAGGGGUUAUCAUGGUCGCAGUGACUGGUCUAGGCUACAUUUCCCCAUACGCAGGAAAUUGUGAUGCACUGUGUGCUCGGACACCUUUCUAUCAUGGCCAGCAUUGGAUUUUUUAGCAAUUUGAGCUAUAUUAGCUCUUCCCUAUGAUCGUAUCAGGCGGGCUAGCCUUCCCAUGUGUACCUUUGGCGCCCAUGACCCUAAUGCCGUUUCACCAGAUGUCCUUCAUUGAACCACUUUUUGUAAGAAUUAACACACAGUGGGAACACUCUACAAGACUUGUUAUUUUGGAGAUGCUCUGACCCAGUCGUCUAGCCAUCACUAUUUGGCCCUUGUCAAAGUCACUAGAUCUUUUUACUUGCCCAUUUUUCCUGAUUCCUACACAUGAAAUUCAAGAACUUUCUGUUCACUUUACAUGUGCCAUUGUAAUAAUAUAAUCAAUCUUAUUCACUUCACCUGUCAGUGGUAUUAAUGUUGUGACUCAUUAGUGUAGAUGUAUAUAAUAGACAAUAUAGGUUUCUACAUUCCAAUUAAGUAGAUAUUCACUUUUGAAACCUGUAGACUUAUUUUGGGUGAAAUGUGUUGCCCAUGAUGUGCGAUGGGCUGGACUUGGACAUUUUGUGACUUUUUUUAAAAAAUGACUUAUUUUAACAUUAACUAGUGGUUAAGUAUAUUAAAUCUAAUAAAUUUCUGUGGUAUCGUAUGUGUUUGUGGAGGAACAAAAAAAUCAAGAGAACCGUGAUCAUUUAGACUUUCCUUAGUUUCCUACCUCUGUAUUCAUUAGCUGAACUUGCCACGUAUAGUGUGUUGGCUAUGGUUUUGACUAUGUAUAAAAUUAACCAGUUGGGUAUAGAUUAUGAAGAUAGAAAAGUAAGUGAAUAAAAUACCUCACUCACAAAAAACAUGUAGCUGCAACUCCAAAAUUAAAUAAGCAUGGAUAUACUGGUUUUCAUCAUACUUAUAGCCGCUCAAUAGGUGCCAUAACAGGGUAACCUUCUCGGUGCUGGAAUCCUCCCAGUAAUCAAAUGAUACUUCACACAGGACCUAUGAGUCCUAUGAGUGCGGGUCAACAAACUUGUCCUGUGUGAAGUAUCAUUAGAUUAUGAAGGUGCAGUAGGGCUUUCCAGAAGAAGGAAAUCAAACUGUCUGUGUCUUGAUGACAGGGGCACUCGGAGAGGCAAGUGCAGCGAGUUCCCAGCUCCGCCACCGCCUGCUGCAUCUACACAACCUGCAGAGACUUUGUCAACUGCAGAAAGAUCUCCUCGGGGGAGAGCACCUCUCAAUGCCAGGCCGAGUGAGUAUACAUCAUGUCAAAACUGUGCCAGUGUAUAAACCUCUAUGCGGGAACAUGAGUCUGUUAUGUCUUGCAGGAGUUUAUUCGUGAGGGCUGUCUCUUCAAACUGACCAAAAGUGGCCUGCAACAGCGCAUGUUCUAUCUGGUAAGUAUGCAUGGGUCUUAUCCCACAUUGCACACAAAAAAAAGCACACACAACAAUUUUCAAUAAGGCCAUAUUGUUCACAUAUAAUGGGGGCUUCCUACACAGAGAAGACUGUGGCAAAUCUGGCUCGGGUGAAAUCGUUAUGUACUAACAGCCUAAAGAGGGUUUGAGAUUUAGCCUGUUCACCACUCAGGCUCUUCUCAAAGCCCUGCUUGUGGAGAAAUGCUGUGAAUGGUGUCCUGUUUUCUUAUGUCUAUUUUACAAAUGUAUUUCAUGAUAUUUGCUGUUUGUGUAAUCAGAAGAGGACUGUAACAAAAGUAAAUAAUGUUGGUAAUGGUUUGUUUGAUGUAUAUAAUCAGUUUUCAGAUAUGCUGUUGUACACACGGAAAGGGUUGAGCUGUACCAAUCAGUUCCGCGUCCACGGACGUCUCCCUUUGCAUGGGAUGCUGGUUAGUAUAUAUAGUUAUAAAUAUAUUUUUUAAUAUAUGUAAAUAUCCUUCUUAUAACACUUCUUUCUCAUCAGUGUGUGUAAUUGUACUACUCUUAAACACAUGCCCAUAAGCAUAAUUGAAACUACAAAUGUUGAAUUGGGGAUUAUUGGCAUUUAGAUGUCACCAACUUAUUUCAAAGGCAAAGUUGUAUUCCUAACACUAUAUAGUGUCACUCUGCCUCCGUGCCCCCCACCCUCUGCCAAUCAUAGGAUUAAAAAAAUCUUUUAACACGUACCGGAUUUCAGCACGGAUGUCCUUCUGUGCUGGCUUUCUCUCCAACUCUUCUCUAGGAGAAACCUAAUGAGUAUGCGUGGCAAAAUCCCAGCGGAUCAAUACUUUCAUUUAUGGAUUUGGAAGAUGUGGACAUCCAGUAGUGUUUCAUAGAGUUAGACUCGGUGUGAAUCGAGGAAGCCCCUGUAAUGGCUAUCUGGUAGAGAGACUCUAAAGGGAAUCUUAAUCCUGAAAUGUAAACAUUUCAGUUUCUCUAAAACUGCAAUGUUUUCAGUUGCAAGGUUAAUGUAACAGGGACACUGCACUCAGACCACUUCAAUGAGAUGAAGUGGUCUGGGUGCCUGUAGUGUCCUUUCAAGGUGGAAUUGGCAGGAUAUGGUGGUAGACUGGAUAUGAGGUGUAAAGGUAAGGCUAGAAUCACAGAUAACACAAAGACCGCCAGCUUGCAAGAAUGGGCUGAUUUGUGUGCCAUCAACUUGUAGGGAGAGUGAAAGAGGUGUAAUAUUAUUACAAGAAGGGAAGACGAAGACGCUCAGACAUAUCUUCUUCAGUAACCAGGGGAAAGGCAUGUGCAUAUUGGUAUUAAAGGGUCGUUAUGUCCAUGUAGCAUUUAGAGGGUAGGAAGGGCCAACAUAAAAUAGCAGAACAUGCGGCUUGGAACCUGAGGGCUAGGAUAUAACAUGUGAAGCCCACAGAAAUGAUGCGAGCUGUGGGUCUAGGGGUAAGUAUUAAGAAAAGAGGGCUUAGCCCACGCCUGUCAGAUAAUGGGAACUACCCUGACAUGGAAACAGACCCACGACCCAUGCAACUGUACCCCACCAGCCCCAGGCCCUCUCGAAGCCCAAUGCAACAGUCUCAAUAGUCCCAGCGUUGAAUAAGGUCAGGGCUUGGUCAGAGUUUUCUUAACGGGUUGCUGCGGCUCAUGUGUAGUAGGGAUCCUCUGAGGGAGUGAGUGGUGUCCAGGAAACCGUCCCGGUUUUGGCCAUGGCCCGGGAAGGCAGUGAAUCAGUGCCGGGCCAAGUUUUCUAUGUUGAAGCCAUUUCUGCAAAACCCAUCUGUUUCCCAGCUUUGCACCAGAGUGUCACCCCGGAGCUGGAGAUGUGCGAUGUAAGGAUGGUGCCUGUGGCACUUCAGCAGGUGUGUGCAGGCAACGUGUCAGCGUGGACCAGAAGAUCUCAAAUAGGGUCUCCAGCUUCUUACGUGCCCCGAGGUGCCGGAAUGCCAUUUUUGGUACUGCAGAUUGGCGGCUACAGUUGAGUAGUCGCGAGAGCGUUUCCAAUGAGGCACGGAUGGAAGGUGUCACGAACGCACCCUACUUCAAGAGUGUGCGUUGCGUAGUUGUUGUGGUGAAAUGGUUAAAGUUCACUAUUUGUCUGCACUAGACCAAAAUUAUGAUAAAAUCCCUCUUACAACCACCCACACCUAACCAUAAUAAUAUAACUAUUACCAACUUAACAAUUUAUAAAAGUGCAUUGGUCCCCCAGGUAACUUAAUAAGAAAAACCCACCAAAUAUAACUUAGCACAAUAUUUAAGCAAUUGCAAAACACUCAUUAGUCUCUUCCGGUAACAUGAUUCUCUACCAGACAAAGGCAGAACUUUAAUAAAGGAAUAUUUAUUAUGAGCAAACAAUAGUCACAGUGCAUACAAAAAUAUAGAUGACAAUCAAAUUAGUUACACCAACAACUGAUAAAAACAAAAGUCCUAAUCAUUUACUCAGGUCUUCAAAUAAGAAUUUCUGCCCAGGGGGUCUCUAGUAAGAAAGGUGGUGACUCACUUAGAAUUAGAUUCUGGCCCCCAAGCAAGUACAAACACACUUCAGUAUCAUUUGAUAUAUACCCUGUGGAUUACCAAGCCUCGCCCAGAGGUGGAGAUAAGGUGUACCUAUAGUAACUAUAGAUAUUCAGACUAUCAUCUGCAGACAUGGCCCUUAUCUUGUUUUCUUUUUCUCGUAUAUAACACGCAAAGUUUAUUACAAGCAUGUUUAUUAUAAAAAUUGUGCAGUCUUUUCUCAUGCCAUACUACUGUUUACUUUGAGUUGCCAGUAUCUGCUAUUGUGGCAUUACCGCCAUGUAUGUACCUUUUAUGCACACCAAAAAUAAAGGUGGAUUGGCGCUUAAAAGUGCAAAUGUAAGUGCAACAACCCCCAGUGUCAAAUAUCACUCAAAUGACACUGAAUAAAUAGAUACAAAUCAUAAAUAACAGGGGGUGGAAGAGUGAUCAAAAGGCACACAGGGAUAGAUGCUUAUUAGUAUGAGUGUGCAGAAGGUGCCGGGAUAACCCUCACCGGCGGGGUGGAGAGUACAAGAUAGGUCUCCGUAGGAGGUGUGUGGCAACGAGCUGAGGGAUCGACUGCCUCCCUCAUGGUCACUGUGAGUAGGCCUCUAGUAGGUCACAGUUCCACCUCCGGAGAAUGCCUCCGGUCUCGUUUCAGAACAUAGGUGAUAUGCAGAUCCUGUAUCUCAACUCCGGAAGUUCUCGGUAGGCGAAAUUCACGGCAUAAUUGUGUAGUAAUAGCGGUUUUAGAGCCAGUCUGCACAGAGCUCACAAAGCGUGCGAACGGUCGGCUUGGCUGCUAGGCUCCGCCCACUGUUUAUUUAUUUUUAACCCCUCUUUUGAGUAUCGUACCCCCUUUAGUGUAUCUAAUUUAUUAUUCAUGUCUUACAUGUUUCUUUUGUGUUUCUUAUCACCCAUGUUUCCAUUUUCCCUGUUGUGUCUUACACCACCCGUUGUGUCUCUUACAACCCCUCUUUGUGUAUCCAUUACUUCCUCCCAGCAACUUUGUGAUUUUUCUUUCUCCCCUUUGUGUGUUUUUUUUUUUUCCCUUUGCCAGCCUCUCUGUGUCUCUCUUUCCCUGGCCUAAGCCCCUGUAUGCCAUUUUUCCCCACCAGCCCCUUUUGUGUGCCUUUCACCCCCAGUCCUCUGUAUACUUUAAUUUCCCAGUCCUUCUGUGUCCUUUUUUUUUUUCUUCUCCCCCACAGCCCCUCCGCGCGUCGCUUUCCCCCACAGCCCCUCCGCGCGUCGCUUUCCCCUCCACAGCCCCUCCGGCGUCAGCUUUCCCCCCUCCACAGCCCCUCGGCGUGGCUUUCCCCUCCACAGCCCCUCCAGCGUGCUUUUCCCCCUCCACAGCCCUCCAUGCGUGGCUUUCCCCCUCCACAGCCCCUCCAGCGUGGCACCCCCUCCGGCGUCGCUUUUCCCCCCCUCCGGCGUCGCUUUCCCCACAGCGUCGCUUUCUCCCCCCACCCAGCGUCGCUUUUUCCCCACCAGCCGUCGCUUUUCCCCGCAGCGUGAUACGCUUUCCCCUCCGUGGCGUCGCUUUUCCCCUCCAGCGGCGUGGCUUUUCCCCUCCGGCGUCGCUUUUCCCCUCAGCUGGCGCGCUUUCCCCUCCGGCGCUUUCCCUCGGCGCGCGCUUUCCCCUCAGCGCGGCACCUCCAGCGCGCUUUUCCCUCAGCUGGCGCGCUUCCCCUCCGCCCAGCAGCCCCUCCGCGCGUCGCUUUCCCCCCUCACCCACAGCUCUUCACUUUGUCUUUCUCGUUUACCCCAGCCUCUUUCUGUGUGUCAUGUCCACUCCAUUCCCCUUGUGGUGGUCUAUUCCACUUUUCCUCCUGCUUAUUUUAGUAACAUAGAAUGUGACGGCAGAUAAGAACCAUUCGGCCCAUCUAGUCUUCCCACUUUUCUAAAUACUUUCAUUAGUCCCUAGCCUUAUCUUAUAGUUAGGAUAGCCUUAUGCCUAUCCCACACAUGCUUAAACUCCUUUACUGUGUUAACCUCUACCACUUCAGUUGGAAGGCUAUUCCAUGCAUCCACUACCCUCUCAGUAAAGUAAUACUUCCUGAUAUUAUUUUUAAACCUUUGUCCCUCUAAUUUAAGACUAUGUCCUCUUGUUGUGGUAGUUUUUCUCUUUUUUUAAAUAUAGUCUCCUCCUUUACUGUGUUGAUUCCCUUUAUAUAUUUAAAUGUUUCUAUCAUAUCCCCCCGUCUCGUCUUUCCUCCAAGCUAUACAUGUUAAGAUCCUUUAACCUUUCCUGGUAAGUUUUAUCCUGCAAUCCAUGAACCAGUUUAGUAGCACUUCUCUGAACUCUCUCUAAGGUAUCAAUAUCCUUCUGAAGAUACGGUCUCCAGUAAUGUGUACAAUACUCCAAGUGAGGUCUCACCAGUGUUCUGUACAAUGGCAUGAGCACUUUCCUCUUUCUACUGCUAAUACCUCUCCCUAUACAACCAAGCAUUCUGCUAGCAUUUCCUGCUGCUCUAUUACAUUGUCUGCCUACCUUUAAGUCAUCAGAAAUAAUCACCCCUAAAUCCCUUUCCUCAUAUGUUGAGGUUAGGACUCUAUCAAAUAUUCUGUACUCUGCCUUGGGUUUUUACGUCCAAGAUGCAUUAUCUUGCACUUAUCCACAUUAAAUGUCAGUUGCCACAAUUCUGACCAUUUUUCUAGUUUACCUAAAUCAUUUGUCAUUUGGCUUAUCCCUCCUGGAACAUCAACCCUGUUACAUAUCUUAGUAUCAUCAGCAAAAACACAUACCUUACCAUCAAGACCUUCUGCAAUAUCACUAAUAAAAAUAUUAUUAGUACCAAAUGGACCCGCCGGUCUGAUAGGAAACAGCCUCACUAAAUGGAAUUGCGCCCCCUUGGGAUGGUGCGCCUUAAGGCAGCGGUCUGUACCACCUUAUUGGUGUGGCAGCCCUGAGUAUUAGGGAGUCCUAAAAGACCAUUCUAUAAAGUGCUUUAUGGUUUAGGUUUAUUUUAUUUUAAUCCCAGUUUAUAAAAUUACUAUGAGAAAUUGGCACUUUUAUAAUUACAUUUUGGAACACCCCCUGGCUCUAUAUCUGCUAAACAGUGAAUUAUACAUUUUUGCCCAUUUGGGCAGUGGAGUGUUCUCAAGUAUAUGCUCUCUAGUGGAACCAUCUAAUGGGGCAUCUGGAGUGGAGGGGCAGAGUACUGAAGCCAAGGAAUCUGGUCGUGAUUAUAAAUAUACACAGAAUAAAAGGAAUUGGGAGGCUUACCUAAAAUAUAUUUACACACAGUAUUCGUAAACCGUGGUUUUGAUGUAUAACCUUCAUCUAUACAAAACGCUCACAAAGUAGGUAGUAAAAAAAUAAAUAAAAAAAAAAUGGUCCACUUGAAGAAGUAGAAAUGUGUGUGACCUUAGCAAGGUGUCAAUAAAAAUAUUGAAUGUCACCAAGAUAUAAAAUCUCUUAAUAGCAUAUGAUAAUAUAAAGCACAAUCUAUGUCUAUAACUUGUAAUUCGAUUAUAUGGGAACAUGCGGAAAUAUUUAUUUUUCUAUAUUUUUCUAUCUUUAUUUAUAUUCUUCCUCUUUUUAAACUAUCUAUCACUUUUUCUGUAGCUGAUGGUUUUGGAUCCACCUGUGAGUAUUUAAGAUAAUUGAGCUAUUUGUGUGUAUUAUUCCCCUAGCCUAUCAUUUAUGGAAUUGACUCCUCCUAAUUAGCUGUUUUGUUCUUAUUUGUUAACUUCUUAAACCUUUAAACCCUUACAUUUCUUAAACUUGUGUAAAAUCUCUUUCCCUGUGACUUCCUUGUCUUUGUAUGUGUUCUAUAUCUUUCACCUUUGAACCUUCAUGUCUUUGUGGUCACUGUCUACAGGCUGAGGACAGCCAAACUUCUGUCCCCCACUGCUUCACCAUCUACUCUGCACAGACCACAAUAGGUGUAGCAGCCAGGUGAGUAGUGAGCGAGUAGUAACAUGCAUUAUGGAGGUCAUUUUAAUAUGAACAUUUCUACUUCCUCUAGUAAUUAAUAGACAAAAUAAUGACAGACAUGGUCCUGUCAGAGUAGAAGAAACUGUUCUAAAAGUUACACUUUUUUUGACAUACUUACAAUAAUUAUUUUCUUUAGGGAAAAUACUUUUUCUUAUAAUGGUUUCCACACUGCUCACUUACAUGGUCACACAAAAUGGAGAAUGAUGUUCUUUACUUAUGUAAAUUGAAAUGAUUUGUAUAGUGAUGCUCUUAUUCCAAAAACUCACUCCACUAUUUUUCUCUUGUGAUGCUUAAUCUGCAUGUAUGCAGUGCUGCUAGUGUUGGUCUUAUUGAGAUAUUGAAUAACAUCUUUAGAUUCCCACCGCAUUCUGUCUCUGAAGCUUUGAGGAACAUUUUCAUUUUCCUUUCAGUUCUCAACUCGAUAUGAGACGCUGGUUGGAUGAUCUGAUAGCGGCCAUAAGCAGAGCACCAAGAUAUAGUGAGCUCCCUGCCCUGCCGCUUCAGCGUGAGUUAUGCUAAUUUUGGCUUCCAAGUUUACUUUAAACCUGUCUCUCUAAAAUUGCAGUUUGAUCAUCUUACAUCACAUUGUUUUGUGAUUUGCUAAAAAGGUUAACUGUUGCUAACAUGCAUGACUAGCGGUUUGUGUUGUGUAUAAGGGCAUCUCUGUAACCAUGUGUCAUAAGGCUAGAAGUGAGUGGCCUACAGUAGCAAAAGACCUCGACAGGUGUUAGUCCUAAUAGUUAAGAAGAAGAAGAAGAUGGGUUCUAUCAACAAGACUGAGCAACAUUAAUUUCUCAAACUAGCUCAUAUAGUCCUAUUUUUAUUGGAGAUUGUGGGUAACUGACCCCUUUUUUGGCAGAACACACAAAUUCCUCAUUAUGGUCGGACAUUCUGAUUGCUGAGUUAAUUUUGUUUAGGGUGCCAGAACUUGCAGAAAUUGCCCGUUUGGACAUGUAUCGAAUAUACAUCAGCAAAUCCAAUAGGACAUUGAUAAAUCCCAUUUUAGUUGCCACUAAACUAUUUGGAAUAGUGCUAUUGCCCAUCUAUUUCAACAGUCUUGGGAUAGACAAUUUAACUUGUUGUGGCAUGGGAGAAAAAAAGAUGACAAAUUUGGUACACUGCUUUGCAAAAAAGACCAUGACAGUCCUUUCUAGUCAAAUUGGAGUAAGCGUAAUCAGAGGCAUAGCUAGGUCACUAUGUAUGGUGGCACCUCCCUCCUGAAUAUUAAACUUUUAUGUCGCUUUUGCACCUACUCAUCUUUGUGUGCAUCUCCUUACCAUUCUUGUGUAUUUUUACUAAUCUCCCUUUCAACCUUGUAUCUCUCUUAAAUGCUUUCACUUUCUUCUGUGUCUCUUAACCCCCUUUUCCUCUUGUCUUUCUUAACCUUCUACAGUGACAUGCAAUCAUACAUGCACUCACAUACAAACAUGGACACACAGUCAAACACAGUUGCAACAUAAAUAACACAAUAACUUACACACACUUAUACCUAGACAGAGUUAGACGCACUUUGUCACAUUCACAUGCUCAGUAACGUAUACACACACCGUUACACAUCCAGAUGCACAUAGUCAAACACUUACACACACACACAGACCCAUGUACACAGUCGUGCACACCACGCACUGUCAAUGGCACACAGUGAUACAAAUAGUCACACACACAAUCAUAGGCACAUGGUCACAGUCACUGUUAUAUACAGUCACACACAGUCAAAGAAACAAACCAUUCUAGUCACAGACUGUUACAGUCACACAGUCAACAUCUGCGUCCCGGGUCCUAACUUUAUGGGCACUGGUGCUGUCAUUUGAGCAGAGGCAGGAGCAUUCCUUGGUGUUUCAUGUUUGGAGAAGCUUCCUGCUUCCCCCCUCCAUCAAGCGGCGAUUUUCAGGGAAAUGUGGCUAAGCCUCGGCCGGUGGAGCAAGUCUCUAUGGUUACUGCUCGGUGUGGCUGGCCGCUCCAUCCAGCGCCCAGGGCACAUGCUCCCCUAGCCCUCCUAGUUUUGCCACAUGAUGUAUUCCCCUUUAUUGGAAUAGUAUUAUACGCACUCCAUAAAAAUAUGACCCUAAUGUAAUUAUAUUUCUAUACUUCUUCGAAUCAAAUGGAAAGGAAAGGAAAAUGAUGAAUAUAUGUAUUUUUUAUUUUUUUGACUGGUUUCUCAUACAAAUGGUUUUAAGUGGUCUCAUUAAUACCUCUGUUGCAUUUCUUAUUUUGGGAAAAUAAAUAUUUUGGGAGGGAUGGCCAAUAGAAAACUGUAAAUGUUUCUUAAUUCAUUUUAGUGCCUCAAUUUAACAAUUUAAACAUUAAAGUUUUUUUUUAAUAAUUAAAAGGAAAGUCUAGGCUAAUAGUCCACCACUUAUUUAUUUAUUUAUUUUUUUUACCCCAUGCACUAGACUCUUUGUUGGUGCUGGCCAUUUUCCAAACAAAUUAUUAACGCCAUUUAUAUAGCACCAUCAGAUUCCGUAGUGCUUUACAAUAAGAAUGUUUCUCCUAAAGAAAAACUGAUGACAAACUGUGUGGUGAGCAGUGCAACUGACCAGUCCACUGCUUCUCUGAAUGAAGCGUUAAAUUGACAACUGAUAUCACGAAUUACAGAACAUAAAAUCUAGAUAAAGUUGAUAAUUCUUUUAAUGAAGUGUCUAAUUCAAUGGCAGGUGUAUAUGGGUAAUGCAAUGGCAAAAUUUGUUUGUACCAAAACAUCUUCAGUAACUGACUCUUUAACUACCAACUAUGUGCGUCAAACCAUUUCAUUAAAUUCUUAUAAGGCCAUGGGCCAUGCAGAAGAAUUACUAAUGUUCAACAAUAACAUUGUAGAAUAUAAAUCCUUUUGUUUAUAUUUAUGCUGUGUAGAACCUGCGCAAACAUCCACUGUUCAGAAUCAUCGCCCUAACACAUUGAGCCACGUGUGUUGGUAUCGGAACCAGAGUGUUUCCUUUAGCGAUCACACUACCAUGAUGGAGGUAACUGAAAGAUUGGCAGACUUGUAAUAUAAGAGAGAGCUAUUAAGAGAGACUUAAUCAGCAACUGAUAUUAGUCAGAUGUCAGCCUUACUUCUUUUUGAAUACUUAUGAAUGUGAUCUGUUUCUGCUUCCUCUCUGCUAAAAAAUAGAUUGAUUUCAUUUAAUAAAUAAAAAUCACUGUUUAGUAGAUAUAGUCCAAAUGAAAACUUACAUGCAUUUAAUUAUGGAUCUUUUUUUCAUUGGAGGUGUAUAUAUAAUAACAGAUUGCAAAUACUACAGAUGUCUUGUUUGCAGAUUUUGCAAGCCCUCCCCUUCUAACUACACCCAGACUUUCUGUAGCUGUCCAAUCACAGACUUCCCAGUGCAGCUGAAAGAGAAGUCUUUGCAAGGCAGGUGCUCGGGACAAUUGCUUGUUCUUGAGUUUAUCUCCACUGAGCUAACCAAACCAGGAAGUAACAUGACCAAUUGGCUGCUUGAAAGCCAAGGGGGUGUAACAAAGUUAAUUUAGAAAAGUGUUAAUGUCUAUUGAAAUCGGCCUUUUUUGUAAAAUGAAAAUAAGACACACUCUUUAUACAUAAAGCUAUUCAGAAAACAUGCGCUUUAGGCGCCUGGAGUGCGCCUUUAAAUUUCCUGCCUUUCUAUGGAGAUAGCGUGCAUGUGCAUAUAUAAGUACACAUAAAUUCUUUAUAAAUAUCUGUAUCUACCAGAAUCAAUUAUCGGGAUACCUGCUGCGCAAGUUUAAGAACAGCAAUGGGUGGCAGCGGUUGUGGGUGGUCUUUACCAACUUCUGCCUUUUCUUCUACAAAACACACCAGGUAAAAUAAUGUGACGUAAUAUAUUCUUACAGUGAAAGAUAAUAUAUAUAAUAUGUAUAUUAUGUCUUAUAGCAGUCCCCUGCUCAACAGAGGAUUGAUUAAAAAUGUUUAAGUGAAAUGUGAAAAAAUACAGACAUUUCUGGCAUAAUAUCCAUAGAUUAUGUGUUGCCUCUAAUCUGUUAUGGAAUUUAGCUUUGUAUUCGGUUUUCAGGAGGACGCUCCCCUGGCCUCCCUGCCUCUCCUUGGGUACGCUGUUAGCAUCCCAUCAUAUACUGAUCCGGUCAGCUGUCAGCAUGUCUUCAAACUGCACUUCAAAUCACACGUGUAUUUCUUCCGGGCAGACAGCGAGUACACGUGGAGAAGGUACGUUGCUGUAAAUGCUUAAUCUGAGUUGGCGGUUAGUAGUAUUGGGUAGACUGCUAAUUUGAGUGCAUUAUGAAUCUAUUUCAUAAAAAUUAACUGAAAUGAUGGCUACAAGCAUCUCAAUCACAUUAUUCUAUAACCGUACUGUGUUUGUUUCCCAGUAAGACUAGAAUUACUAUGAUCUCUGUAAUGGCUUGACGUUCUUAUGUAUUUGUUGAAAUCCAAUAAAAAGGAUACAUUGGGACAAAAAAAAAAAAUGGGCUGCAAUGAGCUGGGUAAGGUUUGGUUAUACUGUUACACAAUGUACUUUUCUGUACACUGUUAUAAGGAGCAGCCCAUGCAUAGGUAAUUUAUCGGUUAAUCGCUGGGAUAUGUGUGAUUACUGAAAAUAAUUACAGAAUCAUGUAUAUGUAGGGCUCAAAAUUCCCACUCAGCCAUCUAGCUAUUGGCGAGUGGAAAUUCAACCUUAGUGGGUGUGCCAUUGACCCUCCAAACUUGCAGAGGCAAGUCACUUUUACACCUGGCAAAUAGUGUGUUGAGUUCACACUUGGAUUGUUUUGUUGACCUGUGUCUACCCUGAGCAACUUGUUUUGCGGUUGGGGGGGAGGUGUUUAGUUCCUUCUUCCCCCUAUAAGGUACCUCAACUAUGCCUUCCAUUAUUCAACAAGAGUCCCAUGGUUUUUACAUUAUAUCAAAGUGUAAAUACAAAAUGACAAGUCUUACACUAUUUGCCUCUGCAAGUUUGGAGGGUCAAUGGCACACCCACUAAGGUUGAAUUUCCACUUAAUAGCUAGAUGGCUGAGUGGUAAUUUUGAGCAAUACAUAUACAUGAUUCUGUAAUGUUUCUAUCACAGUAAAGAAGAAAAACUACCACAACAAGAGGACAUAGUCUUAAAUUAGAGGGGCAAAGGUUUAAAAAUAUCAGGAAGUAUUACUUUACUGAGAGGGUAGUGGAUGCAUGGAAUAACCUUCCAGCUGAAGUGGUAGAGGUUAACACAGUGAGGGAGUUUAAGCAUGCGUGCGAUAGGCAUUAGGCUAUCCUAACGAUAAGAUAAGGCCAGGGACUAAUGAAAGUAUUUAGAAAAUUGGGCAGACUAGAUGGGCCGAAUGGUUCUUAUCUGCCGUCACAUUCUAUGUUUCAGUAAUUUAAAGUGGUAACAUUUUGUUUACACUUUGCUUUACUUGCUUCUGAGCCUGUGAGAUCUCCAAGAAUCUACUUAAAUAGCCAGCCAAAAAGUUGUGGUUAUUUCCUUCAUUUUGUACUAAAACGUUACAUUUACUUUAAAAUCCAUAAAAUUGUGUUCCCUAUUACUAGAAUGUGGGGGUAACUUCGAUGUAGUAGAUCUGAAUUCCGUGUGUUGUUUAGGCAGAUUUUUAAAAUCUUCCACAGCUUAUCUUUUAUGGAGGUGCACCGAUUCCCUUGCACUGAUAGUUUAUCAGACAGCCUUGUCUCUAUAGGGUUUCCACUUUACAUUUUUCUCCUAUUAACUCAGUGUCACACCCAUUCCACACUUUUUCACUACCAGUUCAUAUUUCUUAUUCCAUCCUCCCAUCAUGUUACUGUAUCUGCAUUUUUAAUAUGGAAUAUAAGAUUAACCUCUGGCCCCUUCUGUUUGCAGGUGGAUCGAAGUAAUCAGGCGUUGUGUAAGUUCUCCAGGGAAAAUCGGUCACUUUGCAGAAGAUGGAAUUACUGAAUGAUUUGGUGCAUUUAACUGCAAAUUUAUUACAAACCACAGAUUCAGUGCAGAACCGCAAUCAAGACCAUUCUGCUCUAACUGCACACACAGGAUCAUCUUUGUACAGUGUCUGUCUGAAACAUUUAUAUGUAACACAUGUUGGACCCAGCAAUUGGUAUUUGAACUUGUCUGAAGCAGCUGUUCUUCUAGUACCCGGCACCGAAUAUUUGAACUUGUGUCUGAAGCAGCUGUCCUGGUACCCUGCACUGAAUAUUUGAACUUUUUUCUGAAGCAGCUGGUCUUAUAUCAUAUCAUAAAUCUGUAAACAAGGACGCUAAAUGCUACCCGUGAGCAACAUAUCUACAGCUUUCACUAUCCGGUUUUAACA